AUGGCGGUCCACGUGUGCCGCAAUGAUCGUAGGCCUCGCCACCUCAUAGCCCCGUCUCUGACGUCAACGUGACUACGUCAUAUGUCCACACCACACAGACACAUUAUCGGAUGUUUUAUAUAUAUAUUAGAUGGUAUAUAUUAGAAAUUGUGGAAUUUUGGCAUUGAUUUUGAAAAUAUGACUGAUCACGCAAAAGCAUUUCUUUUAUUAAAGGAUAAUGACCAUAUUGUCAUUUAUUAUCACAUAGAUAUCACCCAAAUGGCCCUAAUUACAUACCUUUACAUAGUUUAUAAAGUUUACAUACAUUACCUUUGAAUGCUUGUCCUUGUUACAGACACACAAGGUGACACACACAGGUUACAAUGGCAAUUAAAGGUUAAAUUACCACACCUGUGGCUUUUAAAUUGCAAUUAGUGUCUGUGUAUAAAUAGUUAAUGAGUUUGUUAGCUCUUAUGUGGAUGCACUGAGCAGGCUAAAUACUGAGCCGUGGGGAGCAGAAAAUAACUGUCAAAAGACGCGCUAUGUUUGGAAAGGGUCAACAAGGCCUAUAGUGAAAAAAAUACCAUCCCCACUGUGAAGCAUGGUGGUGCUCACUGAUGUUUGGAAUGGGAAUCUUGUUAAAAUUGAUGGCAAGAUGAAUGCAGCACAUUAACAGAAAAUAUUGGCAGACAUAGACUGUUCAUGACCUGGAGGCAUUUUGCCAAGACGAAUGGGCAGCUAAACUACCUGCACGAAUUAGAGGCCUUAUAGACAAAUAUUACAAAAGACUGAAUGCUGUAAUUGAUGCUAAAGGGGGCAAUACACAGUGUUAAGAACUAAGGGUAUGCGGACUUUUGAACAGGGGUCAUUUCAUUUUUUUCUUUGUUGCUAUGUUUUGUUUUAGGAUUGUGCCAUUCUGUUAUAACCUACAGUUGAAUAUGAAUUCCAUAAGAAAUAAAAAAAAAAUGUGUUUUGCCUGCUCACUCAUGUUUUCUUUAAAAUUGGUAAUAUAUGUGUGAUGACAAUUCAAAUUGGACGUCAAAGGCGCAGUAAAGAGCUGUUAGCCUGUGUAGCUCAAUGCCCACACAUAAUUAAAAGAGAGGAUUUAAUAAACAUCUUGUGUGGAAAUGUACCACCCCUCAUGUGUUCCUCCACAAAUGUCUGAAGUGGUUCCUGACGUGGACGAAAGUAAGACUCAAAAGCGCACCAUGGCCCAGUGCAUUGAUUUAUUUACAGUCACCACCCUGCAAACGGAAAAACAUCUAACCUCCAAAAUAAAUUGAAACUCUAACAUGCUGAUUGGACUCACAUACUCCUAAACACUCUGAUAAAACCCUUCUUAGCCUUGAAUUGUUUAGAGAACAGUGAUUGAAAAAUAAAAAUAGAAGAAUUAAAAUAUAAACAAAUUACUUAUUAUUAUACAUUUUAUUUUUUCUUGUGUACUUUGUGAGUAGUUAAAUAAGUAUUCAUUUUAUUUUAAACUGAUAAUUUAAUGUUUUAUGCUAUCAACAAAACAACUUUAACAAUCCCUUUAAAGAUUUUUAAAUAAUUAAAUUAAUAAUUAAAUGUGCAUUACCCAUCAUGAAGCUGGCAAUCUCCAAAUGGAGAUUCAGGAGUCAAGAUCUGAUCACACUUUCAGCGAAAGGGAGCGUCAGUGUUUGACAUGGGCACAGCAGCAGGGGGAGGAGAAAUAUCAUUGGGAGGCCCGACAGCAUCAGGAGAAACUCUGGGCUAACUGCAGAAUUUGUGAUAAUUUAAUGUUUUAUGGUGAUAAUUUAAUGUUUUAUGCUAUUUUAACAAGGCCUUUAAAAUGAACCUUUAGUCUUAUUUUGAUCUUUAGCUAGAUAAAAAUAUUUAAAUUAAUAAUAAAAUGGGCACAUGCAUGGAACUCAUGUGCAUUCCCCAUCAUCAAGCUGGCCAACUCCACACGGGUAGGCAUGCUAUACUGCAGAUAUACAUAAGCAAUGACUAAAUGCCCAUAGUCUGUCUGACGAGGAGUCAGGGGGAGGCUAUAAUAUCAACUAAAUAUUGGAAAAUCUAUUAAUUUGCUAGAGAUAUCCCUAACACCAUGUAUAGAUGGAAUUGCAUGGUGAAUUGAUUUAUGCUAAAUACAUUUUAACGUAGAGGUAUUCUUUAAGGAUCUAAUUCUAUACAUUGUGUCCAACAGAAGUGAAAACAUUUUUGUUAUUCUACUCAACUACUGAGGUGACUAUCAGUGUUAUUUACAAAACUGAGAAUUCAAAAUGAAUUUCAAAAUUAAAGGAACACUAUAGCAUUAGGUAUACAAACAUGUGUAACAAGGUUAAUUUAUAAAACUGGCAAUUUCUAUUGAAAUAAAUAUUUAUAUAAAUAUAUAUAGGGGCAACACAAACAGCUAGGGACCUGUUUGCUCAUAAUCUGAUACUAUAGGAAAGUACAUUUUACCUGAAUCAGGACGAAGAGUUUUUCAUAUAAAUCUCGGAUAAUCAAUUCAUCCAGGUGUGGAUUAAAAGGCAUAUGAUUCAAACCAUCUUUAACAAACGUGUACACAAGUCUAGUAAUAUCACCAACAACAAAAUAAAUUUUGGGUAACAGUGAGCAAUUGUAAGGAAGGAAGUUAUUCAUUAUUUUUGUCAACAUUCUUGUAAUUAGUGCAUAACUAGUGUACACUUGACUUCUGUCAAUGUAUGUUAAAGGGUUACUCCAAGGACCUAUGACCACUUCAGUGAUUUGAAGUAGUCACGGUGCCUGAAGUUUGUAUGUGCAGCGCACCACUAUGAAACGCUGUACAUAUUGUGUUUAAUCCCUCUGUUGCCGAUGGUGUAACUAUAAUUCUGGGCUGAUAAGGUCAAGUUUGUGUAAAUUCCAUUGCACAGACUGUUAGUCGUUGCCUUACAGUGAUCAGCUGGUGCUCUCAGCUUGUAAAUGGUGACAGCUGCAGCUUCCAGCUUCUGUAGCUCUGCAGACGCUGAAAGAGCAUUACCACAUCACCAGGGAGCGUUGCAGCCUGGUGGGUACCUAGGCAUCAUAACCACUACAGUGGAUGCAGUGGUUAGGAUGGUGGUUAGUGGUUAGGAUGAUUGACGUAAUACUUUAAUGAUGUACCGUGGAGCUUGGAAUCUUGGACAAUAUAGGCACCAAAACAGCUUUAGCUUAAAGAAGUGGUUUAUGUGUAUAUAUCAUGCCACAUGCUCAAUUCUCUGUCAUUUAGAAGUUAAAUCACUUUGUUUAAGUAGUAGUAGUCACAACACCCUGCAUGUGACUUGCACAGCCUUUCCAAGCACUUCCUGUAAAGUGAGAUUUAAUGUUUAAACUUCUUUUAUUGCACAUUCUGUUUAAUUUAGAAUUUCUUAUGUCCUGCUCCAUUAGUAGCCUGCAUGAACCUCCUGUGUGUCAUUAAAGUUCCAUUUAUAAAGCGGGGGGAAAACUUCUAAAAUAAUUUACAUUGACACUCCAGACCCCUAAAGCACUUUAGCUUGAUUUAAAGCGUUACGUGUGAAGACUGUGACCUCUUUUUUUGCAUUUUAGAAAAAGUGCAGAUAUCAAUAGAAUUUGACAAUAUCAAUAGAAUUUGACAUUUGUAUAAAUUAGAUUGGUUAAACACCCUUGCCUUUUCAAGCAGACAACUAGUCAUAUUACAAUUAGCUUAGCUGCAUUGAUCUCAACAGGCAGCAAUUUCCCAGAAGACCUGCCUUGCACGUCUCAUUGAGCUGUAUUGUCAGUUUGUUAUUAGACAAUCACAUAAAGUCUGGGCGAGGUUAGAACAGGAGGGCUUGCAAAGGCAGCAAGCAUGAGUAAUACAGUUUUUGCAAGUUGUUUUCAGAUAUACCCCGAAUGAAAAAAUGCAUAAUUAAAUACAUGCAAGUUUUCUUUUGGGGUAUACAGGCAUACCCCACUUUUAAGUACACAAUGGGACCAGAGCAUGUAUGUAAAACAAAAAUGUACUUAAAGUGAAACAAUACCUUUUUUCACUUCCCAAUGCACGUACUGCAUUGCAAUAGUAAUUUACAGGCAUAACUGAUACUGCAACUGCAGAUUUCCAGUGAUUUUAUUUCCAGUGAUUUAUUUAUUGAUUUCCAGUGGUCUUUUAUUCGGUUAAAACAAACAGUAAAAAGAAAAAUCUCAUUCCAGAUUGUACCAUUUAUUUUUAAUGUUUUACUCAUCUGACAACCUUAAACUGGGAGGAAAAGUAAAAUAAACCUGCCCACUGGGCCAUUUUCUGUUAAUACAGUGCCAAUUUGUAUUUGUUAGCAGCUUAUUCGCACACUUUGUUUAGAAACACCUCUUCAUCACUUUAAGCAUUUAUGGUUUAACUUUGAAUCCUCAGAAUUGUGGCUAAUGCAGCUAAGCUGCUAAGUCAUAGUUAUAGAAAAUGGCAGGGUAAACCAUUUCACUGGAUGGCAGCCGACUGCAGAAUAUGGACAAUAUAGGGGCAGAAAAAAAAAAUAUAUAUAUAUAUGUUCAGCUAGCAGUAGACAUUAUAAAUUUGAGAUGAUUAACAUGUGCGGUGUGAAAAGUUCUUGCCCCAAUGACACUGUACUAAGCUGCUCCGGGCGAGAAUAGAACCUUCCAUUUCACUCGCGGACAGAAGAGGUGCGGGAAUGUCUGUACUCGCGAGUGUACUUAAAGUGAGUGUAUGUAAAGCGGGGUAUGCCUGUAUAUACUAAACAAUGAUUUUUAUUCAUUUCGCAUUUUGGCAGUGGAGUGUCUCUUAAAGAUCUGAUUGAAAAGUAAACCUUUUUUUUUUUCAUUCAGGCUGUGUCAGCCAAAGCCAGGGGAGGUAUGGCCAGGGCUACAUAAACAGAAAUAUAUGUUUAUCUCUGGUGAUUGAAUAGUAAUUUUCCAAAAGACUUCAACAGGAAAUUAGCUUUUUGCAAAACUAGACUACAGAGCCAGGGGCAUAGUGUUGGUAUGAAAAAUGUGUUAUAUGAGCCACUGAUCUUUAUAUAACAAUAAACAUUGGAUAGCCAUAUUGUCAUGUCCUAAAAGUGUGGGCUGGCGCUUAAUUACUAAAUAUAAUGCUGCAAGUGUCUAAAUUGAAAUGAGAUUAGAUCUCCGAGUGUGCCAUAAUAAGCAGUUUGACCUAAUGCAGUGAGGAAAACUGCAACUUGCUUAUCUGCAGCAACGCUGUUUACUUCCAUGUAUCAUUAUUAUUAUUAUUUUAUUAUUUAUAUAGCUCCAUCAGACUCCGUAGCGCUGUACAAUGGGGUUGCUCCAGCUUCUCUACCCACGAGCUCCAUAAUUCAGGAGCAGGUUCAAAAGGCCGAACAGAGCCUGUUAAUGCUGUGUGUGUUAUAAUCCUCGUCCCCACUGUUAUUUCCCAAAGCCUGUGCUUAUAGUGAAUGUAAUUCCGCCAGUGUCUACUCCAUAAAUGAUAGACACAGGCACGAGGUCUCCAAUCCAGAGGCAGUGUAUCACUGUGUAUAAAGGCUUUCUCACUACAUACACCAUACAGCUUCCUAUCUUAUUAGCAGUGUCUCAGUGUCUGCCCAAGUUGGCUGAAUUCAGUUAACCAACAAGAUGGCUGCUGCUCCCUAAUGACCAGUACAUCCCCCUUCUCCCAGCAUGCACUGCAGCAGGAAAAAAGGGGAGGGGCAUAAUGCCACCCCCAACCUGGGAGAACUCUGAGACAGAGUUUAUUACUGCUACUAAUGUCAUUAUUCUAUGAGUUUUAUUUUUCUCUACUGUAGAUCUUUUUCUGUUUUGGAGACAGACAGUGAGUCUGUCUGAACAUCACACAACAUCUUCUCAAUGUUAGUGCCAGUCAGUGGCAAAAUGGUCUCCACGUAUAGCACACAUGGGUGUUGUAAUGGGUGUUGUUAUCCAGCAGACUAUCUGCUUUUCUUUAAUGAUUAUUGAAAAUCAGUUUAUAACUUUUAUAGUUAUGGAACCAAAAUCCUGUUUAUGAUUGCUCUGCGAUUACUUUAUCUUGUGCAGUGGACACGUGCUGGGUACUUGAAUGUAUAUAUAAAAAAAUAAUUCAAAAGGCCUAUUUGUUUGGAAAAUAUUUUAAUCUGAAUACAUUUCAGAAUAUUUGUUGACGUGUAGAACAGUGUAUGUGCACUAUUAUAUUUAACAGUGAGUGCAUAACAUGUAACAUAUAUCCUAAAUAUAAAUGAAAUAGCAAAAGACGAGCAAAUAUAUUGAUAGUGCAUGGCAAAGGCUGCACUUAGUACGUUUCUGAAAGUCAAUUAAAACCAAAUACAGUUAUCUUAUUUACACAAAUACCAUUGUAUACCGUUUAAAAGCAAAUAGUUGCUUGACUAGAUUAUGUAUUAAACGUGUAUUCCUGACCCUAUAUUGUUAAAACAACCAUUUAGGUAGCUUGCCCCAUAAAAGGUAAUAAAACUUGCCUUAUUCCCAGCGCCGCGUUGGUUCGCCAGUACUGGCCCCGCCCCCGAUCCAACUCCUUGCUGACAUCAUCAGAAUUUAUGAUUUUUAGCCAAUCCAAUGCUUUCCCAUAGGCAAGGAGGCGGAAGGGGGUGGGGCCAAAUGCGUCUCCAUGUAGCGUCUCCAUGCUGAGCCAUCUGAGGAGUGGCUACUGGAGGUGUCCCUAGGUUCAAUGUAAACACUGCCUUUUCUCUAAAAAGGCAGUGUUUACAUGAAAAUGCCUGCAGGGAAUGAUUAUACUCACCAGAACAACUACAUUAAGCUUCAGUUGUUCUGGUGACUAUAUUGUCCGUUUAAAAGAGACUCCUGAAACUUAUCCAACUGUACUCUUGAAGAACCAAAAUAUGUUAUAAGUGGCCACCUAAUCUGCAAGAUGGAAAAACUUGUCAUCCAUAUUUUCUUUUUUUUAUGUCGCACCCCUGACCUCCUAUGAAAUAGUUUUCUUAAUGAAAAGAGUAAAAUAAUUCCCCUUUGCUCUUUUAGCGCUCCACCACUAUAUAGGUGAUUUAUUCACUUAUCACAUAUCAUAUUUCUAACUGUUUUGGGUGAAAGAAGUAAGAUUAACCUACCAGGAUGUUUUGAGCUGCUAAGUACACAACUACUAAUACAAUUUUAAAUAAUUACACACACAAUUUUCAAGCUUCUUCAGCAACCCAGCUGUUUUCAAGGGUGGCCCAUUUAGUUACAUCCAGCAAUUAACUUCUGCCUUGUCGAUGAACUUGGACAAACACCUUACUGUAGUCUUGAGUAUGCCGUAUUGCGUACAUUAUAACCGUGGUGUUCUAUGAUAGACUCUUAUACAACACGUUACUGUGAUGGUUUUUUGCUAUUGUGGGCUGUGAAACCGUCACAUAUAUAUUGUAUUUCAAUGCUGGUGGUUUUAAAGAUAAAUUCCUAUAUUCCUAAUAAUAUCACAAUGUGAAAAAUAAUUAUUGGUGAGCGGUUGAUACACUUAUAUUUAUUACAUAAUACUGUGAGUUUUAUCGCUGUGAAGGGGCACUCACAGCGAUAAAGUCCAACCUUUCCAAACCCCUAGAACAGAGUGAAGCAACUGUGCUAAUAUUUAAAGGGUGACUGCUAAGUGUAUAAUUAAAUAUUGUGGGAGGGUUGAAUCUAGGAUUGGUUUGUUUCAGAUAUGUUAGCAGCUUAAUAAAUAUAGCUAUGUAGAAAUAAAUCAAACGUGACUACAUUUUAACUCUUUGUUGUCCAAGACUGCUCCAUGGUCAUAUUUAUACCUCCAGAUCCCUCCCAUCCAGAGUUGUCUAGGGCUCCUGUUUAAUAUUAAAAGACCAAGAAUGUUAAAAAUCUCAUUGUGUAUUUUGGAUCGUGGUAAAUCUCCUUAGAUCUAUCCUAAUCAAAAUCCUUAAUCAGCAGACUGUCUGAAAGGUUGGAUUUAUUAUUGCUCAAAGUCUUACCAAGCUGGAAUGGGAGUUACCACUGCCAAAUGGUAUGCAGAUAUUUCUGCAUAAAUAAAAUUCAGCAACAGUUUGCCGUAAUAGAGAGAUUGAGAACAGUCUCAUCCCUUAUCCGUUAGAGGAUUGGAUUAAAAUUUUUAUCACACAAGAAGGUUUGUUUUAAUUUUAAAUAACAAACUACUGUUAUAUAUCGUCGAAAACACACACACAUAAAUAUAUGUGGAUAUCAUGGAGGAGCCGAUGUCCAAUCUAAUGCUCCUCAUUAACCCCUUCAGGACCAGACUGUUUUGGCCAUGUUGGACGUUAAGGGCCAGGGCUGUUUUAACACUUUUGUGGUGUUUGUGUUUAGCUGUAAUUUUCCUCUCUCUCAUUUACUUUUCCCGUACAAGUUAUAUAUUGUUUUUUUCAGGACAAAAAGGGCUUUCUUUACAUACCAUUAUUUGUAUCAUGUCAUAUAAUUUACUUUAAAAAAAAAAUGGUGAUUUAUUUUUUACCAAAAACGUUUUUUGAAUUUUGCUUGAAAAAUUUUUUACUUACAUACGAAAGCUAAUGAAAAAAAACUGCUAAAUAGAUUCAAAAUGUUGUCUUGAGUUUAAAAACACCCAGUGUUUACAUGCUUUUUUUUUGCAAGUUAUAGGGCUAUAAGUACAAGUAGGAAAUUGCUGUUUCAAAAUAUAUAUUUCUAAAAUGUAUCAAUAGUGACAUUGUAACACUGUUAUCUGUCAUAAAUCUCCGAAUCACACCUCACAUGUACAUAUUUUUUUUAAAGUAGACAACCCAGGGUAUGGGGUAUGUCCAUUCUUUUUUAGUAGCCACUUAGUCACAAACACUGGCCAAAGUUAGCAUUUAUAUUUGUUUGUGUGUUAAAAAUACAAAAAACAAUUAUGAACGCUAACUUUGGUCAGUCUUUGUGACUAAGUGGCUACUAAAAAAGUCUGAACAUACCCGAUUUGCAAUACCUUGGGUUGUCUUCUUUUGCAAAUGGUAUACCAUCAUGGGGGUAAUUCUUAUUCCUGGGCUACCAUACGCUCUCAUAGGCAACAUAACCAACCUGCAAUUUUCAAUGAAAAAAUAUUUCACCCAUAUAUUUGACCCUGAAACUUUCAAAAACACUAUAAAACCUGUACAUGGGGGGUACUGUUACACGCGGGAGACUUUACUGAACACAAAUAUUAGUGUUUCAAAACAGUAAAACGUAUCACAACAAUUAUAUAAUCAGUGACAGUGCCGUUUGUGUGUGAAAAAUGCAAAAAAGGUCACUUUCAUUGACAAUAUCAUCGCUGUGAUAUAUUUUACUGUUUUGAAACACUAAUAUUAUAAUAUUUGUGUUCAGCGAAGUCUCCCGAGUAAAAUAGUACCCCAUGUACAGGUUUUAGGGUGUCAUAGAAAGUUACAGGGUUAAAUACAGUGCUAGCAAAUUAAAUUCUCUGGACUUUUGGCCUGGGUUGUCAGGCAUGUCCCUCAAAUUUCAAUCAAUAAAAUUACUUGAUUAGGUAAAAAACAUUACAUAAAUACGCACAUAGAAUUUAAAUAUAUAGUCAUAUUUAUACAUUUGAUGUCUACGUGUAUAUUUCUGAAAUUAUUUAUGUAAUUUUGUAUAUGGAUAUAUAUAUAUUUUUUGUAUUAUUUUGAUUUAUUUAUAUAGAUUAUAUACAUCAAAAUAAUAGAUGUAUAUAUAAUUUCAUUCUAAGUGUAUUUUGAUAUAAAUAUAUUAAUAUCAAAAUACAGUUAGAAUAAAAUUUCAUAUACAUAUAUAUAUAUAAUUAAAAAUAUUUAUUUUUACGUUUUAAUUUAUUUUAAUUUACUUAUUAUUUUAAUUUACUUAUUAUUUGUAUUUUAUAAUAAUAUAUAUAUACACUAUAUAUAGUUACUAUAUAUUAUAUAUAUACACGUGUGUAAUGUAAUUAUAAGUGUAUUUUUAUAUGUAUAUAUUAAUAUAAGAAUACACUUAGUAUGACAUUAUUUAUAUAAGAUAUAUAGACAUAUAUAUAUGUUUAUAUAUCUUAUAUAUAUAUAUAUAUAUAUAUACAUACACACACACAUAUAUAAUUAUAUUUUUAUUAACAUUAACAUUAUUUAAUUCGCCACUGGGGACUGCCAGGAGCAACGCCGAUCGUCGCUAAGUACAUAAUACCGUUAUGACAGUUCAGGACCGUCACCAGUUCUCAAGGGGAUUUUUCGGAUGAUGGUCCUGAACCAUCCACGAUCGUGAAGGGGUUAAAGAGCAUUGGAAACCUAAUGUAUAUGUGUGCUGAGCACUUCGAGUACAUUCAAACUUCCCCAUAGGAAAGCAAAGAAUAACUUUCUAUGGGGGAUUCCUCCUCUCAUGAGUUUUACACAGUCAGUGCAGUGGAAACGCCUCAAGUGGCUGUCAUGCUGACUGCCCCUAGAGGUGGAUUUAACCCUGCAAUGUAAACGUUACAGUUUCUAAAAAAAAACUGCAGUGUUUUAUAUUGCAGAUUUAAAAGUACAGGUACACUGCACCCAGAACACUUCCUUGAAAUGAAGAGGUUUGGGUGACUAAAAUGGCCCUUUAAUUCAGGGGUGGCCAAAAAGUAGAUCCCCAGACGUUGCAGAACUACAACUCCCAUGAUGCUUUGCAUGUAUUUAGAAGGACAAAGCAUUAUGGAAGUUAUAAAUAUAUAUAUAUAUAUAGAGAGAGAGAGAGAGAGAGAGAGAGAGAGAGAGCUCAACUAUGUGGGUAUUAGUGUGAAAUGCAUACUGUUAAAAGGGUGCUCAAUAUGAGAAUACUGUUACCACACCAUAAAAUACCAUUUAUAUAAAAUAUAACCCAUAGCACACUAAAUAUAAGAAAAUUUGAUUUUAUUGAUAUGUUUAUAAAGUAAACUAGGCAAAGGUAAAAUGCAUACAAAUAAAGACCAUGUACCAGUAUCUAGUACUAAUAAAGUGCAUAAAAGUAAACCCACAAGUGUUUUCCAAGGUGUACUGAUCAGAGGCUGGAGACCAAAUAACCUCUGACGUUUCGGCAAAAUGCCUUACUCAAGGGGAUCUCAGUAUAAACCUAUGGUCCCUUGUACUAUUGUGUAACCCCAAGUGGGUGUAACCCUUCAAUAAUGUAAUAAAAUAAAUUCAACUGAGCUGCUAUGGAUCAGUAAUAAGUAAAUAUUCUAAGUAGAUUUAAACCUGUAGUUACUUGCGGACUUCUGCAAUCGGCACAGAGUGACUAAAACACAAUCUGACAGACAUACAGGGACCUGUACACACACUGACACACACACAGGAACCCAUACAAACAUAAUGACACACAUACACACAGACACAGAGAGGCACCAAAAUCUCACCUGUCACUUAACAACCUGCGCCCCAUGGGCCAACACGCCAAAGGCAUCUGUCGUGCUUAUGGUAUCAUUGGCCCUUCACAGGCACUCUGAUAUUCAGGAGCAGGCUUGUAAAAUACUAUAUACAGAUGCUUACUCAAUUAUUAUUUUAUUGACUGUUUAAAGCCUGUGAAAAAGCUCUAUUCCAUGUGUUAACACUGAGUUCAUUCCUAAAUCCUCCCUAGAAUUUUGAAAUUUCAACUUAAAAUAUUUUUUGAUGAUUUGUGUAGUCAAGACCCAAUGAAAAUAAACAUACUUUCUUUAAUAAUUUCAAAUAAACUUUGACAGAUACAUGAAUCAUAGAACUGCUCUAGAAUUCCACGGGUUAUAACAAGUAGGAUAAUAUCAAAAUAAUACUAGACAAUAUGGUGUCAUGGCAUGUUAUAUAGUGUGUUAACCCAGUAUACAUAAAAAAAAUGUAAAUCAAUGGAUAAUUGCACUUCAGCAACCUAAAGUGCUUUUGGUGUUUGGAGUGUCCCUUAAACCUCUGCUCCUGAAGGCCAGCAAUUGCAUUAGAAAACCUUAUAAACCAAUAUUAAUUAAGCCUGAUUAUCCCAUACAGUAAGUAAUACCAGAUACGUAAAUUAUGAAAUCGAGAGAUUAGAACCAAUUUUUAGGUUUGCUGCACUUCGUAUUCAAGGUAAAAUCAACUGGCUUUGUCAUGAGGAAGUGUGGAUUUUAAUGCUGUUUAUGUUGCAACUAUGUCAUUUCACAUAAUGUAUAUUAUUAGUUAUAUUGGCUGUACUAAUAAAGUGCAUAAAAGUAAACCCACAAGUGUAUUCCAAGGAAUACUGAUCUUAUUUUGUUUUUAAUAGGCUUGUAGAAUCUCCCUUAGGGAUGUCUCCAGAUGUAAUAAUGUAAUUAAACAGAUUUGUGAGUCUAAAUGCUGAUGAUGAGUUAAAGAAAGGUUUUCAACUGUGACAUACUGUCAAGUAAACCAGUAACUGGACUGGAAGGAGCAUGUGUUGUUACAAAAUGCCUUUUGUAACUGUUCCUUUAAAUGACAAAUUGCCCUCCUUCCCUGGAUUAUGGAGGUGCCUAUUUGCCAGCCUCCUCCCCCAUGACUAUGGACUGGGUGUGUAUGGCCCUUUAAGAACAGUUUGUGAGCAAAAUGGGACUGGUGCUGGCCCUUUAAGCACAUUUUUGGGACAUAGAGAAAAUUGGGACAAUGCCCCUUUAAGACGGUGUCCCCAGACUUGUUGGGGACACUGCCCCUUUAAGCCUGUGUCCCCAGUGUCCCCAGACUUGGUUAAAAGUCCUGGCUAUUUCCCACUUGGUUCAGUAAAUGGGGCUUACUGAACCAAGUACCACACAGACGGACCACCCAGAAGUGGAAGUGUGCAGGCAAUUUACCUCCCAGGCUGGGAGCCUGCUGUAGGUAAAUUGCCGAACGCUGGGUGGCCGCUGUUCGCACAAACGAACACGUAGCGGCGCCAUCUUUAUUCAUUCAAAUACGGUCAGCUGUGUCUGCAGCCAAAUUCAUGGAACUAAAGUCGGCUGCACAUUUCCGCGAACACCACGGACCUGUACCUUCUUCCAUACUGAACUGUCAGCCGCAGAGACUAAGUCCCAUUCGGUGAUGGGACUUAGUCAUUUUUCAGCCUGAAAUAGACCGACCGCACAGCCCAAAUCUAUGGAACUGUUUUGGGCAUGAAAAUGUGCUUGCAGUCGGUCAUAAAGGACUUCCGUCUAACUUUUUAUCCACUGGAGGGAUUCAUAUGAUUUUUUGUUAUGUUCAUAUUUAAAGUGUGCUGAUUCUGAAUAUGUAGAUUUAUGAAGAUUGGAUGUAUGGUUUUAAAGUUAUAGUACAUGUAUAAAAACUGUAUUUUUCCUGCCUGUGAUAAUUAUGUUAACCAUUGUGUACCAUAAUUAUAUCACAGGCAGAAGGGAGGAUUUUGUGUGUAAUUGCUGGGAGUGUUUUCUGUAAUGUACGUGUGUUAUUGGUUGUUCUGUAAAAUCCUGUGGGUGGUCCUAUGUAAGGAAAACCUGCAUAAAAGAAGGCCCUUUGGGUGCCAAUAAACAGAAUGACUUGACCCCCUAACUUGCAGCCUCGACUCAUGUUUGUAGGGGACAGCUGUAAUCACUACAGGGAUUGCUAUGCUCUUCAUACUUCCUUAGCUACUGAGCUCUUGUAAGAGCUCUUGUUCCUGAUCCUGCUUUGCUCUACAGAAGGAAGAGGUUCACCUACUGGAACCUGGAGCCUGGUCGUAGGUCCAGGGUGGAUAGCAGACAGCGAGAUCCUAGCCCAGCAGCAGCGGUUCAUGGAGUCUGCAGUGCUUAUAGUGUCUAUGGUGCUAAUGGUCCUUUGGUGAGCACUAGGAGCAUCCUUUCUAUGGUCCAACUUCCAGCCAGCCUGGAGGCAACCGUAACAUGUGUCAUCAAAUCAUAAUAAGUUGCAGACAGUAUGAUUCCUUAUUCUGCCUCUUUAACAUCAGAAUCUAGUGCUGGAAUAAAAAUGUCUUCAAGUACAUUAACAUAGGUCUUCCUCCAAAUAAUUUACUUUCUCACAUACAAGAACCGAACAUGUAGGUCUAUGCAGAUGCAAGGAUGUAGAUUGUAGAUCUGAUGAUACUAUGUUCAAUUCAAAUCAACAUUUCAGCAACAUUACCUCAACAGAAUAAAAGAUCUGACCACUGAACUUGGUUGUAGGCUUCUAGAACUGGUGUUAUGUGCAGAUAGCCACAAAUGUCCUGGUAACUGGAACCAGACACUGUGUAAUUUCCUUUUAUGCAUGCUGGGUGUUGCCUGUUGUUGUAACUUUGGUAGAAUACUGGUGGUUAGAGCUUUGAAAUCCUGAUGUAAUAACACAGAGUAGAAAAAUGGUCAGCAAGACGUGGUUAACACCCAGUGUUAGAGAGAAGGAGGUGUUUUUUGGGUUUUUUGUGGACUUGUGGUGUGGGUUGCUGAAGGCUGUCUGAGAUUGGCAUAAGGGAAAUCAAAAAGGAUUUCUCAGCAGUACAGUACAAGCAGAUGUACUGCACCAAAUUUUCAUUUCUUUGCAGUGUCUGUCCAUUGGUCUGGUCGUAGAAAUAGGAUACAUGCUGUUUCAUCUUCAGCUUCUUGACUGGACCUCUCCAGAAGAAGCAGAUAAACAUACAAACCCUAUCAGAUGUGAUUUGCUGAGGCAGUAAUUGUUCAGACCACUAAUGUCUUUUGGGAAGAGGACAUUUUUUUUUAAAGCCCAGGGGAAAAGACAAAAAGAUAGUGGGGACAGAAAAUCUGUAUAUAUCCUUGGGUGGUCCAAGAAAAACUGUCCUGGGGUGCAUGUCAUUGGGCUAUAUUGUUUAUAUUUUUAUAUCGUACACUUCAAUGUGAGUUUCUCUCUCUCUGCUCCCAGCUGGUCUCAUGCAUUGCACGCUUCUCUCCGCCACACUGCUCCCUUUCUUAGUCUCAAACUUCGCCCUCAGCUUCACUCCAAUUUCACACACCGUAUAUUUCUCAGGUCAAGCUGCUCCCUGCCGUACACAUUUGUUUCUCUAUGUAUUCUGAAUCAACAGCUAAGCAUGACCUGCAUGCAUGACCUGCAUGCAUCGGCACAUCAUCGCUCCUCCCUCUCAAACAGUUAUCUGGGUUUAUUUCUAGUUCUCUGAACAAGAUGAUAUAUUCAAGGAUGGGUUCACAGGUCCUCACAAAUUUACAACGUUCUGCCCUCGCUUAAAUUGAAUUCUAUAAAGGAUUUCAAAUUUGCAGAAAUGCAGGAUGCACUCUGAAACGUGACACGUUUGUGUCAUUUACAUGUUGAGGUAGGAAUUUUGGGAGGAUUGCAGAAGCAUGACUUUUCCCAAGGUCUGAUUUGAGAUAUGUAGAUGAUGCACUCUAUAUUGUAAUCUCACAGGCUGCCUUCCAAACCCCUUGUUUUAGUUGAUUCAGGUGUUGAAUGAAAUCCCACAGAGGUUCUCUACUUCUUUUUUUGUCUCUUGCUAUCACCAGUGUUUUAAUAAAUUAUACAUAGUUGCCAGGUUGGUAUUGUUGCAUUACUGCCUUAGAAUAGAUCAUGGUAUAAGCCCAGCACCUAAUGAAGUGUGAACGGAGCAUGUCUAUAAAUAUUACCAAGCCCACAGGGCAUGAUGAGGUAGACCUAAUGCCCAUAGCUAAAACUAAGAAAUGGAGGAAAGGGGAUUCUACAAGGUGGAGACUGUGAGAUGGGCUUGUAGUGUAUAGACAAGGGAUUUCUGCAAGAUAUUUGAAAUUAGAUAUUUUCUGUUUCUAUUUAUGUAUGUGUUUACAUUUGUAGCGGAGCUCCCUGUACCCUGGCUGGGUACCUCCACCAAGGAUCAUGUCCUAGCUGAAAACUGGGGAAAAUCUCAGCACUUCUGCCCCAGUCGCUGUGACUUGACUGAGGUCCUCCUGAAGCCUCUAUGUCCUGGAUAGGGGACUAGCUCUAUUUCCUCCCAGGGACUGAACGACACAUAGUUCUGGGAGCUGUAGUGUUUACAAAGACUUUCGCUGCUGAAACCUCCACGAGCUGGAACAAGAUGCUGACCAGUGAAUAGCCCUUUCCCUAGACGACACUCAGCCUGUUAUGCACUGACCCAAGCAGGGUGUCUCAAAAAAAUACAAUACAAGCCCCUCCCAGAGAUCUCUGUGCCUGGGAGAUAAUUGAGUUAAAGACCGGUAAGCUAAUUAUCUCCCAGGAACAGAGAGCCAAACACGAAAACAUAAAAGUACCCAAAAACAUCAUCAAAACAUAUAAUAACCCCACAUAUCAUACAUUCCCAAACAGCCCUGAUCUGAGAGCCCAAGUUGUCCAAAUAGCACUCUGAUCCAUGCAGUCUAGGGUAAAAAGCCACCGUGGAAAAGUUCUGACCGGCCGCAAACAUGGCCCUAUGCCCAAAAUAGUUCCAGAGCAAUGUGUGCUUUGGCCGGUCAACUUUUGGAAGCUCCUGCAGCUAAAAUACGGGGUGCUCCACCUGGCUCUCUGGGAGCAUUUGUUUCUCUUCGUUUCAGGUACCUUUCCUCCAAAAAAGCGCUCUCCUGGCGGGUCGCAAAGUGGUUCAAACCCCAGACCAAGUUGUCUGGGAACUGCAAGGUCACCGAGCCGAAAACAGUUCCUUAACAUUCGCGGCUGACUGCCACUGAGGUGACCGGGAACCAUGAAGUCCUCAUGCCAAAAUUAGUUCCAUAACGGUCGUGGCUAAGUAUCGCUGAGGAUCGUUUGUGGGUUUGAGCUAGUGUUCGGUUUACUUCGUGAUAAAGGAAAGUGCUGAACCAGGGGCACCGAGGGAAAGCUGCUAAGGGCGGCUGGGCAGGGUAACUCCCCAAUGGGGUCUCCGACCUGGACCAUAGUUGGUGGGCAGGAAGCCAGCUUCCACACUCCUCCAGGAGUUCGUGGCAAACGUCUGUGGAAAAGAGCGUUUGUCACAAUGUUUAUAUACCGUAUGUGUUUAUGUGUACAUUUUAUGAAUUCACAUUGCACAUCUGCAAUUUUAUAAAUAUAUCACUGAAGUGCUUUGUUUCUGAAAAGAAAUCCACUAAUGUAGUCCAUCACAACUUUGUGUUUUAGGGCUUAAAGGGAGAGAGAGGACAGUCUGGGAGUUAUGGACUAAAAGGAGAAAAAGGAACAAGAGUAAGUAUGAAGAGUGUUAUUUACUGUAUAUAGUGUGUUAACCACUUAGUACAGGUCUCACAUUGUUAUAAUUGAUCAUGUUAUCACUGACUGUCAUUUCUUGUGUUAGCACAUACAUGCAUUGCUCCACUCUUUCAUAAAAUAUUGCUUCAACGGCUACAUACAUCACAGAAAUGACCACACAUGUGAGACUCACUGUAUAUAUGCCUCAAACACACACUGCUCCAAGAAUUGGUUACUAUGCUAAUCCACUACAUACAGCUGUGCUAUAGUGAACAAGAAUUGAGGCUAUUCAGGUUAUAAUUACUACGAAUUAAACAUCUUGUGUGUCAGUGCCAUCAUUAAUUCCAUAAGGAUACUGACGUUUAUUUUAUCAAAUAGCAGGCGAUCUGUCCACCCUCCAUUACUUACUUAUUUAAAAGUCCUUACCCGAUGCCCACUGGUGUUGGCACGAGGGUAAUAUUGGAUAGUUAACCCUGGUUUCUAGAGUGUCCCUUUAAAUAAUUUAAACCCCUCCUUCUCUUCUCAUUCUGAUCAUUCCUGGACAAGUGAGUAAGUUCCAGCAGCUUCUUUGAAAACAUAAACCCUUAAUGUGCUUAGUUUCUAUAAAGGCCUCCACAUUUCUUUUAUUAAGACCUCAAAGCCUGUAGCGCUGUUAGAACUAAAAACAAAAUUAAAAAAAAUGACUCCUCACAUAUUGUCCAGAUGUACAUGAAAUUACUUUCUCUCUCCAUCUGUCAUUUUAGGGUUCAGACUGUAUUCGAACAUCAGCAGAGGGACCCCUACAGGUGAGUGCCCUCUGUUAAAUGAAGGAUUCUGCAUGUCAGAUGUUUUAUGAAUUUGUUAUGUAGUAAUCCAUGCAUUGUAAAUUCAGAAAGAUUUUAGUCACUAUGUGUUAGUGCAUUGAUAUCUCCUGCAAACAACUAACCCUAUCAUCUUUAUUUUACAGUGUGCUGAGGGUGUGAAGGGAGAAAAGGGAGACCAUGGGCAACAGGUGAAUAUCAGACCCCUGACCCCUGGCUUUUCUGACAGUGCAUGUGAACAUUUGGCACAAAAUAUACAAAGAGCAUAAGAAUCGCUGGCAGUCUGCCCAGUCCUUAUCUGCAGGCUUAGAUUUCAGACCUCAAAAUAUAUUAAAGAUAGACUUUUAUCUAUUUUUAUUUAUCUAGCCUUACUUGUCACUAGGAAAGCAGCUCUGUAUGAUAAUACUACUUUUUUAAAUUAAGAUGCUAAUUUGUUAUAAACAUUCUGUUCAGUCUAUUUACAGAUUUCUUGCCUAGUAUUUACUUCAAUCAUUCUGCCACUAGAGGGUGUCAGAGAUUUUUACACAAGUCACAGAGCUACAUUAGUCCCUCUAGGACAGUUUGAAAACAGUCUAUGUAAAUACAAUGAAAAAUAUACUUGUGGAAGCAUGAGCUAUUAUAGACUAAUGUUCCAAAAUUAUUCUUUUUUUAAAUUUUAUUUAUUUUUUUAAAUUCUUUAUUUUGCGCUGCGUAGGCAAUCUAUUUUUUAUAUAAGAUAUAUAUUUUCAUGGCAGCAAGUUUUGAAGAACCGUAUAUAUGGACAAAUAGCCCAAAUAAAAUCAAUCAAAUUAACAGAAAAUGUAAUAGAACAAUAAAAUGUCAACAAUAAUGUGUCAUAGUAUUGUGAUGGUAUAGUGUGUUUCCCCAUGGACACUUCCUCAAUCCACCAUGGAUACAAACCAAAAAUAGGUUAAACAAACUAUAUGUUGUGUCUUCUUAGGUAAAGGCGCAUAGACUUAUAGAUGCUUACAUGCUUGAUGGUUCACACAAAUAUGCUCCAAUGUUUCAAACUGGGAAUAUUAAAUCAAUUUCAAUCCGCCGUGGUAUCAGUUUGAACCACAGAGACAGCAGAACUGACUGAACCCAAAACGAUAAAAUAAUGGUAGGUCAGUGAUGACAAAAAGUAAAACUGCACAUGUGUAUAAACUACAGUUCCCAUGAUAAUGAGACAACAUUUAUCCAGGCUGAACAUUAAGGAAAAUAUAGAUCAUGAGCAUCUUUAAUGUCGAGGUUUGCCUGUCAGUGCAGUAAGAGAAUGAUAGGGUUUGGGUACUUAGUUUAGGUCAUGGACAGCAGAGGUGUAACACUAUUUGGUUGUUUAAUCAUUUGAUUUUAAAGUGAGAAACAAUCUGCAGAAUUUAUUGUAGAUAGGACAGAGAGCUGAAUUCAAAACUGCAUCAUAAACUCUUCAUACUUAUGGCGGCCCGCCUAGCACCCCGACUGGGUACCUCCACCAACCACACUUCCUAGUGCUCACCAAGUACCAUAAGCACUGCACGGGACACCAUAACCACUGUAGACCCCUUAGCGGCUGAGGUCUCGCCGUCCCUUCCCACCCUGGACCAAACACCAGCUCUCAGUGGGAAGACCUCUCCUCCAAGAGAGUAUUGCUGUAUAGUAAUCCAAAGUGCAGUAUAGCAAUCCCCCCCACACAUGAGCCAAGGCAUAAUGCUGGGAAGUCAUCUGUUUAUUAGAGGCCACACACGGCCUUUUAUGCAAACCCCAUGCAAGAGGUUUCCUAUACAAAACAGGGUAAUCCCUCCAUUAUGCCUGAGAGAUAAUUGAGUCAGGAACUGUAUAAACUCAAUUAUCUCCAGGCACAGAAAACACACCUUUUUUUAGACAUCCCAAAAGUACCCCCAAAACACAUAAAAACCCCACAACCCCACCACAUCGCCCAGAUCGGUUCAGGGGUUCAAGUUUUUCAUGGAAGUCAUAAUUUGACCGACCGCAAACAUGGUCCUAUGCCCAAAACAGUUCCAGAAAAAAAGUGGUAGCGGUUGGUGAAAAACGAUUCCACUGAACAGUGCCCUUCCAGGUGGUGUAGAAACAAACUCAGACGAUGAUGGAAGUGCAGUGGUGUUCAGGAGUUGCAGUAUCCGAUUUCAGUUCCAUGAGCUCGACGCCCAAACACCGCUGUCUGCGUUCGCGGGAACAAGAAGGCUGCCUCAUUGUGGUCGUUCAUACGAACUGUGGCCACCCAGACGAAAAAUUAGAACACUGCGGUUAGAAUCGUUAAGAGGUGAUGAUAGGGCUUAACAAGCUCCUGGGUGGUCCAUAGUUUGUGCGUCUGUUUGGUUCCCGAUAAAUGACACGAACACAGUCUUUUAUGAGCAUUUUCGCAUUGGGCCAUAGUCUUGAGGCAGGAGGCUGGCAAGCAAGCUCCUCCAGGAGCCCGUGGCGAGGUUACUUUCGCCACAAUACUCUUAAACUAUCCAAAUAACGAUGAGCUUUUAUUUACUACCAAUGGAAUAUAAAAUUAUACCAACUCAAUAUAUAUAUGUACAACUUACUCUCCUACAUGAUACAUUCAUAUAACAUAUACUGCAACAUGUUUUUACUCUCUGUGACAGACUCUCACAAUUCCACAAUAAUUUCAUUAUCACCAACAGGGGCCAAUAGGAUUUGAUGGAUCGACAGGACCAGAAGGAGAGAAAGUAAGUCCAAGUUUUCAGUAAAAAGUGAGUAGAGCUUCAUUAUAUGUUGUACUGCCUGUCAUCAUUUUUCUUUUUAUUCCCUUUUUUUUCCAGGGACAGAAAGGUGAAAAGGGAGACAUUGGAUUGAGAGGAUUAUCUGGUGUGCCAGGAAGAGAUGUAAGUGUCAAACAAAUGUUUUAUUCAAGUUUUACAAAAGUCACUAUUACUACUUAUUCUGGUAAGGUAAGGUAUUUUAGAUUGCCUUUGAUAUCUGUGCAUGUAAUUUAAAAAUAAAUGUAAUUUGCUUAUAUGGCCUGUUACUUCAUAUCAGACUAAAAACAAACAUUAUUAGUUAAACUUAUUUCACAUAUAUUAGUAUAUGAUGUUGAAUAAUAUUGCCAUAAAUAAUAAUAUUCCUUACAACACAGGGAAGGCCAGGGGAAAUCUGCGUGGUGGGACCUAAAGGUAUGAAGGUGAGUGGUUGUGGCAUCGUAUGUAUAUUCAAUUUAUUCCCUGUCUGAGCUGUCUGAUGUCUUAGCAUGUGGACUCAGAACAGGUAUAACCAUAUGGUAUCCUUAGAUGGCUGCCUAAAGCUCAAAGGCUAGACAGGAGCCUCUAAACAACGAAUUUGCUUGUUGCUAUUUAUCAUCUCUGUGUAAAGAAUGAAGGGGGUCCCAAACUGGUAAAGAUGCCUAGGGAUGCCCGGAUGGCCUGCUGUACUGGUUACAAUGCCUGGAGUGCCAUGGUCUGGUGACCUUGACCUCUCUCAACCAAUGACUGACAUUCUGUACAACAGAGGUUGCACAUAACUGGCAUUAGCCAGCCCAGAACACUAUAACACUGCUGGAGGGGGGAAGUGCUUAAUCUCUGUAUGUGUAACAUUUCAAAGUGAAACGCUGCACAUAUGGACUCCUGGCACUUCAAAUCACUGAAGUUGUCAUGCUGCUUGGACUAACCCUUUAUUCCUUCUCUGCAUGUAGUCAUAUUGUCAAACUAUGUAGAAACACAUGUUGAUGAUUCAUUAAGCAAUUAAUCAGUGUGCCUUCCUAUAAAUAUAUUUUUCCCUUUAGAUGGAAAUAAAGAAUAGAUUUGAGAUUUGUUUUCCUUGUUAAUGAUCAAUGAGCUUUUGUACCUUUUUGACCCUGUUAUGCGACUGUAUAUAAAUGGUCACUAAUGAGUCCCAUUCUCCAAUUUCCCUCUCUUUGUUUAGGGAGAAACUGGCAUUGUUGGUCCAGAGGGUCUUGCUGGUGAGCCAGGACCUCCAGGAAAGCCAGGUAUUCCAGGAGUCGGAACUCCAGGAAGGCCGGUAAGUACUAUUGUUUCCCAUGUCAUCAUUUAUCUUUGUAAUUCUAUUGUUGAUCCCUAAUACGAAAUAACCUUUCAUCUUACAUUAGUAAAUAUUUAUUUAACAUCUGCCAUCCUUGCUCGGAACUUAUGUUAUGGAUGAACUGUUAUUUCCUAAUGUUUCCUAUUUUAAAAUUUAGGGAAACCCUGGUGGUCCACCUGGUCCUCCCGGAGAAAAGGUAACGUCUUCUUUAGUUCUUUUAAUAAAAUACUUCACCAUAAUACAAGUUGUUACCUUAUAAGGUCUAUACAUGGCAUAACACAAAGUGCUCAAUAGUUUAAGACACAAACCUAAACUUAUACAAACUCAUGGGAUAAUAUAUAUGCCUAAAUUACCGAUGUCAUGAAGGUAAUAUAUAUUUGUACAUUGAUUGAUAUAAUGUGGAUACAUUUAUGUUAUUAUGUCCACUGAUGUAAUGAGGAUUACAUAAAUUCCUAUAUUAAGUAAUGCAGUGAGGAUAAUAUACAUGGAUACCAGAGAAAAACAAUUCGGGAUACGGCUGUAUAAAUCUACAAAAGGACAUAAAACACAAAAUAGUGUAAUACUGUAACAGUAUAUAUUAUGCACAGCAAUGUAUGCACUCACUAGAUGUAGACGAAUUAAAGCGUUCUUAGGGGGCUUCCCCCGAAAUAGUGGGGGUGGGGGGGGCAAAAGAUCCAUCUUUCCACCUCCAGACAGUAGAUCCAAACAGGACUUCCACAGGUGAGGCUAAAAAAACAAAUGAAUUUAUUAAAUAAAAAUAAAUCAGCAGUCACCAUUCAGUAUAGGAUAUAUACAGUGGCAAAAAAGGUCCUACGCGUUUCGUUCUAGAUGAACUUCUUCAGGGACCGCAAUAUUAAAAUGGUUACAAUGGUAAGAUACAUGUAAAAACAAAACAUAUGUUUUGUUUUUACAUGUAUCUUACCAUUGUAACCAUUUACAUAUGUUUUGUUUUUACAUGUAUCUUACCAUUGUAACCAUUUUAAUAUUGCGGACCCUGAAGAAGUUCAUCUAGAACGAAACGCGUAGGACCUUUUCUGCCGCUGUAUAUAUCCUAUGCUGAAUGGUGACAGCUGAUUAUUUUUAUUUAAUAAAUUCAUUCGUUUUUUUACCCUCACCUGUGGAAGUCCUGUUUGGAUCUACUGUCUGGAGGCGGAAAGAGGGAUCUUUUGGCCCCCCACUAUUUCGGGGGAGGCACCCUAAGAACGCUUUAAUUUGUCUACAUCUAGUGAGUGCAUACAUUGCUGCGCAUAAUUUUAUACUGUUACAGUAUUACACUAUUUUGUGUUUUAUGUCCCCUUGUAGAUUUAUACAGCCGUAUGCCGAAUCUUUUUUCUCUGGUAUGUUUCUAUAUCUGGCAUAGGUCGUUUUUGGGUAACGACCUUAGGAGGCUGUUUUUCUGUUACCCAAAGUUAAGUAUUAUAUAUUUCUUGUAUUUCAUUGUUUUGAUUUUUUCAGCUUUGGUGUUAUAUCUGUUAGGAUAAUAUACAUGCCUACAUAACUGAGGUAAUAGGGAUUCUGAGCUAUCAAGUAGCCAUUGAGUAAAUUAGACAGACAUGCAGCCCAUGCAAGAAGCGGACACUUUCUGUUAUCUUAAACAAGAUAAAUAGGGUCAUUUAGAGGUCAGAAAAGCACAUUUUAGGUUUUAAAUUAUUAUUGUGUUUCCUGUUUACUCUCUCUAGGGCCUCCCAGGAACUCCAGGAGUGGAUGGAUCUGUAGGAAAACCGGUUAGUAUCUUGUUUGUAUGUAUUGAGCUUAAGAUAUAAACUCCUUGUGUGAAGCGCAAACUCUGAAUUGUAGGUUGAAAUUGAAGGGGAAUACUGGAAAAAAAAUAUUGUAAUUCAUCCUUUCUUCUCAAUUUCUAAAUGUCCUAUAUAUCUGCUUUCUACAGGGGAAACCAGGCUUACCGGGAUUCAAAGGGAAUAAGGUAAACUGAAAACUAAAACUAGAUAGUAUUUUCACAUGCAAUGAUUUUAUGGAAAAUAAUCUAGCCACUUUGAAAGAAGUUUUAUUUUUGAUGAAAGGUCUGGAUGCUUUACCUGCUUGAGCAUGGUACCUUCAUAGAAUGAAAUGUGAGAAUGUUUUGACUAAGGACGCUAUAUUAUACAUAAAUACAUAGAAAACUGACAGGUCAAUAUCACAGGUGUAAUUGCUAUUUAAAUUCUAACUAUUUUGAAGUAUUGGGGCGGAUGUAGUUUAAAAUCACCUAUUGAAUAUUAUUUUUAGUCCCCCCUCACUUAAAAUCUGAAGAAAAAAAGCCAUUACACUUACCUGAUAUUCAGUGCCUGGCAAAUCACUCAACACAGUGCUCUCCAUGUCUGCAUCCGAUGUCAUACCUGAAAUCUGUUGGGACAAGAAAAAACAAGAGCUCCAUGGACACUCUUGACGUACCCAGUAAUAGAAGGAGGUUUAGGGUUACGUAAUAUCAGAGAAUACUGCCCAGCAGCACAUUUAUGCAAUAUUAUCACUCCCCACUACAAUGUCCCCUAAUAACUAGACAUUGAAGCAUACUGUGCACUAUGUCCAAACCUCACUAGUAUAAUAUGGUUGCCUACUAUACUCUCCACAAUGAACUGUUGUUCACGAUCUGGGAUUCUAAUAGACAUAAAUUAUACGAUCAUACCCAAUAGUCUCUGGCCAUGCCAUUGCACUUUAUUUACAUGAAGAACCCAACAUUUUAUUAUAAAACAUCGGGUCAACAGGAAAUUAAGCACGGAUACCAAGUAUAUACCAGCCAUUAUCUGUUAGCUUUCCAGAAUUGCAAGCAGAAUUCCACCUACCUCCAGGCACACUAUUUUCAUACAUUCAAAUUAAAAACAUGCUAGAAAAUACCACAUGUACAGCAUCGGAUCAGAGAGGGAACACUAACACUUUGUUGCACAGCAGUGAACCUAGAAGGGCAGGAAGCAAAAUGGAAAUCCGUAAAGGACUGGAAAAAAGAUGUGGGUAAGGAGAUAACUCCUGAGACCUGCAAAAGAGCAUUCACAUCCCUCAUGGGGCUCUCCUCUUGCACAUCUCACCUGGAAAUCACAUUACAAUUACUGUACCACUGGUACCUUGUAACUGCCAGACUAGCCCAUACAUUCCCGAAUGUUAGUCAUGUGUGUUUGAAAUGUGACUCCGAAGUGGGAACAAUGCUUCAAGUUAAGUGGACAUGCCCUCCAGCGACACAAUUUUGGGGCAGAGUGAAAGGCUUGAUAGAAGACUUUUCGGGCAUACAUAGGAAACCCUCUUUAGAAGUAUUUUUGCUAAACAUGCUACCAGAGGAUCUCCCUAAGCCAACCCUUAAACUUUUAUAUAUUAUACUCACCUUGGCAGCCUUGUUGCUAGCUAGGAGCUGGAAAUGAACAUCAGUCCCAUCCAUUAGGAAAAUUAUAGCCCAAGUCACGACCAACUUAGAUUAUGAGCAAAUGGCUCUAACGCAACUCCAAGUAGGGAAAGCAACCCACGAGGCAAGGAAAAUAUGGUUACAUGUUCUAUUAAAAAAAAUCACAUCACAUAGAAGCCAUUGAUGCACUGGGGAAGUCAGUAGUAUAGCCAUUGGAAUGUUACUAAUUUACUCUAUUCCACACGCUGGUCACCCAAGGUCUGGGCUUGCAUCUGACAAAGAUGGCAAGGGAGCUUUAGUUUGUUCAUUGUUAAUUUGUUUUUCUUCAUUAUUUAUUUAUUCUUUUUAUCAUUGUUUUCUGCUCCACCCUUAUAAAAAGAUGUUUGAAUGUAAAAUGUUUCCAUUGCUAGCUGGACUAUAACCGCAAAGUUGCUGAACCAUGCCUCUGCUUUAACAGUGACUAUUUCAACACUGAGAAUCAACUUGUAAUGUAAAUACUGCAAUAGUGUUGGUAGGGAGAAUGUGUUAUAUCAAGGCAUUGUGUGCAAUCUCAGCUAUAGUGCUUUAUACCUACUAACCGAUUUGUAAAAAGAGAUGGUAUACUAUGGUUUCCCGUGGCAAGUAAUUUUUAAGGCCAGGCUAGUAGCAUAGAAUUACACAUUUUAAACCCUGAUAAGGUAGCGGACUUUUAGAAAUCCAUGUCAACUUGUCUUGCAAAUAACUUGGCUGUAACUUUUGCAGGGGGAUCCAUGUGAGGUUUGUCCUUCGCUUUCUGGAGAUGGGAUGCAAGUGGUCACUAUUCCUGGACCCAAGGGCAACAAAGGAGACACAGGACUACCAGGGAUUGGGGAGCCAGGAAAAACGGUGAGAAUAAGUGAGGAAAAAAACCAUAAAAAAAUGGAAACUCUUGGAAGGGAAGACAGCAAGGUGCUGGUUUGUGAAUACACACAUAUAACACUGGGAUAUAAUUAGCUCAUGUUUCAGAACAUAACACAUUUCAUGGAUAUAAUCUCUAUUUGCUACAAUAUUUUAAAUAAAUAUAUAUAUAUGUUUGUAACAUACUCAGUCUAUUGUGCCCCUUUUCCUCUGGGUGCUGGGUUCAUUUUUGGAUUUGUUUACAUAUAAAUGUAUGCUUUGCUUUGGAAUUAUAGCUACAUUUUCAGAAGCAACAUUUGCUUGCUACUAAUUAGCAUGAUCAAAUUUGAAGCACAUUAUAAAUGGCACUAUAGAAAGCCAUUUAAUUUCGCUACGCUUUGUCCUUGAAAUUUUCCAUUUUUGACACCUGACCCUAGUGUACAAAUUGCAUUCCACUGGCAGUUUUACUUACAAAUCUAAAUAUCUUUAAACAAAGUUCUUUCCAAAUGUGAAAGUGCCAGCAAAGUAUAAACAUAACAUUUAUUUAUUUAAAUGUAAUAAAAUGAAACAAUGAAAUAUGUUUACCAGAAAUUAUCAGCCCAUGGGAAAAUAUGUGUUUCACAAACGCCUGUGGGCAGCUGUACCCCCUUUUUGGUUUUAGACUAUGGCAGUUUACAUUUGUGUUUUGUGUUUUUUUUUUUCUAAAGAGGUAAAAAAAAGUUUAGCUGUUAGUAUAUACUAGGGGUCCUCAAACUCCGCCCCCCCCCCAGAUGUUGCUGAACUACAAUUCCCAUGAUUCUCUGGCUAUCUAUGUAAUUCAAAGACUCAUGGGAGUUGUAGUUCAGCAACAUCUGGAGGGCCGGAAUUUGAGGACCCCUGGUAUAUACCAUGUAUAUGGAAUAUUCAUACAAUGCAGCGUGACUAAGUGAGACAUAGGGUACUGCAAAAGAAGGACAGAAUGAAAGCUUUAGUAAUUGUUAAAAAUCAGAAGAAUAUGAGAGGUUGCUCUUUUUAAACUUCAAUGCUGAUUACUUAGGCCAAACUAUUUGGUUGGAUGUACAUGAUUGAUUUUGUAUUGUAUAAUCAGGUGGAGGGCAUCAGCUCUCGGACCUGAAUUAAGCAAAAAACGCACCCCAGCAUGGCUCCUUGCCUAGAGAAACAGAUAAGCUGUAAUCACUGUCAAGGGAAACUUACCUCUAUCAAAUGCACACCUCCUGGCAGUGUCAGUCACCUUCUCUUUAUAAUUCAGUAUAUGGAGACAGUUGAAUCCAUACACCAGGAAAUUAGCCAUCCCACUAGAACGUGUGAUUAAACUGUUUAGCUUUAUUCUUACAUUAUAUUUUUUUUAGGUUUAGACUUUGAGUGGUUAACUAUGUGACUAAUGAAAGGGUUUGUUUGGGUUUUGGAAUCGGGUUACAUUAAGGUUAAGAAAAAUGUUGAGAUUAAAGGGUUAUUUGUAAAUUACACACUCCCCUGUUUUGUUAGUCCAGUCACAAGCCUAUUAUUGAUAACAGAGAUGCAGGAGCUGUUUUACAGUUUUGGUCACUCAUGUCUUAUCUCUUCCUCCUGCAAUGCACUUCUCGUGUCGGAGAGAUUAUUAGUGGAUAGAAAAUGUUUUUCACUUCCUGUACAUCAGCACACAAGACGAGCUGGGACAGCACUGUGUUUUACACCCCUUAUAACUGAUCCUGCAGCUCUGCCCCCUAGUGGAGAGGAGCCUGUAGGCAGGUGCUUACUCUGCCUAAUGGAAAAUCCAGCCCUGGAAGGGACAGGAUUUCUAACACAUUUCAUGCCACAGAACACUUUCAGGGUUAUUCACUAAAGUGAGAAUUGUCAGGAAUUAAAAGUGAAUUUUUAAUUUUAGGCCAAAAUAACUGAACUGAAAAAAAUCCUAGGUCAGCUAUUUUGGUCUUAAAUUUGAAAUUUACUUUGAAUUCCUGACAAUCCUCACUUCAAUAAAUAACCCUGUUUGUCAAAGUCUCAGGAAUCUCUGAAACAUUAUUCCCUUUAAUAAUACAGACUGUAAAUGUAUUUUUCAAUCUCACUCAUAAAACAUUUGCAGCAGUUUUGCUUAAAAUAGAUACUAUGAAGCAGUGUUGAUAUAUAUAUAUUUAGAAGUGUGUUUCUGUAAAUGCAGCCAUAGCUACACCUCCCCUAGCUGUGACACACCAGCCUCCACAAAAAACAAUCAUGGUUUUAUGGUUUCAUUUUCAGUCAGCUCUUACAGCAUACUGUGUUUACUUUAGACGUUAUGAUUUCUGGUGCUUGAUUUUGACACCAAAGUUCAAAAUGUGAAAAAGAGAGAUUUCUGGCGUUUUUAGCAUCCUUAUUACACCUGGAAAUAAGGAUGCUAAAAAAUUUAGACUUUUUUUUUUUUCAGGAAGGCUGUGUAAGUCCCAGCCAGGGAAAGUGUGGCUAGGGCUGCAUAAACAAACUUAUUUAACUCCUAAAUGGCAGCUAACGCUGUUUUGGUGCCUAGAGUGUCCUUUUAACAGUAUAUAUGAUGAUCUGAUUCGCUUCAGAUGCCCAGUGAGGGGACUUCAGACAGACUACCAGUAGAUUAGAUAUUCUUUGAAUUCUAUCACCUAUAUAGCCCUUUCCCUCAAACCAUUAGUCGAGGUAUAGUGCAAGGGUAAAACAGAACUGCGUUAUUGAGCACACACCACAUACAUUUAUAAUCCCUCAAUCCAUACAAUGUAACACAAUCCAAUCUGCUCCCUGGCACCACUCUGUGUUGGCUGAUAAGGGUAAAUUAGAUCAGUCCAUGGUUAAUGCUAUGGGGAAACCGAGAUUCCCAGAGUACUUAGGAAUAUAGCACCCAAAAUUUCUGGUUAUUGCCAGAUGCCUCCUCACCUCCCUGACAUCCCCACCAAACGGCGCUGUGAUUGGUGGUUGGGGGACAGAGCGAAACCCGAUCAAAGAUUCACUGUAUUACAGCAUAGUUCUGAUCCAGCGACUAGUUCCAUAGCGAUUCAGGGUAUCUCAAGCACUCGGUGUGGGAAUGGGUCCUGGUGAUCCUCAGAAUUAAACCCAGCUUUAACUGGGGAUUAAAUUAGCAUCCAGGGCCCUCCCAUACCCCCUCUCCACAGUGACAAUAGGUCUUUUUUGUUCUUUUGGGGACAGGGUCGAUAGUCUGUGAGCAGGAGGCUAGCCUCCUAGCUGCUUCACGAGCCAGGGCCACAGGGACUUCCGUUGUGUAUGAUAUUGGGUCUGUGCGACCCUAUCACUGAUUAGCACAGGGAGCAUAGAAUAGUGGGGACUAUGUAUGUUUUUGAAAACUGACCUUAAACUUAAGUUAAGAAGCAAUGCUUGAACGCAAAUAAGAAACAAAGCAUUAAAAUAUUAAUUCAAGAUGGUUUCAUAUAAUCUUAUAAUUAUAUUAUAAUAUAUAAUAUAAUCACUAUGUGUCUCUACUAAGAUAAGUUAUUUUUAAGACUAAAAUGUUGCUUUGCAAUAGGUGCAGACAUACAAAAAUAUGAGAAAACUUUAAAUCAUAGCACACCCAUCAAAUAGUGAUUAACAUAGUAUUUGGGUACUUUUAUUUGGAAAAGUGACUUGUAUGUCUAAUACAUUGAAACUCAUUUUAAGAAGCUUGUACUUCUCCGGGAAUGGCUUGGUGAGUGAAGAUUAUAGGAGUCUAACUCCAGAAUUACAUAGAUCAAGAGACUGACAAUCCUGAUUGUUUUUCUUUAUAUUUUCAGUAUACCACUCUAUGUGACUAUUGACAAAUGACAGCUAGUCCUAUUAUAUAUGCAUGUUUGUCCAGUGCUUUAUCAGCACAAUACAUUAUCAAUCUCUCCUUCUCUUGUACUGUUUUGUUGUUUUUUUAAAGCUUGUUCAUUUAUGUUAGUGUAUUAACAAACAGUCACUCCAGUUGCACUUUAUUUGCCUACUUUAAAAUUGUUAUGUUUUUCCAACAUUGAUCUAUAAUCGCUGUCUUAUCUUUUCCAGGGAAUUCAAGGACCAAAAGGUGAUCAGGUAUAUCUGGCUUGGUAUGGAGUGUGAGCUCACAUCACAUUGUUGGCACUGCUUGUUUUGUGUUUAUCCUCCCACCUACACUGCAUAGUCCCCACUCAUUCUACUGACACUAGCAGCCAUCACCUGCUAGGCGAUAAGGAUGACAUGUGAUAUACAUUGUUAAACCCAGAAAUGGAUCAUGGAAAUUUUCUAUUAUUAAAUUACAGAUACCCAGUGCCAUUAGACAAUAGAACUGCAAACAAGCUGUUGUUCAUCGAUUUUAUUACAUGAAAUAGAUGGACAGGCAUAUAGAUAAUCCCCUGCCUAAUUUGAAAUCAUGUUUGGAUUUUGAAAUUAAUAGAGUAGAAAUGUCUAGUUUUUGUCUUGUUUCUAAUUAUUUUUUCUUUUUACUUUUAUACUCUUUAUUGAAUACUGUUAAUCUUUUAUUUCUUGAUGAUCAUAGGGAGAGAAAGGUCCAGGUGGGGAGAAAGGAGAAAGGGUGAGUGAAGCAACUGUUUCUAAAUGUGGAAUCACCUAAAUUAAACUACUGUAAUAUUCAUUUAGCAUAAUAAAUGAAUGUCCUCUUAGGGUUCUAGAGAUUCAGCCUGGUCGCAUGGUUUAUGUCUCCAGACAUUUUGAUGAUGUUGCAUUCCUAUAAAUUAAUGUAUGGUUCACUUUUACAUACAGUAGAACAAGGUUAAAGCAAGUUAACAUACCAUGAACUUACAUGAAAUAUGAUGUAGUAUAGUAAUACUCAUGCAGAAAGAAACUUCACUGGAAUUCUACAAACAAGUGGCAGAGUAGUCGCAAUUAUGCCAGAAAAAGAUAACACUUACGGGGCUAAAACUUAAGUAAAUACUGGUGAUAGUGAAAAUACAAACUAAUAGAAGGUUAACUCCUAUGAAAAUGCAUGACAAUAAAUCUUAACUUUUAUUGUAUAACUAAUAAAAUAAGGAAUCCAGAUUUCCUUCCAAAUCAAGUUAAAAAGAGCCAUAAUUUGAAAACAGAAUAAUAGGUUCUUGACAAAGUGUGUAUAUGCAUAUAUUGUGUAUACAUAUAUGCAAUUGAUAGAUUUAAAAUAAAAUAUUGUGGCACAUGUUUAAACAAGCUCUAAUUAACACAUACAUAUAUGUACAUAUAUAUAUAUACACAGUUGUAAUCAAAAUUAUUCAACCCCCAUUGAAAAUCAGGUGUAUUGUCAAAAUGUACACCUCUUCAGCUGUUUUCAAUGAACAAAUCAAUCGCAAUUGAUAUAGUUCAACACAACAAAUGCUUCAACUGGUUUCCCUAAAUUCAACUGAAAAUGCAACUUUUAAUGACUUCUCCAGUCUCAAAAUUUUUCAACCUCCUGAAUAGAAUCCCUCACAACAGCACAAAUAUGCAAAACACAUGUUGUCUCAAAAACACCUGGUGCAACUAAUCACUUGAAAAGUUUGAACUGACUAUGGGUUUUUUGAGUGUCACAUUUGAGUGUAUGCUAGAAAUAUGGCAAAGUAAAAAAAAAUGGUCCACAAAGUUAAGAGAAGAGAUUAUAGCCCUUCACAAACAAGGAACAGGCUCCUAAAAGAUAGCAAAGGCACUAAAUGUUCCUAGAGACACAGUUGGAAGCAUAGUUCGCAAAUUCAAAAUUGAAGGAACAGUGGCAACACUACCUGGACGGGGCAGAAAAAGGAAGCUAUCAGGAAGUCAACCAGUUUUCUGAGAAGGCAGGUUUUGAAAAAACCUCGAGCAACUGCAAAAGACCUGCAGCAAGACUUGACGGCAACAGACACUGAGGUUUCACAGUAAGGCGCAUGUUAAACGCAUAAGGUUUCCAUGCCAGAACUCUAAGACAUAUGCCACUACUGACCCAAAAGCAAAAUAAAAGUCAGCUCCAAUAUGCUCAAAAUCAUAUAAAUAAGCCAAAGAAGGUUUUGGAUUCUGUUCUGUGGAGCAAUGAAACAAAACUUUAACUUUUCCUCCAAAGGAAACGGACCUUCAGCGUCAGAUUUUCCCCAUAGGAAAGCAUUGAAUAAUAAUAAUGCUUUCCUAUGGGGAGGUGUAAUGCGCGCGCAGCCAUUGCCACUAGAAACCUGCAGUGUGUGGUAGGCAAGAUUAAUUAAUUGAAGUAUCAGGAAAUCGUAGGCGAAAACGUUGUGCCUUGUUGAAGUUGAAGCUUGGGCAUCAUUAGACCUUCCAACAAGACAAUGAUCCUAAGCAUACUUUAAAUUCCACCAAGGCUUGGUUGCAGAAGAAGCCCUGGAAAAUUCUACAGUGGCCAUUAUAGUCACUUGACUUGAACCCCGUAGAAAAUCUCAUGCUUGGUUUGAAAGGUGGCGGUUGCAGCAUGCAAACCCAAGAAUAUUAAUGAACUGGAGGUCCUUUCUCAUGAGCAAUUGGCUAAGAUUCCUCAGGAAUGUUGCCAGAAGCUUGUAUUUGGCUAUGCAUCUUGUUAGCAGCAGGUCAUAACUGCAAAAAGAUGCUCUACUAAGUACUAAAUAUGCUUUCCAUGAAUGGGUUGAAUAAUUUUGAAGCAUUUGUUAUGUUGAGCUAUUUCUAUUGCUUUUGUUUUGUGUUCAUUGCAAACAGCUGAAAGUCUGUAAAUUUUGACUAAAUCUGAUAAACCUGAUUUUCAAUAAUUUGUAUUACAACUGUGUAUAUAUAUUUUUCUUAAAUAACAAGGUAAGGAUGCUCAACAACAAGGUAAGGAUGCAGAAGAUGGUUUAAUGUCAAAAGCCAUACCCCAAGACGAGAUAUAUAUAUAUAUAUGUCAUGUCUUGGGGUAUGGCUUUUGACAUUAAACCAUCUUCUGCAUCCUUACCUUGUUGUUGAGCAUCCUUACCUUGUUAUUUAAGAAAAAUUUGAAAAUCAAUAUUGUUUUUUACCAAAACGUUUGCCAUUCAUUUUAGAGGCAGACAAAACAACACAAGAAUUUUAAUUCCACAACAUCUGAAAGACUGUCUGUUGGUUACAGUUAAUCCACAGAAAUCAAGUUUCUUAUUUUGCUUUCACACUUCAAACUAUUAGCUAACAGAGUAAAUUCAGUCCAUUUCCUUUCAAAAUUAUUUCACUGAUUCAAAAAGACAUUACAGUAAAUAAAAUUACGAUGUUGUGUGUAGUGUGUUGCAGCAGCACCACCUAGUGUGACUUUUAGAUAUAAAAAAGGUAACUAUGUAAAAUAGCAAGGUCCACACUGGAUAUUAAUUAUGCACUGCAUCAUGGUGAUUUUACUGUGCAAAUACAGUCUAUGAAAAUUAUUAUGUGCUUUAAUACUUUAAAAAAAAAUUUAAAAAAAAUUCCACAUAGUGUAACCUUCUAGGUCUUGUACAGGGAGUGCAGAAUUAUUAGGCAAGUUGUAUUUUUGAGGAUUAAUUUUAUUAUUGAACAACAACCAUGUUCUCAAUGAACUCAAAAAACUCAUUAAUAUCAAAGCUGAAUAUUUUUGGAAGUAGUUUUUAGUUUGUUUUUAGUUUUAGCUAUGUUAGGGGGAUAUCUGUGUGUGCAGGUGACUAUUACUGUGCAUAAUUAUUAGGCAACUUAACAAAAAACAAAUAUAUACCCAUUUCAAUUAUUUAUUAUUACCAGUGAAACCAAUAUAACAUCUCAACAUUCACAAAUAUACAUUUCUGACAUUCAAAAACAAAACAAAAACAAAUCAGUGACCAAUAUAGCCACCUUUCUUUGCAAGGACACUCAAAAGCCUGCCAUCCAUGGAUUCUGUCAGUGUUUUGAUCUGUUCACCAUCAACAUUGCGUGCAGCAGCAACCACAGCCUCCCAGACACUGUUCAGAGAGGUGUACUGUUUUCCCUCCUUGUAAAUCUCACAUUUGAUGAUGGACCACAGGUUCUCAAUGGGGUUCAGAUCAGGUGAACAAGGAGGCCAUGUCAUUAGAUUUUCUUCUUUUAUACCCUUUCUUGCCAGCCACGCUGUGGAGUACUUGGACGCGUGUGAUGGAGCAUUGUCCUGCAUGAAAAUCAUGUUUUUCUUGAAGGAUGCAGACUUCUUCCUGUACCACUGCUUGAAGAAGGUGUCUUCCAGGAACUGGCAGUAGGACUGGGAGUUGAGCUUGACUCCAUCCUCAACCCGAAAAGGCCCCACAAGCUCAUCUUUGAUGAUACCAGCCCAAACCAGUACUCCACCUCCACCUUGCUGGCGUCUGAGUCGGACUGGAGCUCUCUGCCCUUUACCAAUCCAGCCACGGGCCCAUCCAUCUGGCUCAUCAAGACUCACUCUCAUUUCAUCAGUCCAUAAAACCUUAGAAAAAUCAGUCUUGAGAUAUUUCUUGGCCCAGUCUUGACGUUUCAGCUUGUGUGUCUUGUUCAGUGGUGGUCGUCUUUCAGCCUUUCUUACCUUGGCCAUGUCUCUGAGUAUUGCACACCUUGUGCUUUUGGGCACUCCAGUGAUGUUGCAGCUCUGAAAUAUGGCCAAACUGGUGGCAAGUGGCAUCGUGGCAGCUGCACGCUUGACUUUUCUCAGUUCAUGGGCAGUUAUUUUGCACCUUGGUUUUUCCACACGCUUCUUGCGACCCUGUUGACUAUUUUGAAUGAAACGCUUGAUUGUUCGAUGAUCACGCUUCAGAAGCUUUGCAAUUUUAAGAGUGCUGCAUCCCUCUGCAAGAUAUCUCACUAUUUUUGACUUUUCUGAGCCUGUCAAGUCCUUCUUUUGACCCAUUUUGCCAAAGGAAAGGAAGUUGCCUAAUAAUUAUGCACACCUGAUAUAGGGUGUUGAUGUCAUUAGACCACACCCCUUCUCAUUACAGAGAUGCACAUCACCUAAUAUGCUUAAUUGGUAGUAGGCUUUCGAGCCUAUAGAGCUUGGAGUAAGACAACAUGCAUAAAGAGGAUGAUGUGGUCAAAAUACUCAUUUGCCUAAUAAUUCUGCACUCCCUGUAUGAUACAUACACAUUAUACAAGAUACAAUGGUAGUUCACAUAGUUUUGAUUGUCCUUGACAUAAAUGAUCCUACAGGUGUUUAUUAUAGCAUCAUUUUAAUCAUUUGGUCACCCUUACCAUAGAAACAUAGAAUGUGACGGCAGAUAAGAACCAUUCGGCCCAUCUAGUCUGCCCAAUUUUCUAAAUACUUUCAUUAGUCCCUGACCUUAUCUUAUAGUUAGGACAGCGUUAUGCAUAUCCCAUGCAUGCUUACCACAAUAUAAUCGUAUGUUUGACAGGGAUGCACAUUAUGCACAGUGUUAGCUUGAUGACCUAUUAAUUCAUUGUAAAAUUAAUUAAUUGAUCACCUAAUAAACAGUAGCAACAUAAAAUCUGCAAGUUCCCUUUAUUAGACUUAUCACAGUAUAACUGUGGUUACAAUAAACCAUUACUGUAUUCAUCUGAUGUUUGACAAAUGUCAUCUGCUUGUCCCAACCAAUGGGAACCCACAGCAGAUGGGCCAAAAAAAAUAUUCUAACCAAAAACUAACUAACCCAAAUUAAUAAGUAGUGCCUGGGAUCCAAAGUAUUUGAAUAAGCACUGUAACAUAUGCAUAUGUAAAUACUUAUCCACACUAUUUAUUUAAUAACAAUAAUAUAUAAAUACUCAUAUAAUACAAAAAUGACUUUAAUGCAUUACUUGUAUUAUAUGGAUUUUGAAAAGUCUUGCUUGGGUAUAAAAACUCAAAAAAUCAUGCUUCCACAAUAUCCCAGAAUUCCUAGUUUGACAUGCAAAUGAGCACAGACAGACUUCAUUUUUCAGCCAUCACUUCAUUUAUGUUAUUAUUAUUAAAGCUGAUUUCAAGUGCUUAGUGCAUACUUCGAAAUUAACCAAAUCAGAACCUGAUGAAAUUAUGCUAUCAUUACUCAUUUCACUGGUUCUCACAUUUUUUCCUAUUUUGAAAUGAGGAAUAUUUGUGUAUAGUCUUCUGGAAGUAGAACCUGUGACCUUGAGGUCUGAGCAUAUUUUACAGUUGAAUUAUUUGCUACAUUAAUACAUUAUUAACCCCUUCCCGACCGCGGAUGUAUCAGGGUACGUCCGACAAAAAACGGUCCUUAAGGACCGCGGACGUACCUGAUAAGUCUGCGGCUAAUUAGAGCGCUUGAAGCUUGCUUCCAGCCACUCUGAUGGUAUUGCAGCGAUGCCUCGUGCAAUACUCCUUACUGCUGGGCGCUGGAAGAUCGCUCCCCCUGGAGUGAUCACUUCCAGGUUGCUCCACGUGGUGCCCGGCAGUAAAGCAGAGCAUUGGAAGCCAUCGGUCAGGCUUCCGAUUCUCUGCCUGUGCGGAGUUCCUCGAAGGCAGUGCAUCAUGGAGCUUCUGGGGUGUCCCUAGCCUGUCUCAUCAUAGAGGCAGGCUAGGGACAUCCAAUCAGAGCUUGCCCCUAUAACAAUUUUAUUAUAACUAUGAUCCCCAUUUGUCUGAUCAGGUCAAUAUUAGUGAUCAGUGUGGAUCUCCCUCCCUCUCAUCAAUAGGCAUGCGCAGCCUAUUGCAUUAGGGUGUGCACCCUAAAGCACAAACACGCCGCAUGUAUAUAUGUAUAUAUAUACAUACACACAUACAUAUACUGCUGUUUGUGUGUGUGUGUGUGCUGUUAGUGAGCUGUGUGAGGGUGCUGUGUGUGUAAGGGUGCUGUGUGUGUGUGUGUGUGUGUGAGGGUGCUGUUAGUGUGAUGUGUGUGUGAGGGUGUUGGUAGUGUGCUAUGUGGGUGAUGGUGCUGGUAGUGUGCUGUGUGUGAGGGUGCGGUUUGUGUGUGAGGGUGCUGGUAGUGUGCUGUGUGUGAGGGUGUUUGUGUAUGUGUGUUAGGGUCCUGUUAGUGUGAUGUGUGUGUGAGGGUGCUGUUUGUGUGAUAUGUGUGUGUGAGGGUGCUGUUUGUGUCGUUUAUUUGUGAGGGUGCUGUUAGUGUGCUGUGUGUGUGUGCUGUUUGUGUGAGGGUGCUAUGUGUUUGUGUGAGGGUGCUGUUAGUGUGCUGUGUGUGUGUGAGGAUGCUCUGUGUGUGAGGUUGCUGUAUGUGUGCUAUGUGUGUGGGUGAUGUAUGUGUGUGGGUUCUGUUUGUGUGAGGGUGCUGUUUGUGUGCUGUGUAUGUGAGGGUGCUGUGUGUGCGCGCUGUUUGUGUUAGGGUGCUGUAUGUGUGUAGGUGCUGUAUGUGUGGAGGGAUUGUGAAGGUGGGGGCAGAUUAGAAAAUAACCCCCCUCCCUUCUUACCUUAUGGGGGGAUCCUUGCUGUCCAAGGGAGAGUGAACUCUAGCCGCGGCAAUGCUCAGAUCUCGCGAGAAGAACCUGGCAGAGCUUCUGUCUAGAGCUCCCCAGGUCCUCUGCUGCCUCCCUCCAUGCUGCUGUGGGCUGGUGAGGUAGAUCUUUGAUCUCCCUGCCGGCCCAUGGAGGCUUAGAGCAGAGCCGGCACUCAGAUAGCGCCAGCUCUGCAUGAUCCGACAGGUGAGAUCUGGAGAUCCCCACCCCCAAAUUCCCACCCCCCAAAAAAAAUAAUAUACACUUGUGUGUGUAUAUAUAUAUAUAUAUAUAUAUAUAUAUAUAUAUAUAUAUAUACGUACACACACACAUACUCAGACACACACUCACAGACACAUAUAUUCACAGACACACAUACACACUUACAGACACAUACACUCGCAGACACACACACAUACAUUCACAGAUACAUAUACACACACACACAGACACACACACUUACAGGCACACACACAUACAUUCACAGACACACUUACAGACACAUACACUCACAGACACACACAUACAUUCACAGACACACACAUACACACACUUACAGGCAUACACACAUACAUUCACAGACACACACACAUACACACACACACAGCGCGGGCUGUCUGCUGUAGCUAGGAGCCGGAAUAUGAUAUUAUAUUCCAGCUCCCGCCAUCAGCAACCGGCGCGCGGCGAGAGGGAGCAGAGAGCACACAGCUCCCUCGCCGCUUAUUGUAUGGAGAUAGGUGCCCGACCGGAGAGGGGAGGGGGGUGUCCAUCACCUCUUGCUUCCCCUGUCAUGACAGGGAGAACACGGGGGGGAGGAGGAGGGCAUUUGGGGGAGGCAGAGUGCCUGCAGGAACAGCGGGAACGGUGUUCCCACCCGUUCCUGCAGGACUCACAGGCGUGCCGCAGGGAUUAGGGUGUGCCCAGGCACACCCGGCACACCCUGUGCGCACGCCUAUGCUCUCAUCACUUGUGUUUUAGUGAGAGAGGGAGAGAGAUCUGUGUUUUGGGUAGAGAUUUAGGUAGGUUUAGGUAGGGAUUUGUAAAAUUGUGAGACCCAAAGGUUCUGUUCAGAGCCAUUAACCCCUAUCUUGCCAGUGAUCACUAUAACCACUGGCUCUUGCACAGCAGUACUUUUUUGCUGUCUGUGCAUUUUUUUGGGGGUAAAUUUUUUUUUAGUGGUUUAUUUUUUGGUGACAGAUCACUAAAUAAAGUGAUUGUGAUCAUGUCACAGAGAUUGUAUAGCGCUAAGGAGGCAAAUGCCAUCCUUGCGUUAGAGUCUGACUCGUCUACUUCUGACUCCGACCCUGAUUUUGACCUUUCCAGGUGCUCAGAUACAUCACUAAAUACAGUGUCUGCUGCUAGUGAUGUAUCUAGUUAUGAUGUAUCUGUGGCUGCUAGUCUCCCAGCCCGAAGGAGACGUACUGCUGAGGAGUGAGUAGUGCCUCAUCGCCAGAGGCCAGAUAUCUCACCCUUCACUGCAAAUCCUGGCAUCAAUGUGGAUGUCGCAGGAUUUAGCCCUCAGCAGUUUAUGGAGGUGUUUCUUGGCGAUGAUGUAUUGAGGAACAUUGUCGCCCAAACUAAUUUAUAUGCCCAUCAGUUCCGUGCUUCUAAGACUGAGUCUUUUUUGGCAAAGCAGCAAUGGGCCCCCAUCAAUGUGCCAGAAUUUAAAAAAAAAAAUGUGGGCAUUGACUAUGCUGAUGGGCAUCAUAAAGAAGCCCUCCAUCUGCUCCUACUGGAGUAUUAGCCCCAUCUGCUCUAGCCCCCAUUUGCUCCCAAUGUAUGUCGAGGAAGAGGGAUGAAAUGAUUCUACAGUUCAUGCACUUCAGCGACAACAGCCUGUGCCCCCCUAAGACGCAUCCCCAGUUUGACUGUCUGUAUAAAAUCCGCCCCCUGAGAGGCUUAAACACCUGAAAGGAAUAUAUGUGUGGAUGAAUCCCUGAUAAAGUAUAAGAGAAGACUGGGAUUUAAGCAGUAUAUUCCUUCCAAGCGCUCCAGGUAUGGUGUAAAGGUGUAUAAGCUCUUUGAAAGCGAGACUGGGUAUACUCCGGCCUUCCGGGUAUAGGAGGGAAAGGAUACCCACCUUGACCCUCCAGGUUGCCCAGAACAUAUGGGAACCAGUGGCAAAAUUGUCUGGGACCUGAUAUUCCCCCUGAUGAACAAAGGGUACUAAUUUUUAUACAAGUGUCCGUUUGAUCAAGCUACUGUAUUGUUUUGAUACAGUAGCUUGAGGUACAAUAAAAAAGAACCGCGCAAGUUUCCCAGGACAACAACUUGUACGUACCCAGCUACGAAGGGGGAAGACCUCAGCUCUGCGCCAAGAGGAGCUGCUGGCAGUUAAGUACAGAGACAAGAAGGAUGAGUACCUUCUUACCACCAUCGACACUGAGAGGACUGUGGAGGUCUCUGUACUUUGCAGAGCUGAGAGCACAAGGAAGCCAGUGUGCAUCAAGGCCUAUAACCGGCAUAUGAGGAGGGUUGAUCUGGUAGAUCAGCUACUGCAGGCCUACCUAAAUAUACGGAAGACAAGGGCUUGGUACAAAAAGGUUCCAAUCUUCUUAAUGUAGAUUGCAACCCACAACGCUUUUUUGUUGUGCAAAAAAGCAAACCCCGGAAUGCAACUGAAUUUUUUACAGUUUCAGCUCCAGAUCAUUUCAUGGAUUUUGUACCGUGAUGCACCUGCUUCCCGGGCGGUGAUGGGAGAGAGCAGAGUUGAGGCUACACAUUUUAUUUUUAAAAUCCCCACACUGCUGCAAAGCAGAAUCCACAAAAAAGAUGUAGAGUCUGUUUUAAGAGGGAGACGAGAAAAGAUACCAUAUAUUACUGUCCUGAUUGCCCUGGACUGCCUGGACUGCCUGGACUCUGCUUCAAACUAUACCACACACUGGUCCAUUUCUAAUUUUCUUUUAACAUUUGCCGUUCAGUUUUUUUUUUUUUGGUUACGUUUAUCCUAUGUAUGGGGGGGCAUAGGUGUACUCAGGAGGCCUUGCAGAAAACAAACUGGAGUGUUUUCUUGCAAUAACCAACAACAGGCUCUUCUAAAUCACAGUCAAAUAACAAUGUGGGUAAAAAUUUUAACUGAAAAGUUACCACCACACACUUUCUCCAAUUUUGUAGGCUAAAACGGUUGCAUCAAAGGCAUCAAUGCACUCCAUAUAUAAUACCAUGGGGUGUCUACAUUUCAAAUAUAUACACUUUUAUGGCAAUAAAUAAAACUGGGGUACGUGAUAUGCCCCAAACUAAAGAUAGGCCUAUCAGAAGAAAUACUCUCAAUUUAAUUACAAGUCAUACAAUUUUAACUGAACCUUCCCAAAACCCUGGCAAACCUACGCAUGGGUGGCAUGGUUGUAUUCAGGAGGCCUUGCAGAAAACAACCUGAAGUGUUUUCUUGCAAUAACCAACAACAGCCUCUCCUAAAUCACACACAAAUGUGUGUGUAAAGAUGAAAAUUAAAAAAUUACCACCGCACAUUUUCUCCAAUUUUUUGACUAAAACGAUUGCAUCAAAGGCAUCAAAACACUCCAUAUACAAUGCCAUGGGGUGUCAACUUUACAAAUAUAUCCACGUUUAUGGAAAGAAAAUAAAUUGGGAUAUCUACAAAGGUCCCCAAAAAGAAGAUAGGCAAAGAAGGUAUUUGAAAAACACGUCAGAAGUUUGGCAUUGCACCCCCUAAACAACCCAACAAACCUAGGGUGUCUACCUCUCAAAAAUAUAUGGUUUGAUGGGAGUAAUUUACAUUGGCCGGCUUAAAAAAUGUCCCAAAUAGGACAUGGGUGCAUGAUGACCAGCUGUGAAAAUUCCAAGUUGAAAAACUGGAAUUUGUACCCUCCAAAUAAGAUCUUUUAGCCCCCAACACACCUGUACAUGAGUGGUAUCACUGUACUCGGGAGAUGGUGCUGAACACAUAUUGGGGUGUUCUUUGGAUGUAACCCUUAAAGUUCUCAGUACAUGUAUUCUUAAAUUGCUGUGUGUGUCAACAAAAUCACCAAUUAUUAUUUUUUCAUUUUUUUUGGCAUAGAUUGGUGCUAAAAUGGUUGCAUGAAAAGAGUCAAAAUACUGCACGUUUAAUACCUUAGGUUGUCUUCUUUUAAAAAAUAUAUACAUGUGAAGGGUUAUUCAGGGAUUCCUGACAGAUAUCAGCGUUAAUUUAAAAAAAAAAAGUUUGGAAAUAGCAAAGUGCUACUUGUACUUAUAGCCCUAUAACUUGCAAAAAGAACAUGUUAACAUUGGGCAUUUCUAAACCCAGGACAACAUUUAGAAACUAUUUAGCACGGGUGUUUUUUUGGCGGUUGUUAAUGCAUAACAGAUUUUGGGGGUCAUAGUUAGAAAAAGUGUGUUUUUCAAAAAUAAUUCAUCAUAUUUUAUAGUAAAUUAUAUGAUUUGAUGAAAAUAAUGGUAUCUUUAGAAAGACCAUUUAAUGGCGAGAAAAACGGUAUAUAAUAUGUAUGGGUACAAUAAAUGAGUAAGAGGAAAAUUACAGCUAAACACAAACACUGCAGAUAUGUAUAAACAGCCCUGGUCCCAAACAGUAAGAAAAUUGAAAAAUGGUCUGGUCACUAAGGGGUUAAACAGCUACACUGACUCCUUAUACAGACAGACAGACACACAUGUGCGCACUCACUUCAAACAUAUAUACCUCUCAAAGGCAUUCACAUAUAAACAUAGCUAAAUAGUCACACCCACAUACAUGCAUAUCUAAUUAGCCAAACACACACACAUAUACAUAUAUAUAUAUAUAUAUAUAUAUAUAUAUAUAUAAUGUAAAUGGUUUAAUUAGCUCGAAAUAUAUAUAUUUGGUCAUGCAGUGUUGUAUGACUUUUUGACAUUAAACUUAUUCUAGCAUUCUGAUUACAGUUUGCCUGUGCCUUACCCAAUCUUAUUCUUCUUACACAGCUGUUUCACUUAAUAGUCGUGCUGUGUAUAUAUUAUGUUAAUGGUCAUUAGAACCUAUCUGGUAUAAUAGCUUGAUCAAACACCUGAUUACAUUCUUACAAAAUCACUGACUUUGUGCAGGUAUACCUAGAAGAUUUCAUGCUGUUUUGAAGGCAAAGGUAGUCAGAUCAAAUAGUGAUUUUCUUUAGAUUUUUUUUUUUUUUUAUUCACUUUGCAUUUUGUUAAAUGAUAAAUAUAAACUAUUAAGAUGUCAAUUUUUGAUAGCAUUUUAACUUUACAGGAUUUAUCACACCUGUCUAAAACUUUCAUAGAUGUGUAUAUCUAAUUAGCCACAUACUUAACUAUACCUGAUUCCUCAUAUACAACCUUAUAUAUAUUGCACAUAGCUAACUAGCCAUACAAUAAUACAGAUCUGAUUAGUUCUUUUACCUGACCACCCAUCUCUGUUGCAUGGGAGAAUGGAUUUUGGGAGAAGAGGUCCAGGGUAUGCAUGGAAUAGACUGAAUUACUAGUCAAAGUAACCAAUGGACAGAACUGCCAGCACUCAACUUGUCCUGAUAAAUUACACUACACUGGCAGUAGUUUCACAAAGAGCCGUUUGGUGGCUCUGGUGCUCGAGGUGUUGAAAAGGGACCUCCUGAACACGAUAAAUCCUAACCUGAUAAUUAAUAACUAGGAACACACGAGUACUGAUCUAUUUCUACAUUUAUUGAUAUUUUGAGAGCUAAGUUAUUACUGAUCCCCUAUUAUGUGCUGUAUUUCAGUAUCAAGUAGAGAUUUUUCAUAUUAAUUAAGCAGCGGACAUGUUAUUGUUUAUUUACAUUUACUAUAAAGUAUAGAAAUAAUAUUGUUAAAAAUUGUGUGUUUUUAUAAUUCUGUUAUGCAUGAUUUGAUUGAGAACAUCAUGCAUUAUAAUUCAUGUUGCUUUAUUCCUAAGAAAAUGAUUACGAUAUAUUAUAUCUUCUUUUCUCUUAUGUAGCCUGAGCUUUAUUUUAUAUCUCAGCAAAAUAAAUAUCAAAAGUUUAAACAUAUUGCUAAAUUCUGUUUUCAACGAUUUGCAAUGUAAAUGGUUUAAUUAGCUCCAACUGUGCUGCCUUCUGCUCCGAACUCAGAGGACAUCAGUAAUUGGACCCAAGUUCAUUUUCAUUUUGGAGAAACAGCUCUGUGGCAAUAACCAGAAAGUGGAGCUCUGUGUUCAAUAUGAACGCGAGUGAGUGUGCUAGGAAGCUAUAUUCUUUACAGUGACCAUAAAGCCUGAUCAUAAAUGUAAUUUUUAAAAGCUAGAUUUACUACUUCCACACUUGCUAAACCACAGGUUAUAAAGCUAGGGUAUCUAUCACAGGGCUAUUUUCUAACAUUGAAUUUUAGCACUGAACUGGAAUCAGUGAGAAAAAUGACUGGCUACAUAUUUUCACCAUGCAUCUUUCAUACAUUAUGUUCCCCCUAUGUAUGGUGUUCUGCUAUGUAUUAUGUUUGACUAUGUAUUAUAUUCCAUUAUCCAUGAAGGUCCGCUAUGAUUUUACAUUAUGUUGUGACGCUUAUUACUCUACCUGAGAUUAGGUGGAUGCUCUAUUGAGAGUAACGGUAUGUAAAAAGAGCUUUAUAGGGGAAGUUCUAAAAGUGGAGCAUUUAGUAGGAAUGUUGAUUUCCAUAUAAAUGUAUCCAUGUUUAAAUAGGGUCUCAGAAUUAUUCUUUACAGUACUUGCCUCUUGUAGCUGUUGGGAUUAAGAUGGUUGAAUAGCAGGUUAAAGCACACCAGAGGUUCAUUUUCAACGUUCCUGUAUUGUGGGUAGUGUUAGCUAUAUGUUGAUUCUAUGAUAUUUUUAUGUUCUUACAGGGCGAGUCCUGCACUUUUUGCGAGCCAUCCUUGGCUUCCAUUAGAAAGAUUCCAGGCGUACUGAAAGGAGAACCCGGUGAACCUGGAGUUGGACAGCCUGGACCUCAGGUUACUGACAUUUUCAUUUCUGUCCCCUACGUGAAAAGUUUCAUUUUUAUAACACGGCUGUAAAGAAUGAAAACCCUUUCUAAGGGUUUCCAUGCCUAUUAUUAUUCUUCAGUAAACAAAUUAUGUCCUAACCAAACAAUACUUAGCGGUAUUAUUCUAUGCUAGUGAUUUUUUUUUGCGAGUUAAACAGCAAUACUAUUUGUUGUGUAAAGUUGCUGGAUGAUGUCUAUAGCUACUGGAUUCCAAUGCUUUCCUGAAAGCAUUGUGAUUGGCUUACAACACCACUUCUGAUGAUGUCGGCCAAGCAGGCAGAUCAAGGACACAGCCAGCAGCAGACUGGAAUAGAAGUAAGAUUUUAGUAUAUUUAGGGGAGGAAGAGAGGCCAGGGGGGCUAGAUGUUGGUUUUAACAUUAUAGGGUCAGGAAUACAUGUUUGUGUUACUGACCCUAUAGUGUACGUUUUAUGAGUGGGCCAUCUUUGUGGGCAUGCUCACCUUCUGAAGGGUUGUCAGUCUUAUCUCAAACUCACUAUGAUGACAUACAGCCUCCCAGCUGACCCCCACAAUCCAGGAUUAUGCAGGGAUCGUUACUGAAGCUUUCUCUGCAUGUUCCUAGUGCCCGCUGCACAGACAAAUACAUCUAAUGAUGCGCAUGUGCUACCUGGAGACAGUUUCCUGGUGUCCCUGGAUGUGGGACACCAGAGCAUUAAAUUGGGAUGGUGGGACACAACUGCCAAAUUAGGACUGUCCUACUAAAUGCGGGCAGUAGGGAGCCCUGCAUCUAGAGUCAAUGAAUUAUGCCUACAUCGACCCUGUGGGUUAUUUGCAAGAUCAUGAUUCACCGGAAUCCCAUUAAGAAAGCAUUGACUAAUGCUUUGCUAUGGGGAAAUCCUAAUCCGAGCACGGCCAUUGCCACGCAUGCGCAUUAGGUCUCCCCCGCCAGCUGACGUCGCAAGGGAGGAGCGUGGGCAGAGCUUGACCCAGCGCCAAGGGACAACGGCGCUUGAUUCAGGUAAGUGACUGAAGAGGUUUUAACGACUUCAGCACCGCGGGGAGGGAGGCACUGUAGGAACCUAUAGUGUCAGGAAAACGACUUUGUUUUCCUGGCACUAUAGAAUCCCUUUAACACUUCAUUUGCUGAUUUUAAUCAAGGGACCUACAGAGGCUAAUACUAAACUGAAAGAAAAAAAAAGAAUUUUCAAAGGUUUGCAGUAACACUUUAAGGUUCUAAGACAAUACAUUUAUAGUGGAUCAACUGUAAAACAAUUGCUCUUACGUUUACAAUGCCCGAAUGGGCUUUAUUAGGAAGGUCCCCACUGCUCUUUUAAUCCAGCAAAUAAACCAGAAAUUUACAUGUAAUCCAGCACUGGACAAAGCUCUCUGACCUAGUUUCCAUGUCCAUGUCGAUAUUAUUGCUGCCUGCAUGUGAUUCAAUCAAAUGCUUGUCCUAGAGUGCUCUAAGCCUGGAGAGAAGAGGUUGUUCAGGGGAAGGAAGGAGGGAAAUAAAAAUAAAUAAAAACUUUGAACAGGAGAAGUUAUAUGCACUGAUGGGAAGGAUGGAAGAUCACCACUUCCACUUGCAGGUAAUGCCAGAAGGUAGAAGCUCAGUACGUCUAUUGCCAGCUAACUGCAGAUUAUUCUGUAGAAACGGUGAACGCACAGACUCCUACCACCAUGACCACUACUAAAAGCAGAAGUUAAUUGGUGUAACCAUUUAAAGAUACUGCACAAUUUUAAACUCUGCCAGUGCCAAUGAUUACUUCAGUUUAUCAAUUAAAAUCAGCAAAAUAACUAAAUAAAUAACUGUGCAUUGAAAUUUGCAGAAACAGCUAACUUUGUGUCAGGAGUACCCAAACUAUAUAGUUCCACUAUUGUGUCUCACAAACUUGUUUUCCUGGCACUAUAGCUUCCCCCUCCCUUGCGGACCCCAAGAAGGGGUUAAAAAACCUGCAGUCCCUUACCUCAGUCCAGCACCUAGGUCCCACGGCACUGGCUCAGAUCCCUUCUCUCCUCCACCUCCAACCGCAGCUGGUGGGGGAGACCUAAUGUGCAUACACAGCAAUGACUGCGCUCGCAUUAGGAUUUCCCUAUAGGAAAGCCUUAUUGAACACUUUCAUAUGAGGAUUCUGUUGAUGCUGGAUGUCCUCAUGCAUAGCAUGAGGAUGUCCAGCGUCAGUUAGGCGGCCAAAAGUCCUUCUAGUGGCUUUCUGGUAGACAGCCACUGGAGGUGAAGUUAACCCUAGCAGGUAAUUAUUUCUUAAAAACUGCAAUAAUUACCUGCUAUUGGUUAACGGACCUGGGACAGUGCACCAGUGGUGUAUUUUGGAUUUGUGCUUCCCUAGGCACGACUAAAUUCGUGCACCCCCAAAAUCUAAAUUUGCCCCCCCAAUUCGUGUCAAGGCCACUUUUUUGACUGACAGACACAUGCCCUCAUUGAUACAUGCACUGAUAUACACUCACUGAUAGAUACACAGUCAUUGGCACACACAUUCAGUCAUAAGCACACACUGUUUAACCCUUCCCCUCCCCCCCCAACUCCCUCCUGGAAAGUGCCGCCCUAGGCAAAUGCCUUGUUUGCCUUGUGGUAAAUACAUCCCUGCAGUGCACCCAGACCAUUUAAUGAGCUGAAUAUGUCUAGGAGCCUAUAUUGUCCCUUUAACCUAUACAGAUAGAUAGAUAAAUUGCCAGUAUAUGCAUAAAUUGUUUUUAUUAUACUGGGCUUAACAUUUCAACAUUUGGCAAGUCCUAUGCUACUUAUCAGGCCUAAAGCUUACUCGUCAUGGUUGAUCUACCCCUGCAGUAAGAGCAAAUCUUGUGUUUAAACUUCAGAGUGCUUCAGAGUGAGUUAUGCAUUUGGGAAGUAAUCAAACAAAUUUUCCAACCAACCAUUGUAACAGUGAAAACCUGGCAGGUGGAAGAAGAGUAAGAGGAUAAUGUGGUUCAUAUUUACCUAUUAUAAAAGCAUGCAACUGUCCAAUCCCCGGUUUUAGACCCACCCCAGACCACUGCAGUUAUUGGCUGUGCUGCUUCUGGUACAAUAUGCUGCUUUCAAACAGAAGAGAGGAUCCUCAUUCUCUCCAGGGCUGAAUUCCCACUCAUCAAUGAUUAUAAUAUAAUAUAGCCCUGAUUAUAUUUAUGUUGUUACUCGGAAGGUUAUUCCACCUUCUACUGCUUUGUAUGGGAGUGGAUGGGAGUUUUGUUUUGGAUUUUGGCAAGUUGCAUUGUAUUACAAUCAGUUUGCAGAACAAACCUGCAUAAUGAGUUUAUUGUGAUUAUUGUGAUACAUAUUAUGCUCAUAGUCAAUGGUUGGCAAUAGAAUCUGUUGCACAAUACAGUGUCAAUUCUUUUUUUCUAGUAUGUGUUUUUAGGAUAAUUAUUGGGGCAUAUUGAUCAAUAUUAUUCUUAAAAGUGACCCAGAAACAUUAAAUUUCCCCGUAAGGUAUCAGAUUCAGUGCAGAGUGGUAGAAAUGUGUGUAAUGAUCUUUAUCAGGUUAUUAUUUCAUAAAUGUGUUAAAGCAUACCUAACAUGAUAAAAACAACUUAAUUUCUGAAUCAAAUUUAUUUUACACAUUGUGCUAACAGAAUUACUAGCAAAUGUAUAGCUCUCUCUAAAAUCAGAAAACAAAAUGAAAAUUACCCCCUCAUAUCAAUUACUAAUGUGUCGGCAGUAUUGAGGUAAAUAGUCUGUGUCCCUUUAAUGUACUGGGCUAGAAGUAAAACAGCAUUGUGGCUGGCGUCCCCAUUCUCAAUAGAACAUCGUUGAGGGUAUAUGGGAGUACCAGAUGUUCUGCAGUGAGCAGUCAGGAAUCUGUUUAAAGCAGUACAUAUCGCUGUCCUUUACUCUUUCUUAAUGAUAAACUGUAUAACAGACCUGAAGUUUAUGAAAAGAGACUGCAGUCCUAUAGCUUCCUGCAGAUCACAUAUAAACAUGGGCUCACAAUUAAGUUGAAGAACAUCUGAGCUCCCAUGGUCUGUACCUGUCACUCAGGACUAUGGUUAAUAGAGUUAACAGCUACCAUAAUAAGAAUUUGUUUUACUAAGUUAUAAUAAUGUGUUCCAUCUGCUUUCACACAGGGAAUGCCAGGGGUGCCUGGAUUAUCCGGAGUAAGAGGAGAUAAGGUAAUAAUGUAAUAUUGUUUUAUUUAGAAUUCCACAGCACUGAAUAAUGUUCAACACUAUGCGCAUUAUGCAACAUUAUCUUUAAAUAUUGAUACAUAUUUAUGUAUUUUUAUUAUGGUAAUCUGUACUUUAUUCAGCUUUUUGUGGUUGAAAUAUACUUUAUUUUGAUUGACUAACGUUCAAUAAAAAUUAUACACAAAAAAAAUAAUUCCACAGCACUGAUCAAUAUGAAUCUUUACCUAUGGGAAUUUUUGUCUCCCUGUUAUUGAGCAGUUGUACUGUAAACUUCCUGUUUUUGUCUCCCAGUUAUUGAGCAGUUGCACUGUAAACCCCUUCAAGAAAAUUCACUCAGUCUAUCUAUAUCUCACAGUACCUUAAAACAUGUCUGGGUCUCACACAGUACAUGUAGAUAGCUAUGUAUCCCAUAUGUCAUAUACAUAGAUAGCGAUUAAUGCUCUAAUGCUCUACAGAAGCAUAGAUAUGUCUCCAACUAUACAUAUAUUUCAUGACUGUGACUGUCCUCAGGUCUCUAUUAAUAAUCAUGUUGUGCUCUCUGUCAGUCUAAAUAAACAGCUCUCUUUCAUAGUGAAGCUGCACAGACAUAUCUUAUUUGUUCUUCUAUUUCAUUUCUUCAGGGGGAUCGUGGAAUCGAAGGACCAGCUGGGACACCGGUACGUAUGAUGUUGCAUUACUUUUUGUCCUUUUAUCUGCAUUAUCGACUCUUUUAAAAGGUCUGAUAUAUUACAUAAGCUUUCUCUCUGUCCUGCAGGGCGUACCAGGAGAUCUAGGGAAACCAGGUCCUUCUGGAAUCAAAGGAGAGAAGGUUGAGUGAAAUAACCUGUUUAUUUUAUGUUUGUCUGUGUUAAACGUAUCUUUUGUGUGUUUUGGCACGGUCAAGCAUGGUCUCUCAGUUUGUGUCCUUCUGUGUUUUAGGGGGAGCCCUGCACCUUGUGUCCAAGUCUUCCAGCUGAAGUAACAAAGCCUGAUACACUUAUUGCUGUGCCAGGGCCCCCAGGAGCAAAGGGGGAGCCAGGGGAACCAGGACUUGGAAUUCCAGGAAAAAAUGCAAGUAUAAAGUGUUAUAGAAUAUACAUAUAUAGGACAGAGAGCAGAAUAACAUAUAUAUAUAUAUAUAUAUAUAUAUACUAAUAGUCAAUUAGUCGUUUACUGAAAAAGAGAGUUUUGCAAUGAAUUUUAGGUCCACUAUUAAACAGACACUCUAAGAACCAUACAACUUUAUCUUAAAGAUUUAUGUAUAAAUCAUGCCUUGUAGCAUCACUGCUCAAUUAUCUGCAGUUGAGGAGUUAAGUUCUUUGUUUAUGCACCUCUAGCCACAUAUCUUACAAUUUUUUAUUUUUUAUUUUUUUUUACAGGCAGUGUAUUUACUUUAGAAGUUUUUAUCUUAUGCUCUAUUAACCCCUUCACAACAUUAGGACAUUCUAUGCAGUCUUCAUCCAACUGGAAGACCGUUAGGAUGGCAUCAAACUUCUUGCACUUUUGAUGUCUGUAGUAUUAAACCCCUGCUCACACUGGGGAUACCAAGGUAUCAACAGAUACAUGGAGCUCCUUUUUGUCAAUUGGUUGUCAUAUUUAGAGGCCCCAAGCUGACUGAAGAGCUGUAUGCAGCAUUCAAAGUGAGUGCUGCAUAAAGCCCUCUAAAUAUAUAUAUAUAUAUAUAUAUAUAUAUAUUGUGGUUUUAUUUUUUGAAAUGCAGAAUGAAUGUGAAAAGUCAUCAAUCAUAUAUGAGACUCGCAGGUCUCAAAAAUCUUUUCGUAGUGUGGUUCAGGUCUUAAGAGUUUGCGUUAUAGGGGAGUCAUCACCUAGAUUAGUUGUAGCUUCUUACUCUCUAUGACACAUUAGUGUGUGGAGGUGGUUACCUGCGGUGUCUCUGCUUAGUGUUACCCAUCGUUUCUGGGUUGAGGCUGUAUGUAGUUCCCGGAGUCUCUGUAGUACUGUUGCUUGGUAGUACUUGCGGAUAUCAGGUAGGGCGAGUCCACCCCAAUCCCUUGGAAGACAGAGUUUUGCGUGGCAUAUCCUCACGUCCCCCUUCCACACAUAUUGGAGGAUCACUGUUCUUAGCGUUGCGAAGAAGGUUUGUGGUACCAUCCAGGGUAUAGUGUGGAACAAGUAUAAGAUCCUUGGUAGGGCAUUCAUCUUCACCACCGCUAUGCGCCCCUGCCAGGAGACGUGGUUGUAGUUCCAUUUCCUAAGAUCAUCUAGAAUGUUGUUUAGCAGAGACACGUAGUUGUGAUCGUAUAUGUCCUUCUCUGUGUGUCUAAUCCACAGUCCUAGGUAUCUCAUGUGUUCUGUGCACCAGUGAAAUGGGAAUCACUGUUGCAGUUGAACACAUUCCUCCACCAGAACCGUGACGUUUAGUAUAUCACAUUUGACGAGGUUUAAUUUGAGUCCGGAUAGGCGUCCAUAUUGUUGGAAUUCGUCCAUUAGUGGUGUUAUGGAUUCGAGUGGGUUGUUGAUGAAGAACAACAUGCCGUCCACAUAGGCGGCUACUUUGUGUUCUUGUGCUUUGUGCCAAAAUCCGGAUAUUGCUGGUGUUUCCUGAUCAGAUCGAGGAAUGGCUCUAAGGCGAGUGCAAAGAGCAGUGGCGAAAGUGGGCAUCCUUGCCUGGUGCCAUCUCGUAUGGUGAAGCUGUCAGUGAGUGCUCCAUUGACCCGGGCCCUAGCGUUUGGAUGUUGAUAAAGUGCAUUUAUCCAGGUGAGCAUCCUUUUGCCGAAUUCGGCUCUCUAAAUGCUUUUAAAUCACUAUGGUUCAGUGGUUCGCCACUUCGCCACUGUGAUUCUCUGCCUGCAUGUCCCACUGUCAAUAGUGAUUGGUGCUGGGAUUUGCCAGCUGGACAGUAUGACAGAGCUGCAACAUGAGCUGGAGAUCUUAUUCAUGCUGAAUUCCCAUAGUAGAGGGCACUCAUAGAGCAAUCUAAUAAGAAAUUCUAAAUUAAAUACCGUGUGAAAUAAGUUAAAAUGGGAGCUCUUUUUCAGGAAAGUGGGUAGGAGAAUGACAUGAUCUAUUCACCAAAGCCACUAUUAAAACUAAAGUUCAUUGCAGCUUAGAGUGUCCCUGUAAUGGUAAAUAUUUUCACUGAUGGUGGCUCUGGGUUUUUAACAGAGUAUUUGUUUUAGAAACUGUUGAUAUUUAAAUGUUCUACAUAUAGAGUACAAUGCAAUUGUAAUCUAAAUUAACAUUACAACAUAGAUCUAAUUUACUCAGAGAUUGAACGUAUCGCCUUGUCACGGGUGGCGGUAUGGAAACCGGGACCCCGGAGUGCCUGAUGAGAAGUUGGGAGUAUUCAGCAUUGAAGUGGAUUAUCAGGGACUGGUGCAGGGUAACCACACGCCCUCUGGUGUUGAGCACCAGCAUUUGUGCUGCCACAUACCAGGGCCCUGAUGCAGCUACUGCGGAUCCCAAGAGCUAGGAGCUUGAUAUGCAGAGCUCCCAGGAACUGGAUAGGGAGGUACUGCAGCAAGCAUGUAUCCAGUACAGAAACAAGGCAAGACUAGAGAUAGUCACAAAACUAGUAGAACCCAGAACCAGAGAAGGAUAGGAAGCUAAACCCAGUACAUGUGCACAAUACAUAAGGGAAACAUUGACAUAACAUGGGCAAGACAAGACAGGACUGUACAUGGACUGGGAAUACAAACUAAAACAAGACAAGAUAUGAAUGGCAAAACAAGAGGAGAAAUAACUAAGUACUAUAUAUGAUUUAGUUACAUUAUAUGAUCAUACAUUGCAUAAGCCUGCCACAACGCCAAUGUACCCCAUAUUCUGCCUAAUGUUAGCUAAACCAACCAAAGAAGACAUAUAUAGCACUUACCUGCAAGAAAGGGCAGAAGCCUUGAGCAGCUGCCUGCAGGAACACUGAAACAAAAGGAAUGAUGGAAAACAAACGAGUGUGGCAACAUAAAACAACCAUUUAAAUGAAUCCAAGAGACUGGGAAAUCCAGGGACGGAAUAUAAGAAUGAACCCAGAAACCCAGCAUAAAGAAAACCAGACAUAGAAUAGAAAACCAGAAAACCAAGAAAAACUAAACAAGAAUUGUAAAAAGAGUACUGGAUACCAGAAGCCAUUGCCAGACAUCUCCACAGAACAUGGCAUGAUGUGACACGCCUAAGCUGAAGAAUGCUUUAUUUUGGGGCCUUUAUUGAUCAAUCACAAUUUAAUAUACUCUAAAGCAGGGAUGUCCAACAUGUAGAUCUCCAGAUGUUUUAAAACUGCAAAUUCCAUGAUGCUUUAUCAUUCUAAAGACAUUCUAAAGGCAUGCAAAGCAUCAUGGGAGUUGUGGUUCUACAACAUCUGGGGAUCUACCUUUGGGCACCCCUGCUCUAAAGCAAUUAAUGACCAUAACAUAAAACAAGAGAAUUCAGGAAAAGGAAAGUGAAACCCUGCUGCAUUCUCUAUCCAAUCAAUUUUUAUCUUAUAAUAAUUCGUCUGGUCUUUUACAGGGCAAACAAGGGGAUCCUGGGAUGACAGGACAGAAGGUAAGUUAAAAGAAAAGAGAUUACUACUGAUGAGAUAGAACUGAUAUUUUGCUUGGAAUCAAAAUUGAGAUUCUGAGCUGUUGUUAGCUUCCUUUCCUGUCAAUUUUUGUUUCAGGGUGAUCCUGGCAAUGAUGGUAAUCCUGGCAUCCCUGGAACAGCUGGUCAGCCAGGUUUACCUGGAGAACAAGGAUUGCAAGGGGUUCCUGGAUACAAGGGGGAGAAGGUGAGGACUUGAUUGCUUCAGUUAAAAGCACUCCUUCAGCUGGAACAAAAGUGUUUCAGGUCCAUAGCAUUAUCAGUCUGGGAAAAAUUAUUAAACAAACACCUUCUUACAUUAAAGAAAAUAUAUGAUUUCCAACUUACUUUUAGUAUAAAAUGACUUCAAAAACAUACUACCUAAAACUUAAAGGAAAACUCCACUGCUCAAUUUGUAAAAAAAAUAAAAUAAAAUAAAUUACUGUUUAGUAGAUAUACCCCCCAAUGAAUACAUGCAUGAAUAUUUCAUGCAUGCAUUAAUUGAUGGUAUAUCUUAAAAGCGCUUGCAAUUGCUGCAGAUCUUAUAGCCUUUGCAAGCCCUCCCCUUUUUUCCCAGAAGAGACUUUCAGUCUCUUAAAGGACCACUAUUGGCACCCAGACCACUUCAGCUUAAUGAAGUGGUCUGGGUGCCAGGUCCAGCUAGGGUUAACCCUUUUUUCUAUAAACAUAGCCCGGCGGGAGGGGGACCCUGAGGGUGGGGGCACCCUCAGGGCACUAUAGUGCCAGGAAAACUAGUAUAUUUUCCUGGCACUAUAGUGGUCCUUUAAAAGGGAAGUAACCAAUUAGAGGCUUCUCAUUGAGUAGCCUCUGAAUUGGUGCACAUGUAUGCUGGCAAAAAAAAAGUAGCAGGCACAUCAAAAAAAUGCUGCGCUAAUACUGCAAAUGCUUACUGAAUAAUUCAACGUUAUUCAUGACAUAUGUUUGUGUCCCAGUUGUUUAUUUUUGCAGAGACUAUUUAUUAAUUUUCUAUAUGCAAAUCUCCCUGUGUAACACAGUGUUCUUUAAACCACACGAGAUAGCAAUUUAGAGAUGCCUUAGAGUUUCUAAUCCAUUACUGUUAUGUAACAUAAUAAAUAAUACAAGCAUGCAAUUCAUGUCAUGUUAUCAUUCUUUAUGACUUGUGUCACAUUUUAAGACUUGUACUGGAUGACUUAAAGUUCUAAUAUCACUUUUUAGGCCCUCAGCCCCCCUGUCAGGUAAGUAAAAGGGUUAAAACUCACCCUUUUCCACCUUUUCAUCAGAAUUGAUGAUCUAAGCAAAUAGUAAAACAUUGGAUUGGCUCAGCCAAGCCAAUUAUUAUUAUUACACGAUACAGAGACUAAGGUAGUAAUUAAAAAGCUAUCCCCUUGUUACAUAAAGCUGAUUUUGUUUGAUAAUUGUGGCUGAUGUGCUUACUCCCUCAACAGAGGGCAUCAUCUGUAACAAUACCAUCUUUUUACUAUUAUAACUAUUUGGAGUGAUUGACAGGUUUCUCUCUAAAUCCUAUUUGACCAGAGAGAAAUCACUGCGUAUGCGGGUUCUGAAGGAAAGUCCUAUGGAUCCAUGUGCAUUGUAAUAGAAUGGAAUCAGUAUCAUGUCUUGUGCAUAUGUUGAUCUUUUUUAUAUCAACAGAUCUAUUUUGUUACAAAAAAGACAUAAUUCUAUACAUGGUUUGGAAAUGUAUGCAAUACCUGACACUCAUUCUUGGUUUAUGGUUUAUGGUAAUAGGGAGAGGCUUGUGACUCAUGUCUAACAUCGGUAAAUGGAAAUACUGAUGUGAUUGGUGUUCCUGGGAAACCAGGUGCCAAGGGUGACCAAGGACUUCCAGGAGUGGGACAGCCAGGGAAACCGGUAAGAUGGGUGCCUUUUUGGAUUAUUUUUUUUUACGUUUCUGAAACCAGUUUCUCCUGACUAUUCUGUAUUACCUCUCCUUAGGGGAAACCUGGUUUGCCUGGAGUUCAGGGUCUUCAAGGAUUUAAAGGAGCACAAGUGAGUUUGGGGCCAUACCAGCCUUUGUAUAAAUUUCAUUUUUUUACCUUUUUCUAUCCUGAUGCCAACUCUUAUCAAAUUUGCACACACCGUGUGAGCAUACAUAGAUUAACAUAAACAUAGUACUUAUGGUAGGUGUAAUACGUACAGUGUAUCAUUUCACUACAUAGAGUAAAGUAUAGGAGCACCUAGAUCUUGGGUUUGAGUUACUGAACAUCAAAAUAGUGAAUUUAAAACCAAAAAGCAAAAUGUAGACUAAAAUAUCUAAACUCUGACUGGAGCUAAGCUAGUGAGUCAGUCUGAAAACCAGUACAUGCAUAGAUUUGUAAUUUUAAUAUAAAUCUUAUUAAUGUUAAGUGUAUUGAUCCAGAAAGAAAUCCAUGGGAAGAAAUGUAAUUUGCUUGUCAGAAAUUAUGUUUUUUCCAUUUUUGGAGGAAUAAUCUUUGAUAAUGUGAAAAUCUAUGCACCAUACUUAAAAUGUAUCAGCAACAUAUAAAGAGCAGGACCAAGCAUUUAUUUUAGGUUUUGUUACAGCUCAGUCCAUGUAAUUCUAGUAGGUGAGUCAUGUUGUUGUGCCAGUUACAAGGUUUGCUUAUAUUAUUAUAAUCACAUAGUUGUGGAUAUCUCUUGUUUGCCCUGGCCUGCUAAAAAGGGUAUUAGUGAUUGGCAUAGGUAGCGUUCAAUUUAAGGUUUAAUGCUGGGUAUGAAUAAAUCAAUGCUUUUUUUUUAGUGCUAAAUUCUUAUUACCUAUUUAGGAUAACAAAUACAUAAUAAACAUCAAACUAUAGCACACCGAUGUCAUUAUGGAAAAUUAUUUAUUUAUACAAAAUAUAGAAAUAGUUUAGCAUUAUUAACGUGCCUAACAUAGACUUGAAAACGCCAUUAAAAGCAAUUACAUAUUCAUAUGUACAAUAUAUGUAUAUACACACAAACAAAGCAAAACAGUGGGUUAAACAUAAACCCACCAAUAUUAUUUUAGGUACACUGACAGAGUGGGAACUUUAGCCCAAAUGUUUUGUUUACUGCCAUUCUCAAGGGCUGUAAAAACAGGGUUAUUUACUAAAUUGUGAAUUGUUGACAAUUCAAAGUGAAUUCUAAUUGACUUUCAAACGUUAGGACAAAAGAGCUAAACUGUCACAUAUGUUCACUUCAGCUAUUUUCCUUCUAUUCAAUUAGAAUUUUAGGCAAUGAACACUUUAGUAAAUAAUCCUGUUAAUCUUGCUACUUGGUAUCAAUAUGCUUUGCAUUUGUGUUGAAUAACUACCACCAUUUAUUUUCUACAUUAAUCUGUAGUUUUACAAUCAAAGCAUCUUUCGGCAUUCUAACACUUCUUUCAGUCAGUGACAUUAGAUAUGAAUACAAAUGUUUUUCUGAGCUAUCUCAUAUUGUUAUUUGUUUAUUGCUUCUAUAGGGAGAUCCGGGUUCUCCAGGAGAGGGGAAGAGAGGUCCACAGGCAAGUACAAUGUGGGAUUUUGUUUAAAUAAAAUAUAGGGAUUUAUUUUCGUUAAUUUCUUUCCCACAAUGAUGUUGUAUUUAGGAGUUACAUGUUACUGACCAUUAGUAGGGUUUUUUUUUUUUGGUUUUGGUUUUAAUAACCCAAUUUAUUUUUUUAUUGAAAAUGAUUAAAUUUCACAAUGAUAUGAGCGAUAAAAUCUUGUCAGUUAGUAAAAAAACAUCCACAAUGUUUUUACAAAAUAUAUCAGCAACAUCAUUCUCACGUUAUUCUCACAUUCUUAUCACAUGGGGAAGGAAUACGGAACUAGUCAAGGGGGAAAAAAACAGGAGGAGGAAGGGAAAUAUUGUGUUUCAUGGAUCCAAUUGGCCUCCCUUUCCAAAGGAAGGCUUCCCCCCAGAGAACAAAAGUAACAACGAAAAAAACAUUAUGUGUGCAACUUGUCUCUCGGCUCUAGAAAUCCAGGAAGGAAAAAGUAAUUUCUCCUUAAGCGAGGAGGGAUAUGUGCCAAUAAAGUAUAGGAGUCAUAUAGGUGUAGGACCUGUUACAACCUCCAAAGAGUGCCAAGCAGUAUAUUCUAAUGACUGGUAGACUAAGAGUUGUGGAUAAAAAGCAUAGUGCACAGUCUGUUGCUCUACAUAAUUAAUUUUCAGCACUUUCAGAGUGUAGUGGUGUUAUGGAGACAGGCUCAGGCACUGAGUGUAGUGGUGUUGUGGAAACAGGCUCAGGCACCGAGUAUAGUGGUAUUGUGGAGACUGGCUCAGGCACUGAGUGUAGUGGUGUUGUGGAAACAGGCUCAGGCACCGAGUGUAGUGGUGUUGUGGAGACAGGCUCAGGCACUGAGUAUAGUGGUGUUGUGGAAACAGGCUCAGGCACCGAGUGUAGUGGUGUUGUGGAGACAGGCUCAGGCACUGAGUGUAGUGGUGUUGUGGAAACAGGCUCAGGCACCGAGUGUAGUGGUAUUGUGGAGACUGGCUCAGGCACUGAGUGUAGUGGUGUUGUGGAAACAGGCUCAGGCACCGAGUAUAGUGGUAUUGUGGAGACUGGCUCAGGCACUGAGUGUAGUGGUGUUGUGGAAACAGGCUCAGGCACCGAGUGUAGUGGUGUUGUGGAGACAGGCUCAGGCACUGAGUAUAGUGGUGUUGUGGAAACAGGCUCAAACACUGAGUGUAGUGGUUUUGUGGAAAUAGGCUCAGGCACUGAGUGUAGUGGUGUUUUGGAGACAGGCUCAGGCACUGAGUGUAGUGGUGUUGUGGAGACAGGCUCAGGCACUGAGUAUAGUGGUGUUGUGGAAACAGGCUCAAACACUGAGUGUAGUGGUUUUGUGGAAAUAGGCUCAGGCACUGAGUGUAGUGGUGUUUUGGAGACAGGCUCAGGCAUCGAGUGUAGUGGUAUUGUGGAGACAUUGUCAGGCACAGAGUGUAGUGGUAUUAUGGAGACAGGCUUGGAGACUAUGGUGAGGCCUGAUAGAAAGCAAUUCUUGUUGGGGGAUUCUAUCAUAAGAGAUGUGGAGCUGGACAAUAGUGGUCUUGUGAGAUGUCUUCCUGGAGCUACUGCUCACAGAGACAGGAGACGUAUUUGUAUUAUUGUUAAGCAAGCAAAGCAGAAACGGGAAUUGGAGGUAUUUGUCCAUCUAGGGACAAAUGACUUGGCUUGCAAUGAGGUUUUGCUAAUGAUAAAUGGCAGGUUGCUUCCACACUGUCAUUCUCUGAAGUUCGGCCUGUGCAUAACACUGCAUAUUAGGGACUUUAACUUGUGGCUUGGUGUAUGGUGUCGGGAGCAAGGAUUUGGCUUUAUUUCUCAUGGUAGCUCUGUUUGGAAUGGAAUAAAACUGUACAAAAAGAUGGUUUGCAUCUUUCUCAAAAGGGAACAUAUGUUCUCAGUGAGCAGUUCAGAGGUUUUGCUAGGAUGUAUUUAAAUUAGAUGGGGGGUGGGGGCAAAAGGAUGAUAAAACAUCAAUCCAAUUGUCCCCCAAAACAAGGACAGAAGGUGCCUGUAGCAAGUGUGUUAAAAAAUGAUAAGUCAUGUCUACAAAUGUUUGCAGUUUAGGGAAUAAGAUCAAAGUGUGUAAAACUUUGAAAAAUCCUGUACAUAAGGUGAAACGUGUUAGUGGUUUCAUGAUAAACCUUAAUUGUUUUACAGUUAUAAAUAAAGUUUGUUUUUAAUUCUUGCUCCUGGAUACCAACAGAACCAAAGACUGAAAAUGAGGGAUUAUGUGAAAAUGAUAACAGUACAAAACUACCAAUUACAAGAUAACUCACAGAUACCAAAUUUGGACAAGAUACAUUAAACAUUCAUACAUUCCUGUGAAUUGAUCAUUUUUCAUGCAUUUGAAGUGUCACUGCUACAUAUUUCACUAUCUUAUGUAUGAUAGAAAGGCAUUGCCUGGAGUAAUAUUCUAUAUAUUCCUAAUAUACAUCUGGCACCUGAAAGAAGCAGAUAUUUCAGAGAGAAUUAAGUGAAAAGUAUAUGAGACACCUAAUUUAAGAACAGACGGUUGUGUGACGCUGCACUUGGCACUCUCUAAAUUCCCCUUAAAGUGCCGAUAUAGCACUUUUAACUAAACUCCAUCUACAUCUUAAACUGGGCAUCAAGUCUGAGAUAUGGCAAUGUGAGAUUACAAAAGAUAUAAAAUGCAAAUUCAUUAAAGGGACACUAUAGUCACCAGAACAACUACAGCUUAUUGAUUUUUUUCUGGUGAGUAGAAUCAUUAGGGUUCAGGCUUUUUGCUGUAAACACUGUCUUUUCAGAGAAAAUGCAGUGUUUACAUUACAGCCUAGGGAUAACUUCACUGGCCACUCCUCAGAUGGCUGUUAGAGAUCCUUCCUGGGUCAUGGCUGCCUAAAAUGCAUUCAAGCUUUCAGUAUCUCCGCCCUCUGCAUCCAGACACUGAAGUUUUCUCAUAGAGAUUAAUUGAUUCAAUGCAUGCUAAUUGGCCAGGGCUGUGUUCGAAUUGUGCUGGCUCUGCCUCCUUGUCAGUCUCAGACAAAAAUUGUGACAAAUAGUAACCUGCAUAAAUCUGAAAAUAGUGUUUGAGAGCAGAAUUGCAUUAAAACAAUGUUUGCUCUGCUUAUAUGCUAUAUAAAAUAUUAAACCAAUAGAUGUGGCCUGAAAAUAAAGAGGGCCCACCAAGGUAGCAAAAUAAGAAAAGGGGUGCGGUGGGUGGGAUGAAUAAAACGGUAUAAGCCCAAGUAAGGGGGUUGCCUGAGGCUAAAUAGCUGCCCCCCUCCCACAACCCCUCCCACAACCCCAGGCUACAGCCUUAAAGGACCACUAUAAUGCCAGGAAAACAAACUUGUUUUCCUGGCACUAUGUAGUACUUAGGUCCCCCACCCUCAUGGUCCCCUUCCCUCUAUACUGAAGGGGUUGAAACCCCUUCAGCCACUUACCUUUCUCCAGUGCCGGGGAUCUCUCCUCCUCCUUCCGACGUCAGCGCCGUGUGCGCAUUCAAACCACCCAUAGGAAAGUCAGUGUCUUCUCACUUUGAUUGGGGUUUUGGAUGUGUGUUCCCUGGCAGUCAAAUGGAGUUUGAAGAAGUCCUGAAAAUGAGCACGGGACAGGGUGUCAGCUGCUGAGUUAUGACAGGCAGGAAUGUGAACACAAACCAGAUAAAACUGAUGGCAGAUGCAAGCCAGGUUAAUAUCCUAAUCAUGCUCAUUUUUAUUAUUGAUGAUGAGGCCUGUUGUUGAUGAUAUCACAAGCUGCUAUGAGUAGCAUUUGACUGCUUGCCCUUGCCAUAAGUUUCCCCAAUUAUAAGCAGCUGCUAUUAUGGGGUUACCUUAAAGAGAGUUGAGAAAUGACAGUAGGUUCACAGUCUCGGAAGGGCCACGUGUCUCUAAACCACAUGUCAUCAAAUAUAACUAAAAGACCUGUAUGGGCUGUAGCAUCCAUCCAUAUGACUGGGGACUGGUUUGUCAAGGGGGCAAUGAACAUGGUCUUAUUGUUCCAAUUUAGUAAAAACUCAUGCAGUGGCUAAAUCGAGUUAGACUGUACUGUUGUUAUCAGGAAUACCAGGCAAUAGGCAGAGUAGCCUUGGAAUAAUGAACAACCCUGAGGGUUUAUGCACAUAUCUAAAUUUAGAGAACCCAGGAGGAACUGAAGGUCCCUGUGUGAACAGGACCCUUAAGCAAGGAACCUGUGCAAGUCUACCACGAUUGGCCAAGACAGGGGAGGCCAUGACUAUUACCAAGCAAGAGGGUGAGGCAAGGCACUAACUAUAAUUUGAAACCGAUGGGUGAUUGACCUCCAUGUUGAGCAUGGGAGUUGGCAUCGCAGGACUAUUUUGCCGCUUCUAUGUCCUAAAGCCAGUUUCUCCAUCUCUAGUUGUGGAUAUGGGACCUAACAUAUGUAACAAGUAGUCAAGGAACCAACUAUGUAAGGCAGAGUUAAAAUGAGACAAGAAACAAUGAAGUAAAUCCGCAUUCCUCCCCAGAAGUUACAAUUGUAUGUAUGAGGGUCGAAAUUACAUUUAUGAUAGAUUUGAGAUGUGGCCAAAUGUGGGCAGAAUGUAAACACACAAAUAAAUAUGCAGUGUGGCUAAAUGAGGGCCAUAUGUACCUUAUAAUUGAUAUGGUUGAAUGUGGCCUGAAUGCUUGCGUGAAAUGUAUCAAUAGUGAGGCCUGGACGAGGGCUGAAUAUAUUGACUGGAAUACGUAUAACUGAAUAUGAACUAUGCAAAUAUGCUUUAAGGCCAAAUAAGGGCCAGCUAUGCACAAUACCAAGCAUACUGUAUGGUUGAAUGAGGGCCAAAUAUGCACAAAAUCAAUCAUACUAUAUGACCGAAUGAUGGCCAAAUUGAACGGUAAGGUAAGGUGGUUGCCUGAUGUUAAGUAGCCAAGUGACCCUUCCCACAACUCCAGGCCACAGCUUUAAUAAAUAUUAAUAUAGAUAGAUAGAUUGAUUGUUUGUGGGAGGUAAAACCACCGAGCUAGGGGCUAUCUCUGGGAAUACAUGCACUUAACAACUUAAGUGCCAAAGACAUGCCUUUCAAAACAUUAAGAAAUUGGAAAAUUAAAAUAUGUUACACAUGUCCACAGAUAAGAUUACAAACUCAAGGAAGGCAAUAAUUUUAAAUUCAGUCAUAGUGAUUUCAAACUAAUGCGUACCCAAAUGGAAAAAGACAACACACAAGAUACUUGCCUCAAUUUUAUUAAAUUUAAUCAAUUUGUUUAAUUGUUCAUGAAAGAAAACAAAAGCACAAUCAUGUUCAACCCAAAUAUUUACAUGCAGGGAAACAAAAAAACAACAACAAAACACAAUGGCGUAUGAUGUAUAUAACACAGAAAUGUGAAAUUUAAAUGCAAUUUCUGUAAUUCCACAGAUAAAGUACGAUUUUAGAUUGGAAGAGGCUGAUUAACCCUCCCAAAAUUAACCCAAUAGAGGGAGAAUAAUUCCAAUGCACAGCAAAGGCUUGCAUGAUAUACAUACACACACAAACAUGUUUAAAAGACCAGAGUAGCAAACACAAUCCCAAAUAACAAUAGUCACUUACUUAUUAGAGAUAAAUGUAUAUCUGUUGGAACUGGGGCUUUAUACCAGGAUUUAUACUAUAUUAAAUUGUUCUUGGCUAAAUAUUAAUGUUGAUUAUUUUGUAUUUUUGUUACAUUGUAUGAGUGUAAGAGUCAUAGUCCAUGCUCCAAAACCAUUUAAUUAAGAUGUAGUUAUUUUGGUGCUUAAAGUAAAUAAAGAUCAUUAAAUGAGGUGAGAACUUCUUGCUCCUUGGAAUCUGUUUAUUGUCAAGUUAAUACAGUAUACUACCUAUUAAAGUACAUAACCAGAUCCACACACAUUCAGUAGCACAAGUAUGGGUAGAAAUAGUGACGACUGUGUUCUACACACCUAGUACAUAACAGCACAAUUAUACAUUCUAAACAACACAUUCAUCAGUUUAACUUUUCAUCAAUUUAUUUUUCAGGGUGAGACCGGAGAACCAGGUCUGCCAGGGAAAUCAGUGAGUAAUUAUGGCUCUGUCACAUCAGCAGAAAUCUGCUUGCCCUUAAACAACUCUCUAAGCAUUGAUUAAUUUCUGUGCAGAGAAAUGUAGUAUUAUAUAUAUUAUUGGGGUUAGAUACCAAAAGAUCUAAUAGUGACUCUACCUAUACUUUUAUUAUAGGGAUCUCCAGGUUCUCAAGGACCACCUGGGAUGACUGGUCUAAAAGGUGAAAAGGUAAGAGUUACAAAUGUAAAUGUAUUACAGCAAGCGUGUCAGACUUGCUGCCCGCUGGCUGCAUGCGACCCACAAUGGAUAUAUUUGCGGCCCAUCUGCCCUGGGGCCACUUUGUGUUGUGGCUACUACCAGCCCCAGGACAAGAAAGAUAUUUCCUGUCUGAUUCUUGUCUUCCCUCCCACAGCCGAUUGCACGCUCCCGCAGGCUAGCCACACCCCUUUCCCUCCUGCUCUCAGAGCCAGAGGAGUGUCUGACCUGCUUGAAAAGAGGAGAGCAGUGCUGGAACUGGAGGACGGGCGGCUCAUCUUAAGGGAGGGGAAGAGGGGCUUGGGGGACCUUCCUGUGUAGUGUGUUAAAUUGAGGGGAGGGGGGGCACUGUAUUAAUUUAAGCGAGGGAGGGGGAAGGGUAUUAAAUUGGAAGAGGGAGCAGUGUAAUAAAUUGGCAGUAUAUUAAUUUAGGGGAGGCAGGGUAUUAAAUUGGGGGAAGGAGUGGGGCAGUGUAUUUGAGUGGUGGGAGGGGGAGGUAGUGGGUUUAAUUGGGGGGAGGGCAGUGUAUUAGAGUGGUGGGAGGGGGCAGUGUGUUAAAUAAGGGAGAGGGCAGUGUAUUAAAUUGGGGGAGGGGGCACUGUAAUUUACUUAGGGGGGGAAGGGUAUUAAAUUGGAAGGGGAGGUAGUGGGUUUAAUUGGGGAGGGCAGUGUAUUAGAGUGGUGGGAGGGGGCAGUGUGUUAAAUAGGCAGCAGUGUAUUAAAUUGGGGAGGGGGGCAGUGUAUUAAAUUAGAGUGCCGGGAGGAGAGGGAGUGUAUUAAAUUAGAGUGGAGAGAGGAGAGGGGCAGUGUAUUGGAUUGGGGGAGGGGCAGUGUAUUAGAGUGGAGGGAGGGGGCAGUGUAUUGAUUGGGUGGAGGGCAGUGUAUUAGAGUGGAGGGAGGGCAGUGUAUUGGAUUGGGUGGAGGGGCAGUGUAUUAGAGUGGAGGGAGGGGGGCAGUGUAUUGGAUUGGGUGGAGGGGCAGUGUAUUAGAGUAGAGGGAGGGGGGCAGUGUAUUGGAUUUGGAGGCAAUGUAUUGGAUUUGUGGGCAGUGUAUUAGAAUGGGGUAGGAUGUAGUGUAUUGAAUUUAGGGGCAAUGUAUUGGAUUUGUGGGCAGUUUAUUAGAAUGGGGGGAGAGGGCAGUGUAUUAGAUGGGGAUGCUGCUUGGCUGUGCAGCUUUUUGCCACAUAUGCACAAUAGCAUCCCAAUGCUUUCUGAUUGGAAAACAUUGUAUUGGCUGAGAUCAUCAAGUUUGAUGAUCUCAGCAAAAGUGAAGAACACACUCAGAGGAUUUCAAAAUCAACAAGAUAACGCCAUGUGUUUUUUUACAGCUGGGUAAAAGCAUGUAUUCACCAUUUCAGUCCCAUUACCAAACAUUUCUUAAUAUGUCAAGCUAGUUUGACUGAAACAUUGGUUAUAUGCAAAUACAGGUGUCCUUAAAAUAAAUUCACUCUUUUGUUUACUUUGAAGCCCAACGAGCAUGAGGACAUCCAGUGUCAGUUAGGCAACUUUUUUUAUACUGUACUUUUCUAAAUAACCUACGUUUCUAUGAAAAUUGAAGUUUAUGUUUUUUUGGGGCCCACGUAAACGUAAACCUUCCUUAUUUGGCCAGUGUUAGCUUUUGAUUUUGACAUGCUUGUAUUACAGCAUCCAAGAACAUGCACUCUCUGAUUAGUUGCAAACCUUCAAUGUGCAGCUAAACACAGGGCAAAUUAUUAAGAACUUGAACUACUGAAUUAAAUGGUUACUCCAACCAACAUGGCCCAGUGACUUCAGUAAUUUACAGUGAUUAUGGUGGUAGGAAUCUGUAUGUGCAAAGUUUCAGCUUGAAAAACUGCCCAUCCAGAGAUAUUUUGAAUUGUGUGCCGGGGACAGAAUUGACAAAAAAUAUGUUACUUGUGAUAUGUUUCUACCUAAAAAUACCACCACCUGUCAAUGUGGUUCUGAGUUUCAGAAUGUGGACAAAUCAGAACUAUAAUUAUUGCUCCUGUGCAUACCAGCCCAGUUAUUGCAUAUAUUUGUGCAAUUUUCUUUGUUUUGUAGCUUACCUACUAUUCACAUACGAUGUUACAUUCUAUAUAAUGCUGUCAUAUUCCACGCCAGUGUCUUUCAUUUAGCAUUUAGCAUGUGAUUUAUUAGAUUAGGAGGUUGGCAAUUACAGUAAGAUAUUAACCUAGUAUAUUACUUUUGUAGGGAAACAUCGGACAAAAAGGAGCAAUUGGACCACCUGGAAACCCUGGAAUUGGUGUCAUGGGACCCCAGGUGAGUGACAUGUAGUUCCCACAAAAACAUUAUCCAUUUCUACAAAUCCACCAAUCUUAUGUGGAUUUAUUUUUCUUAAUACCUCAUCUAGUCUUUUUAUAACAUUGCUUGAAUCCUAUAGUUGUCCUCUUAUCCAUGUUCUUUUCAAAGUCUUAAGUAUGGCUGCUUCUUAAAGCCUAUCUCUCUAAUAUUUGUGAUUUCUGUCUUCCAGUAUAUCUGAUUUACUAUCUCAUAACUUUCUUUCCUCAUAUGAACACAGGUGUUACUAAGUGCUAAACUUAUAUAACAGUAGUGGAGCACUAACAAUAAAAUCACAUGCACGGGAUUCUCUUACCCCUAAUAAAACAUAGAAAUGCAGAAAACUUGGUAACACGAUGCAACAUGUAAAACAAAAGAAUAAAUCCGCAUAUAGUGCAAAUGGUUCUAAGAAAAAAUUGGCAUAUGCAGCAUACCUCAUGAUAAUGCCUGUUUCAUGCAAUAGUUACAUUACACUUCAUACUUUUUCAUGCAAUAUUUACUUUACUUUAUUUUGUUCAAUCCAUAAAAUCAUUAUAUUUUCUUUACAGAUAGAUUACCAUAUAAAGAUCAAAACACCUGAACAAUCCAGAUAAGACAUACAGAGUUCUUGUGUUUCACUAUAUCCCUAUAACUUCCACAAGUCAAUUAAUGUGUGAUAAUUAAGUGCUGAAAAUGUACCAUAGAUGUGUUGAUGACCCCAGUCCCUCAUGCUAGUAGAGUUAAAUGGUUAGAUAAUUAAUUAGGUUGAAAACUAAUAUCCAUCAAGAAUAUCUCCUAGACCUAGAAGUAUAGGCUACGUAUGCAUUGUAACAUACCUUUAUCAACAACCUAUUCACAAUAAAAUUCUCUUCACAGGGACGUGAUGGUUCACCAGGUAAACCAGGAAUACAUGGAUUAGAUGGCAAGACAGUAAGUCAUCAAAGUUCUUCCUACAAGCUGCUAAUUACCUUUAUCACCCACCUAUAGUCAACACCCUUUUCGACCACUUCCUUUGCUCACUGUACAGUAUAUUACAUCCAUCAUUUCUACCCUCUAACACCCAUAGUCAAGUGGUGGUACACUGCACAUCUCAUCUCACCAGAUUUCUACUCUACAAUAUAAUGUUUAACACUCUUUCCUUGCAGGGUGGUUCAGGACCCAAAGGUGACAAGGUAAGUGUCAUGGUCCAUUAAAUUUAGAAAAAGUGAUACAAAGAGAGAAAAUAGGUGUUUUGAACACCCAUACUUACCUUUACUUUACCUUUACUAUAUACUUAACCUUCUUUGAACUUUAUUGCUAAGUUUAUUGUUGACUAAUUAUCUGGAAACUAGUGUGUGAGAUAUGUUUCUAGCCAUCAAAGUGAUCCUUCUGAGAAGUGCAAUGUAAAUAAGUGUAGGGAACCUGGUCACUUAAUGUAAUCGAUAAAGUACAAAUUCAUUACUUUAUAAAGACUUGUAGUUGUACUUAUAGAAAAAGUUAUGUUCAUUAUAGGUUCUGUAAACAAAAGAAAAAAUAUGCUGUGCUAGGAGAUUUUGCAUUGUAUUAUAUAUAUGCUGUUAGUAGGAUCUAUAAUAGCAAAAACUAAGCAUGAAAGUUGCAGAAACAUAACUCUUUUCUUUGCGCUAGGGUGAUUUACUAGUGUCAGAAUGAAACAUAAUACCAGAAAAUAGCAAAAGAAGAUCUGAAAACUAGGCUGCCUUGUGUAGCUGGGUAUUUUAUUUAGUUUAAUAAUGUUCCUUGUUGCUAUCUUCUUUGUGGCUAUUUGCCUUGAAUACCACACUAUUACCUACAAGUUAAGCUAUCUGAAACCUUCCUUCAGUCUUCAUUCUGUAACAAUGUUUUUCAUGCUAUUAAUAACUACACUAUUCAUCUAACCCACCACACCAGGUGCUAUAUAGCCAUCUUUUAUGUCUCAUCUCUGUAUUAUCUCUCACCUUCAUCACACCAGAUCUUGCCUCCUACAACAUUGCUUUUAUCUCCUCAUUUUACUUUUAAGAAGCGACAAAGCCCUGCUCCUCGAUAAUGAUUUUUAUAUUUUGAAUCAAUUGCUGCUCCACUCUUCUGACUGGCAUUUUUCUCACUUAACUCUCUCUGUUGCAGUCUGUCCAAAGAAUGUUGGAUUAAUUAUCAAUACUACAUAUAAAAUGUGAUAACAUAGCUUUUCAUGAAAGCCAGCCAUUGUCUUCUUCUUACACAUGUAGCCAUUUUCAUAGAAAUUUAAUUUCAAUAUGACCUGAUUUUAAUGUCAGCUUUUGUCAAAAUGUUCCUAUUUUGCCACAUUAUUAUGGCUUGAAUGUAUUGAAAUAGGAAUUGGCAAAGGAGAUUGGCCAUGUGCAGACAGCAGACUGUGAACUGCUUAUUUUUAUUACUGUACUGUAUUAGAAAUUAUUAUACACUUAUUUUAAUUAUCGACAAAAUUGAUGGAUCCCUUCCCCCUCCUUUUUUUUUUUUUUUUAAAUCUCAUUUUUUUUCUUUCUUUUUAUUUUUUCUCAUUAUUUUUUAUUUUUAUUAUUUUUUAUUUAUUUUAUUACAUUUGUCAUUUGAUUAUUCUUUAAUGUAAUGUGUUCAUUUUACAAUUAUAUUGUUAUGUUGUAUAAAAAUUAUCAAUAAAAACUAUUUGAAAAUAAAUAAUUAUACAUAUCUGAUGGUUAGAGCAGUGAUAACAACUCUUGCUUAGAACCAGUCAGACCAUCUCCCCAGUAUUCGUAUUUGGGCAAGACGCCAAACAAUAUAUGUCUACCUCAAAUCAUCAUAGAUUGUAAGGUCAUUUGAGCUGGGUUAUCUUCACCCUCUCCCUUUUCUAUAACUGUAUAGCGAUGUGAAAUAUGUUGGCGCUAUAUAAAUAAUAAUAAUACAUAGUCCCUUCUCUUAACCCUUAAGAGAAGAAAUCUCCUUACUGAUCUUUUUUUUUUAUUCUAGUCACCUCUCUAUGUAUAACCUAUGUCUCCUUAUUGCUGUAUCAGCCUUUUCUGGCUCUAACCUAAAUUGACCACUAUUAGAUAAAAUCAGCCAUCAUUAAACAGGGGAAAUGAUUCUGUCAUCACAGCUGCUUGCCUCUGUGGUGGGGUUGUGUAACUGUAGGAUCUGUCUCAAUCUAGGGAGAAGCUGGAGUUUGUUCUUGCCCUCCUGGACCUUGGAUAGAUGGUGACCUUUUUGGAAGAAUGGUAGGUUUUUCUCAUCUUGGGUGGUGCAUAUAAUGCCUUUGCUACCUAUUUCAUGGCUUGUGUUUGUGUUGUAGGACGGUCAAGACAGGGACAAUGAGUUCUGGCCUAUUGGGAUGCAGGUCUUUUUUUUUAUGUUUAAUUUCCAUUUCCUUGCUCAUCCCUAUUUGCCUGCUUUCCACCUCCUUUUCUUUUCUCCUCAUUUUUGUACAGUUCACAUUUUCACUGAUACAUUAUUUCCAUAUUACAAGCAGACUAAAACAACAGAAAACAGCAUGGUUGAGUUUUGUAACACUUAAUGCUUAAUUAUGUCAUUUUCAACCAUAGCAGGAUUAACUAUAAGGUGACCCAAAGGCCCAGCUAUUAGACAGGGGUUCAUGAUGAUACUUGAUGUCAUGCAUGGCCCAAUUUAUCAUGACCAAUAAAAAGGAGUGAAAAGUGGUUCCAAACUGGUCCACCACCUAGACCUCUCUGAAUUCUUAAGCCUUAUUUUCAAAAGUAAAUGGUAAGAUCUCUUUUAGUUAGGCGUUCGAAUAAAAUGCAUUAUACUGACAAAAUCCCCAGCAAAUGUAAAGCUUAAAAGGUAGAAUUAUAUGAAGAGUAAUACUACCUUGUCUAGUGGAUGUGACUGGAUGCUAGGCAUUGUGGAAAACAUAUAUAUCUGCCUGCAGAGGACAUCCUUACAUAUGUGGACUUUAACAACUAGUCAGAGGAUAUGUGAUGGUAAAUAUUUAAUGGUAAGUAACAUUUUAGUUGUAGAUUUGCUAAUUAAAAUUAGGAAUUCCAUAUUCUUCAUUACAGAGUCCCAUGUGGUAAUUGGCAAUAUUUGUAUAGACGUUUUAUAAAUAAAUAAAAACACUGCUGCUAGUCAUAGCAUGAAAACCACAGGAAAGUUUACAAUGAUAGGAAUUGGACCCUGUUGUUGAAAUUUUUGUACAUGAUCUGUAUCUCACGGUAAAUGAUUGGUUCACACUUGGAACAUGCAUUUCUCAGCUGUGGUGCUGCCGUAGAGACCAACAUUUAUACAAAAUACAGAUUAAGAUUAACAACACACAAACAAAAAUACAGUUUUACAUACAAUGCUCUUACGGCAGAUUAAUGCAAUACACUUUAGUUAAUUUAUCACUAGCACUAUAUAAUUUGUCCCCUAUCUUAAAAUUAGAGUAGGACCCACCGAUAAUGGGGUACUGUGGCGUAGUGGUGGGCUUAAUACGAUAUGAGCAGAUGGUGGAAUUAAAUCCCCAUAUUUGUUUGCUCAGAUACAUAGAAUUCCCAUAGGCAUUUCUGGAUUUUUUAUAUAUGAUGCCUAUUUAUAUAUGUAUGUGUAAAAUAGAUUUUUUUUAAAGUUAUCUUUAAAUACCAAAAAAAAACAAAAAAAACUGUUGUUACUUUGCUAACAGCAAAACUUUUUUUUAAUGCCGCUCACUUAAAUGUUGAAGAAUCCAUAUCACUUUUCCCCCUAAGAAAAAUGCUUCUAAAAGCAAACUGGGGGAUCUUAAAUUAAAUGGAAAACCAAAAGAACACAUUGCAUGCUCUUGCUGCCUUCGUUGCAUGAUCUCUAGCUAUUCUUAAAUCAUUUGACUUUAUCAAAUCAGCCUGUAUAGACCUUGGACCUGUCUAGGACCCUCCAACAGGUAUCUGCUGGGGCAUGUGUAUCUCAAUGAAGAUCGCUGAGCCAUUAAAUUACUCACCUGAUCAGAAUGAUCAUUAUUUAGAAGACUGUUGGUGGGUCCUGAGGACAGGUGUGAAUAAUGUUGCAUGUAAUAGUGAUAUUUUGUGAGAUGAAAACUUACUAAAUAUAAACCAAAACAGGAAUGUUAGCUGAGCUCUUUUUCUCUGAAUUCUAUUGUCAACUCACCACAACUUUCUAUUCAUUGGAGAGAUUUCCUGUCUACCUCUGUAUAUUCUUUCUAACUUUUAUAAAAAGUAAACCCCUCAUGACCCCCUUUAAUCUAGUGGUACCCCUUGUUUCAGGGACCCCCCGGACCACCAGGACCUCCUGGGCCUCCUGGAUUACCCGGUCAUCAGGUGAGCCGUAUUCUUAUUUGUAGAUGUCAUUUAUGGCCAAAAUCACCCAUCUUCAGAACGCUAUUACAUUAUAACCCUGAUGCUGACAGCUUGUAAUAAGCUGUAACUCAUCAUCCAAAUGAUGCGCUUGUGAGCCGUCAUGCACAUCACUUUAUUACCAUGAGGCUGAAGCUGGUUUCUUAUUUAGUCAUUGUCUAAACCAGCUUCAGCCUUGUUGUAUUACCUCUGUUCUGUAGAUGGUGGCCUAUAAUGUGUAUGUCUAGGCCUUCCCAGUGUUUAUUAUAGACUGGGCAUUAAAUUGUUUUUUCCUGAGCAAGUUUAAUUUGCUGAACCUUUUUGAUCCAGGGCACCAAAGACAGUUGCACUGACCACUUCUAGGGGCAAUAUUGUAAAAGUGCUAAACCUUGCGCUGCAGGAGAGGUCUGUAUCUUUCUACAGAACAUUCUAUGGGUGGGCAGUAAGAUAAAAUUGCAGGCUAACAAAAGGAAAUGGAAAAUGUGGUGUAAUAUAAGAUAGAAACAUAUAGAAGGAUUAUUAGAGUGUUACAAAGCAAAUCAGUAGCUUUGUGGAAAAUUCAUAGAGGAAGGAGAAAUCCAUAAAACGCUGCACAGUAUGAUGUCACAUAUUGAAAACAUCUAUUUCAUUUAAAAUUUGUUAAGGUUAACUGCUGUUCUACAUGGUAAUAAUGGCUGCUGGGAUACAAAGGGAGAGUUGGUUUAUAUAUUAGAAAGCUAAGAAAAAGAGAAGGAAAGAGCAUGUGUUAACGAAAAGGGAAGCAGCUUACCUAUUUAUAUCUUCAGUCUUCAGUGUGUGCCUUUGUAGCACUGCAGCCAGGGUUGGGCUAAUAGGAUGUGGGUGCAAGACAUACACUCUGUAGAUGGACAGAUCCCCAAGCAGAUGCUUUAGCCCCAGAUGUCUUCCUUGACUGUAGGGUUUGCCUGGAUUCAAAGGUAUGCCAGGACCACCUGGAUGGCCAGGAGAACUGGUAGGUAUGGAGUGCUGGUGUGCUUUUGCUGUGUGUUAGUGCAACAGUCUCUACAUGUCCUCCCAACCCAAUGUUGUUCCAAGGCAGAAGAACUGUUGUGACAAGUGCACACUUUCCCUGUCGGUUUCUAUGGUGUCCCCACCUUGUCAAUUUGCUUUGCAGGGUCACUGUGCAGUUCUGUAUGUCUGAUUGUUGUCCUGAAACGUGCCCAAAAACUUCUCUAACAGCCACUCUCUCUCUCUCUCUCUCUCUCUCUCUCUAUCUGUCGUAGGAACCCCUGGCUGCAGAAAGAAACAUUGAUAUCCUGAAGGUGAGGAUGUCAUAGGGAGAGACAUAAAGAAUUAUGAGACAAAAGGAAGGUUUAAUUGGUCUAGUGGCCUGUCUUUGAAGCUUGUGUGUCUAGUGGAAAGCCCUUGGGACACUGGAAAAGUCAAAUUAUAAGGGGGUGAAUUAGUGUAUCUGAUAUUCACCUGCUUCAUACAGAAUAUUUGUGGGAACUGUGCCAGUGGGCCGAACCCAUCCCCCAUCGCCAUGAAAGGAGAGAAAGGAGAUCAAGGCCCUCCUGGAAUACCUGGACCAGAGGAUUGUGAGAGGGUAUGGAGAUUAUAAAUUAGAGAUGUAAUGUUGUGUUCAGGGUGUACAGCAUAUUGUGUGCAUUUGUGACUGGGUUGUGUAAAUCUGAGAUACAUUUUCUCACUUUAGUGAAUAACUCCGUACAAGUGGACUGUGUAAAGUACAUUCUUCUGGGUGUAACACAAUGAGUGGGCUGUGUAAGGUACAUAACAAUGAACUAUGUAGUUUUGAAGCAUUAAACACAGAACUAUUUCUUUUAAAAAGAAAGAAGUUGUGAUAUAACAAACAAUGCUGAACUGGAAGACAAGAUCGUGUAGCAUUGUGAUAACAUUAUGUACAACUGAUUUGUCUUAAUAAUUCUGUGUAACAGCAAGUGUGGGAAUCAGAUUAAUAGCUACUUUGACAUAUUUAUAUGAUAUUGUAACAAAACAAAAUCAUCACAAUGUAUUUAGAAUAUCUAAAGAGUGUCUGGUCAGCUCCACAAAAUACCGCAAACUAUGUCAGUGUCAAUAGAUUCUGUUGAUUUCGAAUUGGAAUGUGUGAUAAUCUAUACUGUUCUUUGUCCACAGUGCAAAUUUGAAAAGGAGGAAGCGGUGAGUGUUUCUCUAAUGGUAACAAAUUUUAGUUAGCAACUAAUUUUGAUUCACUCCUAAUUUGUUUUUUAACCCACCUCCCCUCAUUGUAUAAACUUGAAUAAAGACAGGUUGGGGAAAAGGUACAACAGGUUUGGCACUCAUUACAGAUGAUGUAACUACCAUGCGCUUCAUAUGCCUUGUUUAUGCCUUAUGUUUACCAUGGUGUCCUGUACUCCAUAUCAUUAUCUCCCAUUCUGUUCAAAACAUAUAAAUUGAAAUUUGAAUGUUGUGAAAACUUGAAAUACUUUGUGGAAAAUAAAGAUUGUCAAAAAAAAUAAAUGACAGGUUGGAAUCCAGAGGAAACAAUCAAAGAUACUGUAAUACUAUAUACCUGCACAUUAAAUUUAAUCAUUGUAUUACUAUUUUCAAAUGUGUUUGGCUACAUUCUAUUUUUUUCCUGGUAUUAGUAUGUCCUAGCAGCUAUUCCACUUUUUAGUUUCAUCUGCUGUGUGCCGUAGUGGAGGCUUCUUACACCCAGAGAAUCUAUGGUAACUUCCAUAUAGUUAAUUUUCCUCUGAUUAUACAUGUUAUUCACCUUUCUCAGGGAGAUGAACCAGAUCCUGGCUGUGAAGGUGGCACAGGGAACCCUGGCUUACCAGGAUAUCCUGGACAAAAAGGAGAAGAGGUACAUGCACAGGUCACUCACAGUUCUGCAUUUUACAAAUGUAACUUAUCGGCCCUUUAUGACAACUUCUCUGUGCCUUUCUACAGGGUCCACCAGGUCCACGAGGCAUUCCUGGAUCUCCAGGGGCCAUUGUAAGUAUUCAUAUUUCCAAAAGAACAUCUACAAUAGGGCAUAACCUAUAUAAAGAUAAUCAAUGCCAAGAAAGUCAAAAUGUAAAUUCUUCAGUAGAGUAUUUUUUAUAUCCAGCAUAUCUAUAUUUGCUUUAUUCUAUUGCUAGGAUUGAUUUUGCUAGCUAGAUACUUCUUCUUUAUUAGCAAAUUACACUACAUAACUUGUAACGUGCAUUAUCUUCCAUCAAUCUGACAGGUCAUAACCACGAAGAAUUAAUUUUUAAUAUUUUUCUUCCAUUAAUGUUUUUAUUUAAAUAGCCUUCUUGGGUCAUGUUGGCCCUCUUUAAGAUCAGAAGAUGCUCGUAGAAUGUUUCCAUGUAUAACAUUAUUUAACAAUUCUAACAAUAUUAAUAAGAAUGUUAAUGUUAAGGGUCAUGUUGACCUAUUCUCCCUUUCAUGGAUUUAGGGUUCUCUUGUUCCUUCUCAAUAUGGCAGUGGCUCUUGGAUUGUGAUACCCCUAUUUUUUCUCUCAGGGGCCCCCAGGUUUCCCAGGCUCUCCUGGCUCCCCCGGAUUAUCUGUAAGAAUAUAAUCCCCUUCCCCUGUGCUCGCUUUGGCUUCCCCAUGAUGAACCCUUCUCCCCUUAUCUCAUUUGCCACUUAACUUCACCUACUGUGCAGAUAAACUCUUAACUUCCCAUGUCACACCCAAUGUGAUGUCAAACUCCACCACUCCUUGUGUAUCCACAUUUUCACCCACUGUGUCUUGAAAAUUUCUUUAAACUUUGUAUUCUUGCAGUUUCCACUUUUGUACCCACCUACAUUUCACGACAUAUUGUUCCAAGUUUAAUGUACCCACACAUGAGAGUACAUUGUUAUUAGUAUUUUUCAAUAUAAAAAAUUAUGAUUCAACAAACAAUUCACUAUCUUCUUAGCUAAAAAGCUUUCGGCAGGGACUUUGCAAGGAAGUCAUUGGGAAUUAUAAAACGUCCAAGUAGCUGGGGGAUGUUAGUUAUUUUUUUGCAUUCAUUUAAUUGGUUAUAAAGUAGUUUUGAAGUAUACCUCUUCAAUUUGGCCAUUGAGACAUCAAAGUAUAUAUCUUGAUGCAGACUUAUAUAAAGAUGACCAGAUUUCUGAGCUGAAGGACAUACAUACGUGACUGAAAAUAAACACAGUUGAAAAACAACUGUCACCUAUGUCUUAAUAUAAUGACCCUGUCAUCAAAUUUUGAAAGGAAAUAGAUUCUCUGUUAAAUGAAGUAUAUGAAAAAAAUGAGAAAACCACAUCCCUACCUUUAAUAUAUGACAGGUUCAUUCAUCCAUAUACAGACACCUUGGGUCAGACAGUGUUUUCAUUUGUCAGUUAGUCGGUCUGAUAAUGUCACUGCUGCUAACUUGGUUUUCGAACACUGUCUGACCCAGGGUGCAUGUAUUCGGCUGAAGGAUUCCCUUGGUACACUGGUAAACUGCUUGUGGGGACUCUGCCAACACCAGGAAGACACUCGUAUCAUAUAAACAUUUAAAAAGAGGGUUUUUAUGGGAUCACCUUAUUGUAUCCAGGAGCAUUUUUAUUUAUCACUUUGGGUGAGUAGAACAACUCUGCAUAGUGAAAGCAGGCAUACCGCUAUGGUUUACACAUAGCCUGGUUCAUAGUUUAUUGCUUUUUGCUAUUUCAAGCUCUGGCCAGAGCUGCUCUCUGCAGCUCAUCUCACAGGAAAAUGUGGAUAAAAUUGAUAGAGCCAGAAACAACAUUUGCGACUGAUUGUCAGGAGAUGGAGGUGGAGCUGCUGUUAAUGAACAGAUAAUAUCUAAGAAUUAAAGAAGUUCUGGCAGAUCUGUUCUUGCACCAUAACCACUUCGGCAUGGGGUUUAGAGUAAUCUUUUAAUUCAUGGUUUGGACAAAUGAAUGAGUAUCUGAUAACUUUCAUUCUUCCCGCAUAACCAAGUGUAGCUUUUAUAUUAUUGAUUAAACUGAUGUUCACUGUAAUACAAAAAAGCCCAACUUAUUGUAUAAAUACUUUACAGCUAGUAAGAAGCACAAUAUAUACAUGUAAAUAAAUAUUUUUCAGUAAAUUAGAAUUAGGUUUCCAAAACAGGAGAAAUAGAUAGGAACCCCAAGAAAUUAUUGACUGUCCAGCAAAAACAAGAGAGGUUGAGACAAUAUGAGUACCAAUAAUACAGAUAAAAAAGACAAGGCUCCUAAUCUUAUUUUCUUUCAACUACUGUGUCCUAUGUUAUACGUCUCCCUAAUCUGUGAUCAGCAAUCUGUCCUCACGUGUCCCUUGUCCUAGUCAAAAUUACAUGUCCUCAAUGUGUCCCACGUCACAUCACCUAGCAAUGUUGCUUUUGUCUUUGGUGACCGGGCUCCCUUCAUCCCUGCUCAAAUUGGUGUGUGUUCUAUUUUCCAUCUCAGGGGUUUGUAUCAAGCAGAGUGUUGUUAAGGAAACAAACGCAUUACCUCCCACAGAGACUGUACUGGGUCUCAUCAGUGCUUAGCACAUCCCUCCUGGGAUUUUACAGUUCACUAGUUUAGUAAAUCUUGAAAAAUGUAACAAAACAAAUACCAAACAUCUUAUAUUUGCUGUUUUUUCCUAUGAGAUAUCACCUUCAAACUUUGCAAAGAAAUUGGCCUCUAUCACAUCUGAUGUAAAACUGGUUAAGCCCCCAGCAUGCGCGUAAACUGAUGAUCUGAUAAAAAAUAUUAGAGCCUGCGCAAAGGGUGAUUCAGCUGAAUAUUUUAGUUUUAAGACUAUUUGAAACUAAGGGUAGAAGUGUUACAUUUCAUUAUUGUGUUGGCUUCUUUUCAAGUGACUUGGCCUUAGUGCAGCCUGAUACAUAUCCCUCUUUCACUGUUACUAUUAUUUCAGCUUUUCACAAAAUCACGUGUGCCUAACUCAUGCCUCACCCUAUGGUGUGUUAUGCGAUUUUUGGGUUGUACAGUUUAGCUUUUUAACUUUCUGUGGGACACAUCUAACGCAUCACUUCCUGCCUUUGCAUUUUUUGUGUUUUGUAUACUUCUUGCAGUAAAACAAGCAAGUCCUGCAAUUGUGAUUAAAAUUAAGACAUUUCUUUAUAAAGCAAUGGAAUCUUAGUCCUUAAGGGUCAGAGUACUGGCAUCAUUUUAUGACUCUAAUCAACACAUUGUUCUGUGUCAGUUGCUUAUUGACUGUUUAUAACAUGAUGAAUAUACUGAAAACCAGUGUCUCUGACCCUGCCGUAAUGUUACCGGAAAGGUAGGUUAAUGUGAUAUCUACUUAGCUAAGGAGAUAUAUAUAUAUAUUGUACAUUGCAUGGGUGCAUUCAAAAUAUUGGUGUCCUGUUGGAUGUAUUUUCUAUAAUUGCCUCCAGUUAAAAGGAAAAUUUGGUCACCUAUCCAAAAGGUGCAAAGUAGUUUGUUAAUAUAUAAAGUAUUUAUCAAAGAAAAACUCAAAUUCACAAACUACUUGAAGGCUUGUAUGUCACUUAUUAUAACAAUAUCCUCAAUAUUACUCUUACUAAAUAAAUCCUUUGCAGAAAUGUUUUGGGCGCCAUACCUCUUUCUGCCUUUACAUGUUUGGCUGCCAUCUAAUGUAUCCUGUAUGUCAGGAGUAGACAACCUCUCAGAUAUUGUGAACUACAUCCUCCAUUGAUUCUUUGCCAGCAUUAUGGCUUUGAGAGCAUUAUGGGGAUGAAGUCCACAACAUCUGGAGUGCCGAAGGUUGCCUAGCCCUGCUGCAGAUUAUAAAAGCACUAGCACAAUUGCAGGCUGUGAAAGGAACUGCAAGAAAAACGAAUAUACUUGCUUUAUUCACCCCACAAUAACCUACUAUGUAGUUUAUUCUCUAAACUAGAAAUUGUGGGGAUUAUACCAGAAAAUUUUAUGUUUUAGUUCAAAACAGCUAAAAUUAAAGAAAAAAAAGUUUAAGAAAAUUCUAUUUGAUCUAAAAUGUAAAUUCUAUUAGCAAUUCUCCAUAAUUUCCAGUUUAAUAAAAUAAAACAGUAUGUUUUACAUUUUUGGGUGGUACUUCCCCUUUAAAUCUUGAAAUUGAUGUGCUUUCACUUUUAAUAAAAAUUAUAAGGACACAAAUUGUAUUUUGUCUAAGGAGGCCUUCAGUUUUUUAUUAAUUUCAACUAGUGGGGUGAGUAUUUCUGUCUGCUCCAUGAAGAGAAUUAGGUGCUAUAAGGGUAAGUGGGAAUAGAUGUCACACUGCAUGUAAGUAGAACUCUGGCCCUAAUGCUCUUUUUAUUAUGUUCCAAGGGCAUGCAUGGUGAACGAGGACUACCUGGACCUCCUGGAGAUAAGGGAGAAUUGGUAAGCUACAAGAUGGUUCGGCAUUAGAAUUAUAGUUUGGUGACGACUAGUAUGAUCCUACAUUAAAAGAAUCUUUACCAUCUGUUUUAUCUGUUCUAAUCUCAAAAUUGUGUGCAGUCAACUGCUAAAACAGGACAUGGCUGGCUGUUGCUAGAUUAGCCUGGUUUUCUAUAAACUAGAGUGAUUUUUAUAAUGGGAUGAAAGAUGUGUGUAUUUGUAGACUAUAUAUAUAUCAUUACAUACUUGCCGUCAGUGCAAAAUUUGGUGGGACAGUCCUCAUAUCAGGACCUUCCUCAACCAUUCCAACAUGAUUAAAUACACUCAGCACUGUACUUGGCAAGCCCAAGGCAUAUUAGCCCUGUGCAUGUGGAUCACAUGGCCAUUCUGCGUCCUAGCACAUAGCCAGUAGUUGCAAAUAUAGAAUUACCACAUGUAAGAUAAGUAUUUCUAAUUAUCAUUGAAAAAAUAAAAACUAUGCAUUUUUCACAUACACCAAAUGAUUCUUCUUAAGGUUGCAUAUUGUGUUCAGAUAGAUUGAUGUAAAUAAGUAUAAAAACUAUGUUUCUGCUUCUGUUUAUAAAAUGAAAGCAUCCAAAUUUCAAACAGUUGUAAAACCUGGAAUAAAGGGACAAUGCAAACCUAUCUCUCAACAUAAGUAGACUGUGAUUUGCGACAGGGUAGGGUCUGUGAUAAAAUUAAUGAAGAGGGCAGGGUUUGUCAUAAAGGGGGGUGUGCCAGCCUUGCUGAAUGUCCUAAGAACACGCAAUUCAGUAUCAAUCUAUUAACCCCAGGUUGGUGGGGGUUGUCUAAUCCUUGUGACAGACAGAAGGUGGGUACAUUUGAAACCAAGAUGGCUGCGCUCACCUGAACAUGCAUGGAUCAUAAGAGAGCUACCGAGGCCAAUUCAUACAACAUUUAAGACCCAUUGCAUUCACUCAUUCACAAAACAGCAGGCUCACAGAAUAGAAUACUUUUUAUUUUGAAAACACCUGACCUUGCCGGAUUAAGCAACUGCCUUCCAAUGGCAGUUGCCACACAAACGUGCAUUCUGAAAUGUAACAUAACACCAGUACAGAGCUGCAGGAAGCUGUGUAUUCAGUGCACAGAGUGAGUCCAGCAGAAAAAAAAAUAUAAACAGUUUGUGCUGUCAAUAUAAAUUUUUGCCCCAGGUGCCAGGUAAGCUAGGUAUGUCUCUGAUCAGCUGAAUGUGUGCGUCUCAUGAUGCAUUUGCUCUGCACCUACUGGGGCAGAUCUCUGGUGUAAUUACUUGAAUUGUUACGCACGUAUGAAUGUGUAGCUUUCUUCAUGGACCUUAUUGAAUGGGAAUAUAUAAAUAGGUUGAGAAGUGAGUUUUAUUAACUGGAACAUGUUAUUUUUCAUACUUAGGGACCUCCUGGUCUUCCUGGUUACCCUGGUGCAAUGGGUCCCCCAGGACUUCCAGUAAGUAGUUCAUAAUGGUUGGUACUUUCUGAUGAUUGACUUUUGAUUGACUAUUUUAAACCAUGUUUUUAUUACAGGGCCUUAAAGGAGAAAGAGGAUACACUGGACCAUCAGGAGAGAAAGGAGAAUUGGUGAGCAGACUUUGGUAUAAUAAAAUGUGCCAAGGGCUAACACUAAUUAUUGGCGCAGUUUUCUUUGCAUAACAGUGUGUGUAUAACAGCUGUUUGAGGAACUGCCCACCAUAAAUGUUAUUGUACCAUGAUGUCCAUGCCACAAUAUUUUAGCUGAUUGAAGGUACAUGCUGAAGACUUUCAUUAUGAUGCUGGACUACAGCCCAUGUUCAUUGGACCAAAAUAACAAAGUUUUAUAUAGCAAUUUUGUGGAACUUUUUUACUUUUCACAAUUAUUUUGCACUUUUACAGUCAGGUAGCAUUGCUGGUCAUUAGAAUGUAUCGAUCAAUUCCAACCUUCGUUAGAUGCUCUCUACUUUAAUUGCCCUCUUUUUACCCAUUCAGGGCCCACCUGGUAUUCCUGGUAUCCCUGGCCCUGCUGGCCCUUCGGUAAGUAAACACAAACACUCACUAAGUAGUCACUUUGUUUCCUCAAUACUGUCUGACUCUCCCAUUUGCAUCUACAGGGUCCAAGAGGGGAACGUGGACUCACAGGUAGUUCUGGAGAGAAAGGUGAUCAGGUGAGCAUCUGAAACAAAUGUAUUAACCACUGAAAACAAGGUUAUGGAGGGUUUCAUUAUAAAUUCAUUAUAUCUCACAAUUUGUACACCGAAUAUCAUAAACAGUACACAUUGUGUCAGGUCCCCACUCAUCCCCCAGCUUUUUUCAAACUUCCAGCAUGCAUCUGCAAGGGUGAUUUAGCCCAACCUGUUUGGCACCAUAAAUUGACUGUGAGCCUGCUGCUCUGCUGCAGUAAUGGCACCACCAGCUUCUCCAGUGGUAUGUGGGCAGAGUCACAGCGGGACCCAGCCUCCUUAGGUGUGCAUGUGCCGGGACAGCUCUCUCUUAAAAGGGCAAUUAGCAGUACAAAAAGGGAGAUGUUUCAGGAGCCCAGGGAUGACUUAUACAGAUUUUGCCCCUUGUCCCUUAUGUAACAGCCUGUCUCCUAGCCCUCUUUACUCAGGUUUACUGUGCUCAUUGUGGUGUGUUCAUUACAAUAUUAAUAACAUACACUGUUGUCUAACUCUGCCUGUUUUAUCGCUUUUCAACCUGUGCUGCCUGACUUAAAUAUUGGCUGUCUUAAUGAUGUAUCUGCUUAUUCUCUAUCUGUACCAUGUUUUAUUUCUCCAGCUACCUGCUGCAUUUUUAGGCUCCUUCCACUAAAAAUUACACAUUGUGGCAGUGGCCUUUAUUGACAGAUGAUACAAAUGAUGAUACUAUUCAUAUAAAUUAAGGAGCAAGACACAAAGUAGUGCACACGCUAGCAAAAAUUAAUAAGUAUAGGUACCAUGUAUUUUUAUAGAACAAACACAUAUAUUGCUUUUAGAAAAUAUUAUUAAAGCUGCUGUUUGUCUAUGUGAUUUAUAAAUUCAGAAUAUCCGGACCAGGGAGCAAACAGUAAUCAAUAGUCUCUGUACCUGCAAACUAUUAUUGUUAUUAUCAUUAUUAUAGGGACAUUCUAAGCACCAAAAUUACUACCUCUUAAUGUAGUUGUUUUAAUGCAAAAAUCCUAUCCCUUCUGUCUGAAAAUUUAAGAAUUGCCAUUUGUGAAAAAAGGGCAAUGUCUUUAUUUGUCACUAAGGGUGCCUUAAAGGCUACCAAUCAGACAACCACAAGAGGUCCUCAUGAAGAUAUUAAAUUAUUGAAAGUCUUCACAUUCUGCAACACUGAAUGCUUUGACUGUUUUCCAUAAAGAACCACUGAUUUCAGAAAUAAACAUCUGAUUGGCUGAAAUCGGGUGCAAAUGCCAGUAGGUCCCCAAAUCUUCUCUAAGAGAAUUACUGUACUGGAUCUUCUGUUGGGAUGAUCUCAGAUGAGGAGGAGUGUCUUUAUGAUGAACUGGCCACUGCCAAUGCCUCCCCUAAGUCAUAGUGAGCUUUUGAGGGUGCGCACCCAUAGAGCUUAUUGUACCUUGGGUUCCCGGCUCCUUCAUCCUCCUGCUAUUAUCAUCCACUUGCAACAACAUCCUCCUCAGCUCCCCCCUCACUGUGCUUGCCGACUAAAAAGCCUCUAAUUGUUUUUUUCCCCGGCAUAGACAGAAAGUCUGGGCUGCAAGUUUUUUUUUAAGUAUACAUAAAUAAAUACAUGCAUGUUUUCAUUAGGGUAUAUUACCAAAUUAUGAUUUUAAAAAAUCCCCUGCCUUGUUUUUUUAUCCAGUUAAUCAUUGUUUUAAUUUCCUUCAUAUGUUUUAACAAUACGAAGGUAUCCACCAUCCUUAUUCCAACUGUCCAGUGUAUAAUUUUGAUUAGAACAAAUCUUGGUUAUGAUACAAACAAUCUACCUGAGACUGCUAAAAAUAUCUGCGAGUAUUUCAAAAUAGUGUAAUGAUGCUUGGGAUUCAGAAUAUUUCUUAAACUUUGCUAAAAUUUUAUAUAAAACGUUUCCCUUAAAGUAAAAUUAAAACGUAUACAUUUUUGGUAUGCUAGGUAUGAUGAUGCAAUCGCUUUUUUUUUUUUUUUUUUUCUUGCAGGGAUUUCAAGGCUCUCCUGGUUUUCCUGGACCACCUGUAAGUAUUCGAAUCACUGAAUAUAUGGGAGGACUGUAUUCAGGGAUGUAUUUAGCCCAAGACAAACUAGGCAUUUGCCUUGGGUAGCACUAUUUAGGGGGCUGCAAAAAAUGCCGCCCCCAAACGCCCACAGAAACGUCCUGUGUAAUUACCCUGUCAUGGAGGGGGUGGGGGGCAAGAGCUAACAGAAGCCCCACUGGACCCCAGGAACGGAUCCACACCAGCUCUCCAGAUAGGGAGGCUGGGUGGAAAUUUUUUAAUUACAUUAAUAAGUUGUGAGUGUAUGUCUGUGAGUAUAUGAGUAUGUCUGUGAGUGUAUGUGGGUGUGUGUGUGUGUAUGUCUGUGAGUGCAUGCGUGUGUCUGUUAAUGCAUGUGUGUGUGUGUCAAGUCAGUGAGAGUCUCUGAAUGUGUGACUAUCAGUGUGUCUGACAAUGAGUGUCAGUGUGUGUCUGUCAGUGUGCGUGUGUGUCUGUCAAUAAAUGUGUGUCAUUGAAUGUGUGUGGGUCAAAUCAGUGAGUCUGUGUUUGUCAUUGAAUGUAUGUGUGUGACUGUAAGUGUGUAUCUGCAAAUGUGUGUUUGUCAAUAAAUGUGUGUUAAAUCAGUGUGUCUGACUGUCAGUGAAGUCUGUGGGUCUGUCAUUGUGUGUGUGACUGUCAGUGUGUGUCUGUCAGUGAAUGUGUGUGUCAGAGUGUGUGCUUAAAAGGAUACUAUAGGAGCCCAGACCACUUCAGCUCAUUGAAGUGGUCUGGGUGCAGUGUCCCAAUCUCUUUAACCCUGCAAGUGUAAUUAUUGCAGUUUCUCAGAAACUGCAAUAAUUACCUUGAGGGGUUAACUCCACCUCUAGUGAUUGUCUACCAGACAGCCACUAGAGGGACUUCAGGGUGGUUAGGCGACCAAAAGCCACCUAACUGAUGCUGGACGUCCUCAUGCUGUGCAUGAGGACAUCAGGCGUCUGCUAAAUCCCCAUAGGAAAGAAUUGAUACAAUGCUUUUCUAUGGGGAAGCCUAAUGCAAGCGUAGAGGAGGAGCUUGACCCAGCACCGAGGGACAUCGACGCUGGAUUCAGGUAAGUGACCAAAGGGGUUUUAACCCCUCCAGUUUCGAGGGGGGCACUAAAGGGAACUAUAGUGCUGGGAAAACAGCUUUGUUUACCUGGCACUAUAGUUUCCCUUUAAAAGUAGUAGGAAAAGAGUUUAAAGAGGAAGAGGUGCGGCCUUGAAAGGAAGAGGUGGGGCAAAUUUAGAUUAGGGAGGUACCCAGAUUUAGUCAUGCCUAGGGCAGUGCAAAACUAAAAUACACCACAGACUGUAUUACAAUAAAUAUGUCAGCUUUAUCAUUUAAGAUUUUGAUUAGACAUGUGUUGACUUAUUAUGGCUUGUUUAUAGACUGCUGUUAAGGCUGUAACUACCACUGCAAAAUUUUGGAGAGAAAAGCAUUACUGAAGUACUUGUGUUUCAGGGGCCACCUGGAUUCCCAGGAAAGCAAGGAUCUGCAGGACCCCCUGGUCCAGCCGCUGAGAAGGUAAAAGUCCCACACGCCCAGACGUUUAUCAAGAUGUAGCUUAGUUGUUAAAAUAGGGAUAUUUAAAUUGAGAGGACUUGAUACGGAGAAGAAACUAAAAAAACGGUCAUAUAGACAAACAGUAGACCUACACAGAGAAGUUAUUGGAGAAAGGUUAUAUGGAGGCACAGGAGAAGAUACAAAGUAAAAUGUAUUUAAUGAGUUGUGGUAGAGGUUUAUAUAGGAAUAUACAGUGCUAGAUUAGUGGUUUAAUGGGCUUGGAUCUGAACAUUACUGUGGGUCUAACUGCAAAAUUUGAUUUUAUGAGUAUAGGAAAACUCUAAGGUGACCAAAAAAAAAUAUUUAUUUCUAGCAUUAGAAUGUUCCUUGCUCUCUUUGCAUGACUGAGUCCUAUUUUGUUUUUAAAAUGUGAAAAAUAAAAACAUUUAAACAUACGUGUAAUUCUGCACUGUGACAGUCUCUUCUUUGCAGCUGUCUCUUUCUAUGAAGUUAGCAGCAUUAUUAAUGUCUGUCUAAUCCAAUGCUUCUCAUAGAGAAGGAUUUGGGACACAGGUUGCAGCUUGCUGCACUUCAUCAAUCCCAUGCUUUCAUUCAGAAGCAUUGAAUCCUAUCCAUUGAAGGGCUAAAUUAGGAAGCACCUCUGGUAGUUGUCAGUCUGACAGCCUCCAGAAGCAUUCUUAAAAAUGUAAACAUUGACCUUAAAAGGGACAGCAUAUAUGCACCAAAACCAUUACUACAAUAAUACAAUGAUUCAGGACCAAUUAGUCACCUGGGCACAUGGAAUCCCUCCUGUCAUUUAUGGAGCACAGAGGGACUAUGUACAAUGGGCAUGACGCAGAGAUAGUCCCUUCCUAUGUUAGACACAUAUUAUUAUAUAUAUUGUCAAAGGAAGCUUGUGUUUGUGCAGAUUUGAUCGAUGGUUUGUGACUGACCGCCUGGUACCAAUUCCCUUACUUAGCGAUCACCGGGACACCAGCAGCGCUCCUGCCAUUAUCCGCCACAGCUUGGCUGGGGUCUCGCUGUCACUGCCCACCCUGGAACAGGGUCCUGAAUACAGCUUCAAAUAAUUAAGCUCUCCUGCAGAGUGUACAGCUGGUCCAUCCACACACUAGUCAAAACUGAGUGAAGGGUGAAAAGGAACUGGUUUAUUUAGGCCAAGUUGCCUGCUUUAUAUACACAACCCCCACCAUGAGGUCUCCAAACAAUACAAUACAAGCCCCUCCCAGAGAUCUCUGUGCCUGGGAGAUAUUUUGAGUUAAAGACCGGUAAGCUAAAUUUCUCCCAGGAACAAACACACAGACAUAAAAACCACAAAACAUUAUAAAAACAUAUAAUAACCCCACAUAUCCUGCAUUCCCAAACAGCCCUGAUCUGAGCACCCAAGUUGUCCAAAUAGUGCUCAGAUCCAUUCAAUAUAGGAGAAACGUCACCGUCAAAGUUCUGACCGGCCGCACACGUGGUCCUAUACCCAAAAUAGUUCCAGAGCAAUGUGUGCUUUGGCUGGUCAAAUUUCAGGAGCUCCUGCAGGCCGCAAUAUGCGGUUCUCCGCCUGGCUCUCAGGGAGCGUUUGUUCCACUUAUUCUCAGGCACCUUCCCUCCAAAAUGCAGUCUGCUGGUGAGUCGCCAAGUAGUUCAAAACCCCGGAUCAAGUUGUCCGGGAACUGCAAGGUCAGCUCAUGCUGAAAACAGGUCCAUGGCGGUCGCGGCUAAGUACCAGUGAAGGUUUGAUCGUCCAAACGGCCGCCAGAAAGCUAGCUUUCAGUUAAAUUCCAGAGAUGGGAAAGUGCCAAACCAGGGGCAGCGAGGGAAAGUUGCUAAUGGCGGCUGGUAAGGGUAACUCCCGAACAGGGUCUCCGAUCUGGACCAUAGUCGGUGGGCGGGAGGCCAGUUUCCACACUCCUCCAGGAGUUCAUGGCAAACGUCCGUGGACAAGAGCGUUUGUCACAUGGUGUUUUCCAUCUUACUUAACCAGGCCAUGGAGCAUAUUUUGCUACAAAUAUGGAGAUGAGCACUUCAAAGCAGAAGCACAUCACAAUAAAGAAAAAAUCUAAAUGUUGGGUUGCUUGGACCCAAUCUGGCCCUUGGAAUAUGGAGAUUUGGUAGAUAUCAGGUUUAUGGUGUGAUGUCCCCAUUUAUUUUAGUUCUUCAGAGUUAAUUUUUCCUCUUCCGUUUGCACAGGGCUCAGAGGGACAACGUGGCUCUCCAGGACUGACAGGCCCAUCUGGUCAACCAGGCCCUCCAGGAAUACAGGUCUGUAUGGUCCUUAUUGGUGGACAGUUAUGUUUCCUCAGUGCAGGAUAAAUUACAAGCUCACCUUUGUAUGACUUUUUUAGGGUCCACCCGGUAUUGAAGGAUUAGAUGGGAAGGUUGGAAAGCCUGGUCUGAGGGUAAGUGAAAAGUCAGCAAAAUGUAUGUGAUAGAAAUGGAAAGAUCCUGUAUAUGCUAAUUAUAUGCUGCAUAUUGUAUUUGAUUGUUUCAUGUGUGUAGGUGCUCAUAUAGUUAUGUCAAAUAGUUACUAAAACCACUAGCAUGUAUACACUCUAAUAUGUUUUCUCCCCGUAGGGAGAACCAGGACCGCCAGGAAUCCCUGGACUAAAGGGCAUUCCGGUGAGUGAAAGCAGCAUACCAGCUGAUGAUAGUCACUUUUUGUUCUCUAAAUAAUUUGUCUCUGCAUGAUGGUAUCAUGAAAUGCUUUCUGUGCAGGUAAGCCUGAUGAGAUUUCACAUUGUUUUUGUGGUAUCUGGGCUAUGUGGUCACAGUGGACCUGGGAUAGGAGUAACAUAGUGCCGGCUCUCUAGUAUUAAUGCACCAGUUGGAGCUCUUGAAGUGUAAGUGCGUCUGAUGGCUUAAUAUGUUUAUCUGUGGAGUAUCGCAUAUUGGGUGGCAUUCCCUGUCUAGGUUUCAUCAUACAAUUGCAUUUUAUGUGCUGUGGCUGACAUUAGAAAACCAGCUUACUCUAUACAAUCUUAUUUUUCAUUCUUUGAUUUGAUUUUUUCAGGGAUUUAAAGGAAAAACAGGACAUCCUGGUCUACCAGGAGCAAAGGUAUUAUAUAUAUUUUACAUGGUUUAGAAGUGGGUACAUACUCACUGAGGUCCUCUUUACAGCUGGUAAAUAAUGUAAACCUAUGACAUUUUGUAAGCAUAACACUUAAAUGAACACUCCACACACCAUAACCUCUACAGCCCACUAUAGUUGUUAUGGUGCUCUCUCAUAAGUAGUCAAAUCGUUUAACGUCACACCCCAAGCACCAUAACACCUACAGCUUGCUGAUAGACUGUAUUCUAAAAACGUUUGACUAUUUAUAAUGUGGGAGAGGAGUGCAAGGGUACUCCUGGCACCAUCAUUACUACACCAAGUCUUUAAUUAAAGCCAGUGGCAGACGUAACGUAGAGAUGGCCUUGGUGCAAGAAGUUUUUGGGCCCCCUUCUAGUGCAAAAGUGGCCAAAAGGUAUAUCCCCCAUCUGCCCUACAAUUUCAACAAUGUUAUGCCAACUAGGGAUCUACCAUUUGCCCAUCUUUGCAGAAAUGUAUUUGUGUUUGGGUGUUUGAAUGUAAGCAUGUAUAGAGUAUAUGUGUGCAUGUAGGGAUGUAUUUGUAUGUAUUGUUGCCAUUGGAAUGCAGUGGUGUGCUUCUGUGUAGUGUUUGUGUUUAAAUGCAGCAUUGUAGUUGUAUGUAGUGUUGUUUUUUUAAAUACAGGUGUCCUUUUGUGUGUAGUGUUGGUGUUUGAUUGCAGGGGUGUGUUUGUGUAUAAUGUUUGUGUUUGAUUGCAGGGGUAUGUUUGGAUGUAAUGUUGGCUUUUAAAUGCAGAUGUAUAUUUGUGUGUAGUAUUGGUGUUUGAGUGAAGGGGUGUGUUUAUGUGUAAUUUUGGAGUUUGAAUGCAGGGGUGUUCUUGUAUGUAAUAUCUGUGUUAGAUUGCAAGAGUAUGUUUGCAUGUUGUGUUGGUGUUUGAAUGCUUGGAUGUUUGCACAUGCAUACAUACAUACAUAAACACUUACACAGAUAUACAUAGACAUUAACACAAAGAAAUACAUGUAAACACACUGACACAUACGUACAAUUCAUAUACACACAUGCACACAUCCUGACACACAGAUACACACUUACUUAUACACACCUUGACACACAGAUGCACAUUCAUACAUACACACACACCUUGACACAGAUACAAGCACAAAUAAUCUGACAUACACAUAAACACGUACACAUAUACAUGUCACCAUUUUUAUAUUUGCAGUCACAUUCCUGUUAGCAUAACUUUUGUGUCAAGGAGGUGGAUUGUUAGGGGUCCUGCUGCAGUCUGAGCUUAAUGGGAUUGUGGGGUUUGGAGCAGCUCUCAGCCAAUGCCGCCUUCUCCCUCCGUCCUUCACGUAAGAAGCUGGAAGAAAGUGACCAGCUGUCAUUUCCUUCCACACAGGCGAUUCUACAGGGGCAUGGGCUCUGAACCCCUGGUCAGCAAUAGGCCACACAAUGGGCCCACAAAGUGUGCGAGCCCAGGUUCAGCUGUACUGGCGGUACUUCCGCAACUAUUGACGCCAAUGCAACAGUACCCAAUGUGUGACUGCUGCCUCUGAUAGCUUUGUUGCUGUAAAUUGCUAAAUAUUGAGCAGUGAGACUGCAUGGGCCUAAUCUAUACAUCAAAACUGCUUCAUUAAGUUGUUUUGUCGCUUAGAGUGUUCCUUUAAAGUCUUCUCUUUGAGUCUUGGUUUAAUUGGCAAGUUAAUGUAGGGUUAUAAAUUGGUAAAAGUAAGGUUUGAUUGCAGUAACAUGUGGGAAACUAAAGGGGUCCCAAAAAUCUCUUUACACUUCAACCACUACACUGUACUUAUUUGCACUUAAGGUGCUAAAGAUUGUAUAACUCAUACAUUAAUUUCUAGUAUUGUUCUAACUUCUAAUAUUUAGAGUAGGUUGUAAAAAAAAACUGUGUGUAAAAAGUGGUGUAUUAAAGAGUAAGUCAAAGAAGGUCCAUAUAUGAGCAUUAUUGAUUUUUGUUUUGCCUGUCCAGUUAUUUUCUGUUUCUAAGAAUAUAUAUCUUUGUCAUACAGGGAGACUGUGGACCUCAAGGACCCCAAGGAAGUGCUGGACGGCCAGGAGCAGAGGUGAGAUAAGCUUCAGCUAUAGUACUAUAGUAAAAAAAUAAACUGGAUUUUUAAUCCUGCUUUCUGCUAAUUUCCAACAACUUCCUUUCAGGGUGAUCCAGGGCCUAUGGGACCACAAGGUCGACCUGGACCUCCAGGACAUUUGGUAUGUGAAACAAGGACAGUGUGAUGCAUAAUAACCCUUACAAGCUUUACUCUUCUCUUACAUGGUGUAUCUUUUUUAGGGGCCUGCGGGAAGCCCAGGACAGCCAGGUAGCCCUGGGCCACCAGGAUUGGUAAGUGUUGAUCGAUCUUUGAAUUGAGUGAAUGGGAGUCUUUCCACCCUUGUAGUUAGCACAUAUAUCUAUUUCCAUUUUCCUAGGGAGUGAAAGGUGAACGAGGUCCCCAUGGUGACCGUGGCCCUAUGGGACUUCCAGGUGAACCAGGAUCUCCAGGACAUCAAGGACCUGCUGUGAGUACCCAAUGCCACAAAGAUGUUGAAAUGGGUGAGAGGCUUAAACUGAGAAAUUGUAAGAAUGAAGAUAUGUGACUGAAUCUAGGAGGGACUUGCAGAUUCAUGAUUAAAAAAAUGGAAUCAUUUUUUAUGAAUAAUUCUUGGAUAAUUCCUAACUAGAUAAAUUAUCUAUAGAGCUAAGUUAUAAUAUGUGAUGUGUUUUAGAGAUCUCCAUAACUACACUUUUUGUCUAUCUUCAGGGUGAAAUUGGAUCAGAUGGAGCUCCGGGUAAAGAUGUGGGUAGUACUAUAUACGUUUUAUUGUAAAUCCCAGCUUUCUUCUUGUUAUCUUGUUAGCCCUCUUUAUAAUGUCCUUCUAUGUUGAGAGCUCAUCUUUUCUCCUGUUUGCCUGACACUCACCAUUUUCAUGCAUCUCUUAUGUUUGCAUGUUUAAUGCUUAUUUUCACCUUUUUACAAUAUGUGCAUUGAUUCCAACUAGUUUUACCAGCAACCACAAGGAACAAAAGAACUACUUUAAGAUAUCAUUCUUUUUAUUUCCUACAUCCUUUCCUACCACUUUUGCCCUUACCUGAAAUCAAAUUACUACAAACUACUUUUUUGUUAUUCUCUAUUUUCAAUAGGGUUCCCCUGGACAGCCUGGAAUGCCUGGUACUCCAGGUAUGAAGGUGAGUAUCCAUACUACUGUGGUUUGAGCUCUAGCUUUAUAAAAUAAAAAAUACAUUCUAAAUUAUCUCUCUAUGUAUAACAGGGUGAACCUGGAGCAACUGGUUCUUCAGGGCCACCAGGAGAGAGAGGAAGACCAGGACCACCAGGAGAUUCCUCAUUUUCCUCAAAAAACUCUCACAUGGAAAUAGUUGGGCCAAGAGGACCUAGUGGGGAAAGGGGGGCUUCAGGUCCACCUGGACCUCCAGGACCACCAGGAACUCCGGGAACCCCAGGAACAAUGGUAAUAAAGCAGCAAAAUAUCAAGCUACAUUGUCUUUGGGUUUUGUUUUGUUUUCUCUAGCUAAUCAGACAUACAGUAGUUUAGAUGGUGUUAAUGAAUAGAGUAAAUGUGUUGUUAUCCAAAGAUCAGAUAUAUUAGCAUUGCAGUGUACCAAGUUUCAUUACUGUUUUCUCUCUGAUAAUCUGGAGCAAUAGAAGAUCACCCUUACUACUCAUUACUUAUACAGAAUGUCAUUUAUACUAUGAGUAAAUUACAUUAAUAAGUCCAUCUAGACAAAAGAAGAAUUAGGACUGGUUUAGAAGUGGUUUCUGCAAAAACUGCAGUUCUCAUUAUUUAUAACGCCUCUUCCAUUACCAGACUGAACACAUCAGUUAUGAUGAAAUUAAAAGGAUGAUACGGCAAGAGAUGAUCAAGAUCUUUGAUGGUAUGUUUUCCUGGUAUAACCUAACUACUGAUUUAUUUCACAAUUUGGUUACUAUGACCUGAACACAUUUAUUUUGUUUAUGUGUGUGUGUAGCCAUCUAUAAACAUAACUAGUAUGUUGACAUGUUUCUACUGAAAAUUGAUCCCAAGUGGUCAAAUGAGUGAGUUGUACACCCUGUUGGUGCAGCAUUGGCUAAUUUUGCCUGGUGGUCUAGCAGGGUUCUGAGUCCAGCAGGGAAGCAUGAGGUUUGCAGUGUAUAUUCCAAAAAACUACUGCUUGCACAGAGAUAGAUUUACCACCUGAAAUGUAUAUUUACCUCCAGUUUAUUGCUCUGUACCUGUACAAUUUGACCUGCCAGAUACCCCAAAUGUAUUGUUAUGCACCUCUCCUUCUGCCUUCCCUUUUUAACACCGGCAGAUACAGAUUUCUGUAAUCACUCCCUCGCCAUUCAGAGUGCAAGCUGGGAACAUUCGGCAGCUGUGCUCUGACUCGCUACAGAGCGCCAGACCGCAAGAGAGCCGUUACUGAGAUCUGUACCUGCCAGAGGUGCAAACCUCAUGUUGUCAGCCUUGAUCUCCCCUAUCAAGGCAGCAGGGCUAUAUAAAUAAAAAGAUAAUUUCUCAGUUAUACACCUUCAAGUGGCACCCACAACUUGUGCCAUAUUUUCCAUACCCUAGUUACCCUAUUGCUAGUAUGCCCACUCAUGGUAUACUUAUUAUUAUAUGUCCAUAGAACAAGAACUCAUCAGCUCUUUAAUGUUGCUAUGAUCCAUAAAUACUUCAUUCUAUAUUAGCCUCCACCCUCAAUGCACACGUUCGUACAUACCGAAAAGAGUGAAAUGUACCAAGAAUAUGGUUUUGCAUUCCGAAAAAGAAAGGACUUUUGAUUAUUUAUAAAAAAGAAAAUGCCAUCAUUGCCUUUACUUAAAUAACUUUACAAUUAGAAACAAAGACCAUUCAAUCCAUCAUGCUGACUGUAACUGGCAUCCUAGAUUGGCAUUACAGAUUUAGUCUUAAAUGCACCCAGGACCGGACAAUAAGCCAGUCCUAGGUCAGGGUGGGCAGGAGGCAAAACCAACGUUAAGGGAAUAGCAGGAUAAUGUAGCAUAAAAGCCAGGUGGAACAUUUUCAAAAAUAUAAUCUUAGUGAUCUAAAGGUCUUUAUAAAUGGAAAAACACAGACAGCAGAGAAGUUGGAAAUGAAGCUAUAUGAUGCAGAGAGAGCAUACUGUUACAUUAUGCAUUCGUUGUUAACAUAUUUUUCUGAAUUUUUAAAGUUGGUCAAGAAAUCACAAUGGUUCAUCUUUUGCAGUAUAUUUGUGUAGGAGAGUAAAAACACUUGAAAAAAAAAUAUUUAUUGUGCAUUUGUAGAGAGGAUGGCUUACUACACUCGUAUGCAGACACCAGUCGAGAUGGUGUCUGCACCUGGAAGACCAGGCGCUCCUGGCAAAGAUGGAACUCCAGGACGACCAGGAUCACCUGGAGCACCAGGACAUCCAGGACAGAUUGGCCGUGAGGGUCGCCCGGGUGUGCCUGGAAUGAGAGGUAAAGAGGCAAAGCAUAUUUAUAUACCAUACAUUAAAAUGUUAAGGAUAUUAAAGUAUUUCAGGUACAAUGGUAGAUGUUGUUUGCUCAUUACUCUAUCUAUAUUUGCAUGUGUUGCAUAAACCCUUGUUCAUCACCAGAGAGCCAAUUUGCUUGAUGGGUGCUGGAAUAAAUUAUAUGACUUUUUAUUCAGCUAUUAGAUGCUAUGAUUGUACAGUCUACAAGAAUAUCUAAAGACUACUAAACGUUGUCUAUAUAAUAUAUUUAUAUAAAAAUUAGUCAGUACAUGAUAAUGUUAUAUGAAACAGCCUUCUACUGUCUCUGUUUACAGGAGAACCUGGACCAAAGGGAGAGAGGGGUGUCAAUGGUAUUGGAAUGAUGGGUGAUGUUGGUCCACCCGGGCCACCAGGUAAGAUUUAAUUUUAACAUCAUGAAUCCUUCUGUUUAGGGAAUAUUGAGAUGGGAAGCAGUUGCAAACCUUUCACUGAACUUAACAAAAUCUUCUCCUCUGGCAUUAUUCUUGCAGGAGCGCAAGGUCCUCCUGGAUAUGGUAAAAUGGGCUUACCUGGGCCAAUGGGUCAACAAGGAAUACCAGGUAUCCCAGGACCACCUGGAACAAGUGGUAAUCCAGGAAAAGAGGGAAGAUGUAACCCAGCAGACUGUUACAGUAUGAUGUCAGUGCAAGAUUAUCAACCCAAGAGUAUGAAGGGGCCAGGUCGAUAA